CUGUCGGAGCGUCUGUUCAGCUGGUGGGGCAGCAGCAGCAGCAGCAGCAGCAGCAGGCAGCUCGCUUUGUGCGUCCUCUCUCAGCCACCUGUGCCGCGGAUGGUGCUGAUGGAGUACACCCUGCGUUACGCGGAUUAAUACCGUCAUUGUUACACCUUUUUCUUCUUCUUCCCUUAUCCGGAUUUGCCCCCUUUUUUGCCUCAUUGGGCUUCUAAAGUUGUGGUGAUGAUGCCUGGACGGCUCCGCAUAUGGGAUUGGUAAUCUAGCCUUCAGCGCGGGGGUGAAAACAUCGUUCGCAUGUGAUUGAACAACACUGUCUCCCGGAAGUGGACAUAAAACAUGGACUAAUUUAUUUUUGUACACAUUCACCAUGGGAUUAUUACAGCUAUUUCUGCUUCUCGGCAUAUUUUGCUCCUCCUCAGGUAAGACAGUGCUGUCACUGACUAUGUUGUAAAAUCUCUUGCAACAUGUAACAUGCAUGAUAAGAUACAUACCAUUGAAAUAUAUAUAUUUAAGUCAAAUCUACCUCUAAUAAAUAGUAUCUCUUAUUUAAUCCAGCAGUUUGCAUAUGUCAGAGUAAUCUCCCAUCUCUUCCACCGACACCAGCAGGGCUUUAUCGCAGCAUCACAGGUGUCCUUGCCUUCUGAUAACAAUGACAUUCUCCUUUUUGUGUGUUUGCACAUAAGUUGUAGGCUUUGGGGUUGACCCUGCCCUGCGAAUCAGCGUGUUUGAUGAACUAACACUUGGAGAAGGCUUUGAUGGAGUUACUCAGGUCCAGGGCUUCCACAGCGAGUCAAGAGCUUUCCACUUCCAAGGUACAGUAACAAAACAUGUCAUGUGUUUUCCCUUCAAAUAUGGGAGGUAAAGAAAUGAAGUGAUCAGGAUGCAAAGACAUACAGAAGUCAGAGAAAUACUCAUUCUUAUAUUGGUUUGAACACAUGUCUGAAUAGCAGUAAUCCACUGAUAAUCUCCACUAAGACGCCUUUGUGGACCAUUUUGGUAAAACGUCAGAUCUAGUGAUAAUACUCUUUUUUACUAUUCGAUUCACAGCUAUGUUAGAGGUUGUCAUUACCAGCAUACAGUGGAUUUGCAGGGCUGGUUGCAGACAUAGUUUGGGGCCCCUUAGACUGCCACCUGCUUGAACAAUAGGCAGUGUUGGGUCCCUAUGAAAGAGUGGGGUGAGCAGAAAGGGGGGCAGACCACGCAGAGGGAUCAUAGAGAGACUGGGAAUAAUCAGAUUAAACCCUCAGAGUUGUAUAAUGAGGGCAAAUGGGCCCCCCUCAAGAGUUUACCAACUUCUUAAAAUAGUGUGGACCCCCUUUAAGAGCACAGCAUCAUUCGGAAGAAGAGUGAGACAGGUGUCCAUGUUGCCAGUAUUGGAUGUAGCCUUUAACAGAGAUCACACAGUGCAAAAUAUGUCUGCCUAAGCUGCAGGGCCAGGCUUGACUUUCACAUGCACUGUCCUGUCUCUGUCAUGGCAUGUCAGGCUCCCAUUUCAGUCCAGACAAGACUGUAACCAGCGCCAUCAAAGUCAGUGUACGAUUUAUCCAUCAUCCAGCCAAAAGUAGCAAUAGAGGAAAUUGCUUUCAGGCUCUAAGUUCAGCUACAAUACUAAAGGGAUGGAAACACUCAAAUCUUCUCAAGGGGGCAUCUGAACACAGAUCACAUGCUGCACCAAAGUGACAGUGUUGUUUCGGGACAGAGAGAUGCCACGAUCAUUUGUCGACAGUUUUCUUCCUCCCACCUCCUCGCUGGUAUCUUCUAAUCUCGCCACACAGCCGCUGAGACAGCAGCACUUCUGCAUUGAGCAGCGACUCUAGCAGCUCUGUGAAGGCAGGCCAUUUGAUGUCCUCUGUGUAGACAACACUCAGAAGUGCUCCACGCAGGAAGGUAGCAAAAAAAAAAAAAAAAAAGGAGAGGGUAGGAAGGAGGGGGAGGGAGGGAGACUGUGAGAAGGAGUUAUAAGGGAGAGAAUGAUAGAAACAAAGACAGUUAUAUGAGGAAGCUCCUACAGCUUUUUGCAUCUCUCUGUCAUUUCUCUGCCUCACCUCCUCUUUACACAUUCAGAUACCCAGGCUGAGGGGGAGGAGAAGGCGGGGAGCAUGUUAUUUAUGGCAGAGCUCACCUCCAUUCUUCAUUUGGGAUGUCUAUGUUAAGUCAGUGAUGCUGGGCGAUGGGGGAAGCAGGGAGAGCGAGAGAGAGAGACGCGUAGCAGCAAAGCAAACCUGGGCCUUUGCUUGUUUGUGAUCAGAAAAUAGACAGGGAGAGGCACAUAUAGUGAAAGAGUGAAGGAGAUAUAAAGAGGCAGAGAAGGAGAGAGCCGAGCUAUCUGCCAGCUGUUUGAUAGACUGUGCUGAUUCCACAUGUAGGGAUGCUCGGCUGGCUGGGACCUGCAGACAGGCCCACGGUGACAUUCCGACGCUCAUUAGAUAGCAGGCAGAACACAUCCACGGCUGUCCUCGCCACCGCCUGCCUGCCUGCCUGCCCGCCCAAGGGAAGGCUGUUAUCUCUGGGUGCAGAGGGUGAAGGCAGGAGGAGGGAUGGCUACUGAGAACUGAGAGAGAAAGAGGAGGGCAAUUCAUAUCUGCUCAUACAUGUAUAUGUGCGUGUAUGUGCAUAAGUAAUCAACUUGCUGCUCGCUGUAUCUUUAAAUCUGUCUGCCAAAGUAUUUUUUUUUGUGUCUGGGAAAACAGAAAAGCAGUAAGCAGUGGGGAGAUUUCUGGUUAGCACACCCCUGCUGAUGCUUUUGAAGGUAGCUGUCAGUGCUACAUUGCACGGUAUUAGGAGAGGUGGACCUAAGGGACGGGCAUAAUAGAGAUGAGGGGCAAACACCCCCAGGCUACACUCCUCUCCUGAUGUCCUGAUGCCAGGUGAUGCUCAGCUACACCGUCUGAUCAUCACAUCAUUAGCACUUCCCCCUCCCUCACUUUCUGUUUUCAAUGUAUCUCAAUAUCUAUCAGUUUCUUUAAAACCUUUAAAACACUGGGGCCACACCCAGAAACACCCCAUCCCUUCCCCCCCAAACACACAUCCACCCUCUCUCUCCCUUCUCCGGCUACCAAACUCAUUCCAAGUGCAAACAACACAAUUGCCAAAGCUAUUGCUUUCAGCUUCAGAGCAAGACUCUCUCCUGUAAUUGUGUCUGUGUGUGUGCGUGAAUCCUGUCUGUCUCCGGAGCAUGUUCUCGCUCAGAUUGUUUGAACACUGCCGGUGAGGUGUUCCUGUGUAUGUUGUGAUGAUUAUGUCCCGGACUGCAGUGACACUGAAGUGUAACAGGAUGGAAGAGACUCAUUUAUAAUACAGCAACACGAUGAGUGUGUUUUUCCUUGUGAAGACAGAGGAUGUGUGUGGAUGUGAGUUUGUUUUCCUGCAUUUAUCUGUGUGUGCAACAGACGUAAGUGUUUCGAAUUGGAAUGAAAAUGGUGUGUUUCCGCAGCAGGGGCUACACUUGACAGCUGCUAUUACACUGGUGCAGCCAGUAUACUUUCACUGCGGACUCAAGCAUUCACAUAGGAGAGCGGCUUCUGCACUGUAUACUGAGUUGGACUGAGAAGAUUCAGAAAGUGCUGUUUGAUAAAGUAGAGACAAGAGAACAACAUGAGAACUUGACUUCAGGAAUCAAUAAGGUUCAUUCAGAUGAGUUUAGUGUAGGAGCCGUGCUAAAAAGAGCCAGAAAUAUCAUAUGCAGCACAUAGAGCAACUUUACAGUUACAGGACAGUUGCAGUAUUCCUGCCUGUUAGUUAAUUCAGCCUCGCACCCCAGUAAUGCAAAAUAUUUAAGGUAAUAUUUUCAAAUCUAUGAUUAAUAAAUAAUCAACUCUUUGUACAGCGUCUGUAGAUUGAGAAGUGAGUUAUGUUUGCUUGUAAGUGUAAACACAGCCUUUUUUGAAUAGGUGUGUAUGUGGUCCCUGAUACUUUUGCAGCUGGCCUCAAGUGGACAAACGAGGAAUUGCAGUUUUUAUCCCUUCUGCAUUGGCUUUACUUGUCAAAACCAGAAGGAUGACCAUAUGUCUUCUUUUCCCCGGACAUGUCCUCUUUUUUGGGGGGGCUGUCCAGCCUUGUGUGGGGGAGUUUAUAAAAUCCUUCAAAUGUCCAGGGUUUUGUUUGAAGGUUUUGAGUUUGUGUUGUGUGGACUUACAGAAUUAGAGCGCAUAAAAAACACUCGACCCGACCCGAAAAACUCUCAAAAUUUACUACGUGCGACUCUGUGACUACGCCCCUGCAGUCACCCUAUUCUUGCUUGAAAGCUGCGUCAUCAUCGUUGUCAUCUUCAUCAUUUUUAGCACUUAACUACCAAAUACAGAGUUUUCCAUGAAGCGCUACAGUAGGUCCAAGCAAAGUUGAUGUAUAAAAGAGACAUCCAACAUACUUUCUCUUCAAACUCUUGUGCCACCAAUAUGCUCCGAGGAUAAGCAAAACCUGCUUUACAAAGUUUGAGGACGUUUCUUUUCUUGAGAUUGUUAAGGUUGGAAUUUUAUGAGGCAACCUAAAUCACCAUUUUGCCAUGUUUUGUUAGCCUUUUGCCCCUUUGGCUUCCCUUGUCAUGCACAAGCAGAAAUGGUAAAGAUGUGAGAUGGUUCAUUCCUUAGCAACCCGGUGCCUGGAAACAGUGUUAUGUCUGCUCGUAGUAUGAUAAUAUUCACAAUGAUGUAACCAGCCAAUCAACAACAGUAAAAUCAGGCAGUAUUUUUUUCAAUGGUGCCAAAUGAUGGUUGCACGCUAAAUAAAUGAAGUUUUACCAGUGAUAAAGAACGUGUGUAAUGAAUGUGUCUUGAAAUGGAAUUUUUAGGUGUUUCAUUUCCUUAUUUGUCAAGUUGUUGAAAAAAAGUGUGAAAAAAGGAGUUGUGAAUUAUCUCUUCCCCUGAUUGUUUUGCUGAAGACAACAGAGAGAUAUGAAGCGUGUAUUUAAAGAGAUUUUUGGCUCCUGUGAUUAUGCUCACUGGCUGUAAGGAGAGGAGAGCCCUUCCUAAAGAGAUCCCAGUGUAAUACAUGGAAACAAAAUUCACUGCCAACACAUUCCCCCCACAGUUUAGCUGAAGCUGAGGCUCCUGCAGUCUGACUCAGACAAAUCAGCUGAGGGGUUAUUUUCUAGUGAGAGACAGUAUGAAAUUUCCUCUUUGUGCUGCUCAGACGGUGUCUCCUUGCUGAGCGGCAGCAGAGGGAUAGUGACACAAAGUGGGGAUUGUAAAGUGGAAAAUACUCCACUGAUUUGUGUAACUCAGGCUGAAGAAGUCUCAUUAGUUUGAGCUGAACUUGCACGGAGGGUAGACUAGCCCCCCAUCACCCCAUGGCUUUAAAGGUACAGUGCGUAGAAAUGGGAAUACUCAGUGAUUAUUCUUCUUUAAAAUGCUUUCAUGCUUAGUGACGCAGUGGUUGCCUUCGAGGACAAGAAGGACAACAAGCUUUUACAAUUAAAAACGUUUGGCACUCAAUACAAACUUGCAUUCAGAAUUAUCCAUCUGAAAUGAGAGUAUGCGAUUACUUCCCUCCACUCGUGAUAUGCUGUAAGUUUUGCAGUAACUUCUUGUUAGCCCCCCUAAAAAAGUUAGCCAACCUUUCCAAACCGUUGAGUGACAUUAUCCCAACUCCCUGUGGUCAAAAUCUCUUUUAGUUACUGCUUUCUGAGGCGAGCCCGAUCCCUCGCUCCACACAGGACGGCCAUGGAGGGAGAGAUAUUUCUGUCCCCCCAGGGCAGUUAUACAGUUGGGUGGCUGGAAGGCUGUCAUUAGCCCUGUGUAUGUAUGUGUGAAUGUCAGACAGGCGACCACUGGAGAGGUGAUCUAAGAAUUGGGGAGAAAUUGCUGGCCAAAGCAGUCCUGGAGGUGCCCUUGGCUCGGUUUAGUAUUUGUUCCAGAAGAGUGGAGAAUUGGGAGGGGGGGGUUGACGGCCUGCCGAAUGCAGAUUGACUAAGCACGGUGGAAUAUUCAGGAGCUGAAACAAGCAGCUUUCGGGGGCUGGUACAUGUACAUCUGUGAGUGUUUGCGUGUUUAUUUCAUCAGUCAUGCUUCUGCAUAUCUUGACUUUGUAGCUGUCUCACUGUGCAUCCACUCACUGUUUGUUUAACGCUGUACACCAGCCAAAUGUCUGCAUGUGUCCAUCGGUGUUGUCGUCUCCUACACCUGUUUGUGCGUAAAUGUGCUCGCAGAGUCAUACGUGUGUGUGUGUUUGUGUGUUGACAGUAAUGAAAGGUUUGGAGUUAGCUGCGGGUAGAGAGUUUAUCAUUACUCUAAUCCCUCUGGAGAGAGAGAUUCUCUUGCCUAACCCUCCCACACGUAUCCUUCUGUGCGCUCAGACCGGCAGAUAAAAUGUGUUGUUUGAAACCUGCUCUGUCAUUUUUUUUUUUUUUUUUUCCAAUGGAAAACAUUACGCAAUCAAAAAAUAACACAUUUUCACUUGUUUAACUGUAGCAUUGUGUCCCUUCCUAUGCUGGCUGGAUCUCUGUGUUUUUUCCAGCUCAUCUUGGCUUUGUGUCUUCGGUGCAUCUCGUGGCUCACUUGCUCGCUCCUAAAUGGUUGAAAAAUGGCUUCUUUGCGAAAUUGUUGAAGAGUUGUUGCAAAGCUGUGGGAGGUGUCAUCUUUUUCUGUCAAUCCAAAAGGGACCAAAAACUAAAAGUACUUGGUUUUCACAAACAAAAUCUUUUGAUCUAAUAUCACUUCACCUCUUUGCAGAGAUACACACCAGAGAAAUUUUGAUAGCAAAAAAAUAAACGUGUUCGUAAAUUUAGACACUCCAAGGCAGAGCAUGAGAAUAGACUCGGAAAAAUGGUGCAUGUCUUUGGGGCGUAACAAAAGCAUAAACUUAUUGUUUCCAGAAUUGUACAUAAUUAAAAAGCUUUAUUUCAAAAAGUUCAUCUUCAUAUGGGGGACAUGAUGAAAUAACAUCAUGGUUAUGUUGUUCCUAUAAAUUAUUCAAGGAGGAUACAACUUUUAAAGCUCAAUGACAGGCGUUUUAGUUAAAAUUUUCUGUCAUCUUCAACCAUCAUCACAUCCCUUUCCUGCAACAAAUGAACCAAACAAAAAUACUCAGUCUAGGUGAGGCAGGUGAUUUUGCCUUAUUUGCAUAAUGUACCUCACAGGGAUUCCCUUUAAACAUGAGAUUAUUCCUUGACAUUUGUGGUACAUUUUUGCAGAAUAUACUGUUUGAAGCCACAAUUUUCAGGAGCAGGAUUACAUUUAAAGAAAGUAAACCUCUUUCUUUUUUCACCUCAAAGAAGUGCGUUGUAUAAACACAGGCAGGAGUAAAAACACUGUGUGAGAAAAAGGGUUUUGGCAAAGCUGGGUGUAUCCGGACUCCCAUGCUGUGCUGCAGAGCACCUGCUCUAAAUGCUAAAUAUGUGAGCUAGUGAUAGGUGCAGAGAGCACUGGUGGGACUGUGGAAGGAUUACAGCUGUGUAGCUACCGCUGGUCAGACAAAAUAAGACCACAUUAGACGGUAUAAGAUUAGACGUGAAGCUGAGGGAUGGAAACAGUAGCCUGAGUGUAACCAUUAAAGCGUUAUGUACCCAGGAGAUAAGAUUAGGUUGCAGCCCAAAGCUGCACUUUCUAGAGAUGCUAUUGAGCCCGGGGCUUUUUAAGAUCUCUAGUCAGCUGAUAAAACAGCCUCUAAAAUAAAACAGUUUUCUCACAAUCAGCAGGUCCUCGUAUCCUGUAAACAUCGAGGAUUCGUGACAAGAGCUGUGUUAUUGUGCUGAAAAUGUGCUGAUUGGAAUUUUAUGCGCUACAUCAUCAUUUUCGGUGUAUUAUGUGUCAGAAUCUCACAUCAGAGUGGUCCUUAGGAGCAGGUGGCUGCCCCAUCCAGACACCUGCCAAUAGAUAAUCGACCAAAGGGCCCCCUCAGCAGGACCACAUUGAUUUGGCAGUAGAGAAAAGCUGGCCUUCUCCUCACAGCACUCAUCUGCUGCUCUUUCAUGUGUGUUUUUAGGAGUGCAGAGACGUUGCUGCUUUGGCUGACUUGAUAUUCAUUUGAGCGCAUGUGAAGAGGGGUUUGAGAUCACCGUGCCUUUUUCAUACAGGCACUACCACACAGACCAAUCCUCAUCACUCCAUCUGAAUGAAGAGAUGCCUCCACCCUCUAAUCCCCCUGAGUCCCAUUGGAGGCAGCUUCAUUCCCCUCAAAGUACAUAGACCAGUGAUGGUAGUCAUCCACUCAUAGAUCAAAAGGCUCAUGGCUGCAGAGCUUUGGUGCAGCGCGGUGCUCGAGGUUCCUCCGACCUCACCAUCCCCCUCUUCCUCAUCAGCCCUCUCUCGGUGUGGACCCCGCCCUGGCACCUGCUCCCACUGCGCUCAUUUUGCUCAUGAUUAAGAUGUCAGCAUUGUCACUGUUCAACACAUGGCAUGGCAAUAGGCACGCUACUGCAUAUUGUUAUGGACACAUAAAUCUUGUCAUGCUUGAGUUCAAAUUUGCUGUUAUAUACUUCGAUAUUAACACUUAUGUACUAAUGUUAUUCUACAUCUUGCUAUAUGUUUACUUACAUUUUUGCAAUUCACCAUUGACUCAGUUAGCCUUCAACUAUGAGUAUAAAUGAAAAAAUGCGUUUGGAUAUGGAUGCAUGUUGCAUAUAUGUAUGGGAGUAUAUAAACAUUUUUAUGCUGCUUGGGGUGGAUUUUAUCUAUAAUUAAUGAAAAAUACUUGGACAAGAAACUCACGACUGUAGCUACAAUCAAACUUAAAAAUUAUUUACACCGAAGUGUAAUCAACCCUUUUUUUUGUAUACACAGCCAAAUUGUGGCAAGUUAUCUGAGGACACUUAAAAAAAAACUGGACCGCACUCCUCUACCCGAGGCAAAACCAAAUACAUUUUCUAUCAUUUUAUGAGAUUAUUUUAAUAGUGGUCAUUUGGAUUCGCUUAAUAAGUGGGAUCUGUCGAUGGCAGCAGAUUAUUGCUCGGCAGAGCUCCUGUUGCAGUCAUUGGACCAUCUGUCCCACCUCAGCCAAUGACUCUGGAAUGAUAUUUCUCUGCCCAUGCAAAAUGCAUGAAACUGUGCUCUGUGCAUCUUCUUUAGUGAGCAACAAAUCCAGUGAGUAUUUUUAUUUAGACAGAAAUGAGUCAAAAUAUCUCCCAGAUGAGCCUAAAAACCUGGAAGGCUAACGCUAGCACAGAUAGUGCUUAAGCAAAGGAUGAAAAGAAGGAAAAUAGGCGAUUUUUGAAGCUUGCUUUUAGCUGUAUCCUAUAGAACCGAUGACUACACUGUCUGCCAGUGUGUAUGAUGGGGUUUCUUCCUGUCUGGCAUUACAUUGUGUUAAUUGGAACCUCCCACCAGCUGGAAGUAAUGGUAAUACACUGAGGAGAAGCCACCACGCUAGCUUCCUGGAGCGCUUAAGUGUGCCAGGGCAUCUUGCAUGCAUCCCAUAGCUGGAAGUGAACUCUUUGAUGUGAUUGCUUCUGAGAAACGUCAUCAUUUAUUGAUGCUUCCAUUAAAGUAGCAUAGACGUCUGUGUAGAGACGGAGAGGAAGGAGGCUGAGCUCUGGUGGGACCAGGAGCUUACGAGCUAACAACACAGAAAAUGCCCUCCUAUGCACACCAGCAUCGUUAGCCUUUCUCCACUUCUCAGUGAACCCUUAGCUUCAUGUCUCUGCUCCUGCAGCAGGCUAAGGAGACAGCGUUUGAUCAUCUGGUCCCAAUUUAAGACACGUCCUUGUUCUCAUUUAAGAGUUUUAAUUCAACCUUUACUGGUUCAGGGUCAGGGUGGCCGAUGUACUUGCUAAUUAAGUGAAACAGUUUUAGCAGCUUUGGUCGCAGGUGUUUGACAAAACAGGUAGAAAUGAAAGGAAGCCACAGAUUUCAACUCUGUAAAAUAUGUACAUAAUAUAACUUGUAACUGGAAAUUUAAACAUUUAUUGCAGAUUUUCAUCCUCUUUUACCUCACACAAAUGUUGUUAGUGCUUACUUUGCAUUCAUGAAUCCAGAUUCAUCAAGAGUUUAUGUAAAUACAUCAAAUAUUUACAACAUAUGGUCGGAGAAAUCCCAUACAAGAGUUCUUUAGUUUUGUACAGCAUGUUCUCUGUUUAAUAACUCAUCUCCUUAAAAUAUGACGACACUGUUUCACUGAAGUACAUUUUUUUGAUGUAUUUUAUCACCUGAUGAAUACUUGGUGUUCAUUGGGAAUAUUAUGGCUUCAAUUUUUCGAUUGGCAGAUCGAAUUUGUGGCGUUAUAUCUGUAAAUAUCAAAUUAUUAAGAGAUUCUCAAUCAGCUGUGUUGUAAUUUGGGGUUUUGCGUAUCCUUAUUAGUAAGUUAUCCACAGCUCACUUGUUUCAUGAUUUUUUGCUCAGCACAGAAGUCUUUGUAGGAUUAAGAAAGCAUUCAGUUUAAAUGCACAUUAAGUUCAAAUAGUAAUCUGAACUCCAAGUUGUUACUAAUGAUUGGGGCAGCUUGCAAUGUAGCCCAUUUCCAUCUGUGUUAGAGCUUGUGAAUGAGAGGCAAAUUGUAAAGUGCUUUGGAUAAAAGUGCUUUAAAAUGCAGCCGUUUACUAUUGCAGUCAUUUGAAUAAAAUCUGAUUUCUCUCUCUGUCUUUUUUUUCUUCUACAGGGUCCUCCAGGGAGGUGGUGGCUCCUGUUGAGGUCUCGGAGCAAAUGGUGCAAAAGCUGAGAGGCAAGAAUGAGUUUACUGUGCUGGUGACCCUCAAACAAGAUCAUCUUAACUCUGGGGUCAUCUUGUCUAUUCAUCACUCUGAGCACAGGUAAGACCACUACACAUUUUACAUGACUGACCUUUGUGUUUACAACAAUAGAUAGAAAGAGAAGCCUAUGUUAUGUUAUCAUUUAAGAUAGAUAUCUGGAUAUUCAGCAGCUAUAACCAGAUUUUGCAGAAAGACCUCCAUUCAAGGGAUACUUUAAUUUUUAACUAUUUGAAUCAGCAGUCAGUACCUCAGUUGUGUAAGUUAAUUAAGACAUAAAAACAAACAUAACCUGAUGUGGUGUUUUAGAUUUACUAUAAAUUUGCUACAAAUACAAUAAAUUAAGGGUUCACUGAGUUACAAUCCCACGUCUUUGUUUGUAGGUACUGAUUUCUUUUUCUACUUUCGAAGUAUUUUCCACAAUUGUGUUCAUUUUCACUGUUUUAUUAUUAAUAUACACAGGACAUGACCUGGUUUAAGAAGUUAAAUAUGAACACAAUUUACCAUGCCUGAUUAAAUAUCACACUCCUUUAAUUGUACUAAAUUAUGCAUGAGUGUCCACCCUAAAUAAUAGUAAAUAGUAGAUAACUUUUGGAGACAUAUUAUGUGAGACAAAAGACAAUUGAUUUUCCCUUGGGGUAUUAAUAAAGUUAUUCUUAUUCUUAUUCUUAUUCUUAAUAGCUUUUAAAUGAAUGAAACAAAAAAUCUACCUGUUUACAAUUUUAAUUAACUAAUUUUUUUUUUUAAUUUUUUUUUCUAAUUAUUUUUUAUAUUAUUUUUUAAAAGUAAAAAAAAAAAAAAAAAAAGUAAAAAAAAAAAAAAAACUCAUUGAUUUUGAGCAAGGCUUUAAACAUGUUAAAUUCUCCUGAAAAUUGUGGACAAACAGGACUUCCUUAGGUUUUGAAGUCAGCCCAGUUGACUUUUGAGCAAUUGCAAUUCUGAAACUUUGCGUGUGCUAAAGUUAGAGCAUGGGCAUGAAAAUGAACCACAAGGUCAAAUGAUCAGAUUGUUUUUUUUGUAACUAAUCCAUGCCGAGACGAUUUUUAGAAAAACGCAUCUGUUGCGAAAAUAAUUUGAGACGCAUAUUUUGGUAGUGUGAGGCAAAACCAGAGUGGCUAGAGUCACAUAAAUUACAGUCAAGCUGUAUUUUAAUCCUCUCUGAUUAGACAUAAUUAGUUGUAUUCUAAAUUUAGCCCCACUCUCCGUUUUGUCUUAUCAGCUGUCUGUAGUGUGUCAAACGAAACCUGGAUAUUUGUAUCUGAUGAGCAUUUAGAUGUUUUACACAACAGUCUAGUAAACAAAAGCAAACCACCCUGAAUGCCAGCCUAUUAUUCUUCACAGUCCAUCAACGAUCCAAACACUGAGUCUGUAAUCGUGGAUCGAAAACUGAUGAGACGCUAUCUGCAGUUAGCAUGCUAAUGUUUUCCAUUAGUUGCUGGGAGCUGAGCCGUUGGAUGAUCAGAACAGCAAUCUGAAUCCUGCAUAAUGCCUUGAUUGAACAGUUUGUACAUUAAAGUCAGUCCUGAGACGAGAGCUCACAGGGAUGUUAAUGACUUUCCCCGCCGCUGAUUAGCUUUCCCCGCAAUUCAUAUGCGACAAAGCAGCGCUGCAUGGUUUCAUUUGGAAACGUUGCGAGGACUAAUUCAGCGUCAGAAGUUGUAGCUGGUGUGUUUAUGGAGGCAGGAUGAAUGUAAAGCAUGACAGUCAAUCUAUCAGAUCUUGUUUGCAGAUAAACACUUCCAUUGCUACACUUUACUUGAGUGCCUAUUUUUCUCAGGAAUAAUGUUUCCGGAAAAUGAGCUCAGUUUAAAUAAGCCUGUCUUUAAAAGCUGAGGUGCUGAGUGUGUAUCGGCAGCUCUUUUCAUUAGUGUCACUAUGCUUGGUGAUUCUCAGCAGAGUGGAGAGGAGGGUCCCGUUAGAAUACUAAUAUGCCAAUGUAAAAGCUUGAACCUCCACAUAUAAGUGUUGCUGAUGUUGCACUUAACAUAUAUAGAGGCAUAUAGAGUCAUCACGCUUGACUGGUGAUGUGAAUAAACUCUAAAUGGUGUUGCAAAUCUGAGCAGAUGUGGGAGCACUGCUUAUAAAAAGAGAAACUUAUUAUCUCUUAGCACUGUGCUUAAGAAACAGAGUUAAGUCUCCUCUGUGAUGCAUUCAGGUUUUAAUGCCUACAGAAAUAAGGUCUCCAUUUUAGUGACACUUUAAUGCAACAGGACAGACUGUACAGAGCAAUGGAUGCAAAUGCUAAAAGGAAUUGUCACUGUCUGUCUGGCUGUUACUAGAAACAAGUUUCUUUUAUUUUUACUCUUCAGGUUCCUGGAGCUGGAGAGCAGUGGGCAGCGCAGCGAGGUGCGACUUCACUAUCGUACCAAAGGCCAGCAGGCUCAUACUGAGGUGUUCCCUUACAGCCUGGCUGAUGACCAGUGGCACAAGGUCUCUGUGGCUGUCAGUGCGUCGCAUGUCAUACUUCAUGUCGACUGCAACAGGUAAGAUCUACUCACACUACCUGAGCAAACCUCUACACAUUUGAGUGUUUAAACUCCAAAUCAUUGGUUAAUGUUUGCUCCCUAAUUUUGCAUUUUUAUAUCAUUUAAUUAAAGCUACAUAUACUUGAUUUAAACUUUUACACUAUGCAAUUUUGGUGCCCUCUUGUGGAUGAAAUGCUUCCUCAUAUCUUUUCGAGAUUGUUCCCCUUGUUGACUAACAAAUAACUCACCAUGAAUUUUAAACAAAACAUGUUUCUUGAGGCUGCUGUUACUUGCGUCAUCUGCCCUCUACCCGUUGGCAGCAGAUGUUAAAAUAAUGAUCUAGACAGACUGAAUCUUGUCCCCAAAGGUCUCUUUUUGUUUCACUGGGUCAUAAAAAUUCAUCAGUGUAAAUUUCAAUCUGUCUUAUCGCAAUCAAAAAACUCUUCUCAGUCGCUUUAAAAAAUGCAACACUUGGUCUAGACUGCAAAAUAUAAAAGUUUUUCAUUUUGAUGGGUAUAUUUCUGUCACAUUUUCCAGUAUUUUACAGCAGCAGCUUUAAGAAAUGAUGCAGCUCAAAACAAUAUGAAUCCAGACUGAUUACAAAAUAUUAGGGCUGCAGCUAUCGAUUAUUUUAGUAAUCGAGUACUCUAUCGAUUAAUCUGUCGAUUAAUCGAGUAAUCGGAUAAGAAAUGUUUUGCUCUCACUGUAAUACUUUGCAUUGAAUCACGUUUGCCUCAUUAAAAACCAUCAGUAACACACAAAACUGAAAUAGGCCAGGUCUUUCAAAUGAAUAUUUUUACUGCAUAAAUCAGGAACCAAAAGUUUUACAUUUUACCAUGUAGUUCACAUGAAACUACUGAAGGCAAGGUCUGCAGAUGGUCUUUUAAUUGCUAUGGUAAUGAUCUUUGCAGUUUUCACUAAACCAGUCACAACUAUUUCCAGGCUUUGGAUCUAAUUUUACUUGUUUAAUUAAUAGGCUGAAAUAAUAUAAUUCUUGGAUACUAACAUAAUUUGACAAGCAAAUGUCCUCUGCUGCUCAUCACACGCCUAGCAGGUGGUGUAUAGCAUUAUCACCAUGGAUACACGGAUGUUUGUGUGAUUUUUUUCAUCCACUGCCGCCCGGUUUGUGUCGUGUAUGUGUUGAUUAUGAAAACACUUCGCAAUAAUUUGGAAACGUGAAGGGGGAGCUGCUGCUGCCCGGUGUUUACGGUAAAUAGACGCAAACACCGACCAAGUGGACGCUUCGGUAUUAUUAUUGAAUGAAUUUAUAUAAUUUGUCCGGUAUGCAGUCGUUCUAUGUAGCUUGUGGUAGGACUAUUUAAAUUUUCCCGGCGCUGCGUCCGGCCGGCACGAAAUGCAUUCUGGGGUAUUUAGUAUGUAUGUGUGUAAACGCUCGUCCGUGUCAAACACCGUGCGCUGCACAUGGUUCCGGAUUUAAACGAUUCCUCGAGGCAUAUAAUUUGCCUCGAGGAAUUUUAUUAAUCGAGUUACUCGAGUUACUCGAGUAAUCGUUUCAGCCCUACAAAAUAUAGUGUCAGUGUCUCUCUCCUUUUUCUGGAUUUUUUCCUCUUUGACUUAAAGCUCCUGUGAUGAGUUUUUGGCACGACUGAAAAAGACCAAAAUUCAUAAUGAUGUCUUUUUAUGAUAUACAAAAGCAUAAAAGAACAUCUCAAUUAAGAUGUAUGGUUUUUAUGCAAUGACUUUUAAUGCCUGAAACUUGUGUGAGAGGGUAGGUGUCAGCUGUGCAGCAAGAGAAACAGCCCUGUUUUGGCAUUUUUCACAUGAAAUAUUCACAAUAAUUAAAUCAAUUCCCCCUGAAUGAUGAGGUUUCUAGUUAGAAGACACAUCUGAGGUAUAGGGCAAGACAAGCAAAGUGGGUGCCAAAAUACACACAAAUGGAAAGUUCCUUAGAGGAGCUUUAAAGAGAAAGUUUUUAUUUCAAUUUUACUGGUAAAACUUCUUUGGACAACUUUUCCUCAACCGUCAGUUAAGAGAACAGGUGUGAGCAACACUGCAGCUAAAGAACAGAUUCUGCACUUGACAUUUAUCAGGAACUUUUUUAACAGUGUCUAGAAAAAUCUAUAAGAUAUUUCUGAAUGAGGCUUUAUGGUAAAAGCGCCAUGUGUGCUGUGAUUUGGGAGAAAACUCAAGUUUUUUCUCAUUUAAACUGAACAAAAAGUACAAAUAGGAUUCCCUCCUUUGUUUACAGAACUAACUACAAAUCCAAUCCAAUGUAACAGAUUUGUCUCAGCCCAGAUACUGAUCUUAUUAAGAAGAUUGGGCAUGAUUUAGCUUUUUACAAUCAUGGCAGUAGAAAGCAUUGAUUUGUUUUGGGGUUUGGGGUAUUGGAAUUGCAUCAGGAAAUAAAAUAUCAUCAGUGAAUUCCCGCUUUUAAUGACCAACUUAGGCUGCCACAAAGAUUGUCUUUUUCUUCAAUUAUCCUUUUUUUUUUUCAUAAAAUACUGAAUUCGCUAAAGGAGUACAUGGAAAAGCCUUAGCUGGAAACAUUAUACUAUAGGAACCCUGAUACAACUGCCUCAUGCAACAAAACUGUUCUGAGGAGUUCAUUUGAAAUAAAAAUGUUUUAGGGAAAAGUAAGAAACUGACAUGAAAUCAGCGGUAAGUGCUAUACCAUAAAGCAUAAUGCUGAGUUUGCAUGAGCUCAGGGCAGAUGGUAGAUGGGAAAUGGAUAUCAUUUCUGGGGAUGUUAGCAGGGCUGUAAAGUCAGAGGAGGCCUGCAGAGAAUACUUGUGGCAAUAACAACAGAUGGCAUUCUCGUCCAAAAUGAUGGUAUUUAUACUUUUUGCUGUCCUCCACAACACAAUUUACAACCAGACUUUAUAAAGUCCUCUCAAACAAGGGGAAGAAAACUGAAAAAUCACAGUCUCAAUGGAAAACUACACUAUCACUUUCUUUUUUGACAUCUAAACUCAGGACAGAACUUCUACUGUUCAUCAUACAUCUUUUAUAACGCCCUCAUUUUUUGAUGGGGUCAUAUGUGUGUUGUUUAUCUUCGCCUGAAUCCAUGGGAAUGCAAUACAAGAGUAGUGGUCACAGCAGUGCACUGGCAUCACUGCUCACUAUUUGCGGAUGUGUGCUGAGGGUUAGCUGAGGGAGCACAUUCUUAUGAAGCCAAAAUAUGAACUGACACGGGGACAUGUAUCAAAAUUUAAUCCAUGUCCUGCCUUAAAGGGUGAACUCACAUCAGGCUGCCCUUCUUCUUUUCCUCUCCUUCACCUCUAAGAGGGCAAUAUCCCGAUCAGCUUUCAUGAACUGGUUUCGCUUGCAUUGAUGAAAAAAAAAAGGUUUGUAGUGUUUCCCUCAGGACAGGGAUCUAUCAGCGGUGGUGUGAGAUUUGGGGAGCAGGGGGCCGCUAAUUAAUCAGCUGUGUGAUUGCAGACGUCAACUCGCUAAUGCUAAUACUCAGCACGUGCCCUGCUGUGCAGCGCCCAUGUGCACCUCAUACACUGUUACAUACUAAGUCUAAGGUAGCGCCACAAAAAAAAGCCCUCAUGUUUAAGGUGUGGUGCGUUUAUUUAGCUGUAGCAGUGCGCCACGAUUAAUUACACGUUGGAAAAACCAUUUAUCAUAUUUGAAUUGGUAAGAGGCAUAUACAUAGACUGCUACAUACACACCGUAACACCAAAUUAGACACCCCGUCGAGAGAUGAAUGUUGCCGACCGCUUGCUUCUCUAGUUCUACCAACUUUAGUAACGACUGUAGAUAGCAAUACAGAGAGCCACGUGCUCAACCAAAAAGCCACUCUAUAGCCACAAAUAAUGCUCAGAACAGCACCUAACUUCAUCAACAGUACAUACAGGGUCCCAGCCACGACACUAGCCACCAAACAUCUUUUUCACUUUGCCUGAUUUCUUUAGCAAAGAGACUAAACACAACUCACCUACUCUCUUCCAGCAGCCACUUGUUUGUACGGAGACCUCCCGGCGAGUCCAUCGACUGCAGCGGGGUGACGCAGCUCAAGGAAGAACAUUUAUGAUCAUUUCUUUAUCAUUUACUUGAAGUAAUAAUCAUCAUAUUAAUCAUUUUGCACUGCAGACGCGGUAGUUCUUCUGCCUUAGCAUCUUGGUCUGAUUGCAUUUCCAUGAAGAAAUGAUCAUAAAUGUUCUUCCUUGAGCUGCGUCACCCCGCUGUAGUCAAAGGACUUGACCGAGGUCUCCGUACAAACAAGCGACUGCUGGAAGAGAGUAGGUGAGUUGUGUUUAGUCUCUUUGCUAAAGAAAUUAGGCAAAGUUAAAAAGAUGUUUGGUGGCUUGUUCUAUGGCUGGGACCCUGUAUGUACUGCUGAUGAAGGUAGGUGCUGUUCUGAGCAUUAUUUGUGGCUAUAGGGUGGCGUUUUGGUUGAGCGCGUGGCUCUGUAUUGCUAUCUGCAGUCGUUACUUAAGUUGGUAUAACUGGAGAAGGAAGCGGUCGGCAACAUUCAUCUCUCGAUGGGGUGUCUAACUUGGUAUUACGGUGUGUUGACCCUAAAUUAAUUUUAUGUCGAAAUAUCCCUUUAACAGGGAAUUGGUCAGUAUAAUGAAGUAUCUUACUCAAGUUUUAAGCAUAUUAGAUGAAUGAAAUGAAACAGCAGAGACUUGGUGCUGUUCACACAGUGACAUCUCGAGCGGGUAACCUCUGUCAGCUGUCUCAUUUGACAAGCUCUAACGCAGGUUGAUGGAUCACACCCAGAGUUGCCCCUCAUCAUGCUGUAUGUGCAUCUGCUGUGUGAAAGGGGUGCUACUGUGUGAGUGUGAAGAUCCUCCCUGGCACCAAAAAAAGGAGCAGACGGAGAUACCAUGUGUACCACAGACAGCAUGUGACCAUGUCAGGCCUCACCAGGAAAAGGGUUAAAAGAAGGAUUUAACAGGGCAAGACCUGCAGAGUGGAGUGACGGCUGCAACGUACAUUGUGUUUUGAAUGCAGUGCAUGAAAAAGCAUGUAUGUAUUCUUGUUUGCUAUGCAUUAACAAUUAAAUUCAACAUAAACAACUAUAUUAAACCCAUUGGGAGCAAUUUGUUUAGGGCUGUUGGUAGAAGGUCAUGAUAUCAGAAUUAACCUCAUGGUUAUUGUUGCCAUGAAAUAAAAAUAACAUUACUGUGGUAUUUAUGGAAAAAAACAACACCGAGGUUAAAGUUGAAGAAAAAAGUUUAUUUAUUUUCUACAGUUAAAAAAAAAAAAAAGUUUUCAUUUUGAAGCGUAUUUCUGGAAGCUGGUAAGUUAUAGAACUUAUUAGGAACAGUUAAACGAACAGUUGAAAAACAUUAAUUAUCAGUUUAUUACUAACCCAAAGAGGCAAAAGCUCCAAUGUUGCAUUAGGAUGUACAAUAAAAAAUCAUUAAAUUUCCUUUUUUUGAAAUGCCUUAUCUUCUCCCUGUGAGCUGUUUUAAAGGUGGAAUCAAAGCCCUAACAGUCUGAUUAAUUUGUGUCAGUUUGGAGGUGAGUUUGAAGUUAGCUCACGUGAGUAAAUGGACAAAAUAAAAAAAUUUAAAAAGAGAUUAUUAUGUGAAAAAUCUUAACUCCCUUGCUAAUAUGCCAUAAUUUGACAGGAAAAGAUGUUUCAAACACAUUUACUGUUUAAAAAACAUUAGAAAAAGCAGAAACACACAACCAUAGAUACUAUAAAUUACAACACAUGUUCUGAUGUAUGUCAAUUACCAAUCAAUCAAUUCACUGAAAACCGUGUCUUUAUGGUCCCACCAUUUAAAAAAAAAAUCUAAUCAUUACAUUAUUAUGAGUAUAGUUAUAGAAACAGGCCGUUUUGGUCACCCUCUCUUUUACGGUACACUUAUUACCAGGUAAUUAACAGGUAAUUACCUAGUAACAACAUGAAAUUGUCUGGUAAUUACAUGAUAAAUACUAAGUCAAUACUGUCUAGUUUUUCUUUUUGUCUUUUUUCUGUGCAGCUCCAUUUUCAAAAGCUAUUUGGGGUUCUUAUUUUCUAUGAUUGACACUUGAUACAGCCUAUGGGCGUGUGAAGAUUGCGCAGCGAUACGCUGUUUGAGCCGAGCGUUAUCACAGCGACUCACACACCGAAUGCGUACAAUGCUACUGCGCAAGUGGUGGUUCCAGGAAGCGGAGAAAAUCCUGGAAAUACCAAAGCAAUUCGGCUUCAAAUUUGUAUGAUGAUGGAAGGUUACCUACCUGGUAGCUAGACAGUAUUGACUUAGUAGUUAUCAUGUAAUUACCAGAUAAUUUCAUGUUGUUACUAGGUAAUAACUUGUUAAUUACCUGGUAAUAAGUGUACCGUAGAAGAAAGGGUUACCGCUGUUUUCUUAAAGUCAUCUUCUUUAACACCUACCACUUUGCAGGAGAUAAAAUUUCAGUAGGAGAAGUGUGAACUUGUCACUAAUAAACAAAAAUGAAUCUGUUUGUUUUUGCAUAUUCUAAGGAGACCCAAUUGUUAAUUUCAGUUUAAUUUUCAGUGAAAUACACCUCACAGAAAUAUUAAGAAAUCUCUCUGUAAGUAGAUUCUUUUUUCUUAAAUACUCACAGUUGGACUGCAAAAUUAGCUCAGGAGAAAUAAAUCCAACAUCAGCGUUCAUACUUUCAUAAAAAUAUCAUCAGGUUGUUAUUUAGACUUCAUAUUUGCUCCGAUAACCCUGUAAAUUUAACACAGUGUUCGUCAAACAUUAAGGCCAUUUUCACCACUGUGGUGAAUUGUUAAUUAAUAUCCUGUCAAAAACGGAGGUUGAACUCAGCUUGAGAGAGUUGAGGGAACAAUUGAUAUUUCAAAACCAUGUGGGAAACCUGACCCUUCAACCAGAUGAAAAUUCAUGAGAAAAAAUACAGAAUUUAGCUUUCCUGACAGAGAGUGGUGGUCAGAUUUCUUUAUUUUUCUGGUACCUUGAAUGUCCGUACAGUUGUUUCUUUUCUGUUCCUCUGAGCAAGUUCUCCCUUUUUCUAACCAAGGUUAUAUUACAUUUUUUAUGUAACAGCUUUUCUUUGUAUCUUGCUCUGUAAGACACUUUCCCGUGGUCCUCCUGUUGACGAAAAUAAAUAGUGUUGAGCAGAAUUUCAUUUAGAAGUACACUGAAAUGAAUUCAUCAACCGAAUUUGUGAUUUAUCAUUUUGCGUUUGUCUUACAGGAUCUAUGAGCGGGUGGUGGAGGCUCCUUACAUGGACAUACCUGAGGGUGCUUCCUUCUGGCUAGGACAGAGAAACGCUGCUCAUGGCUUCUUCAAGGUUAGCUCUGCUGCCGCUCAAACUUUCCCUCUCGGUGCAUGAAUGUCGCUGUCUUCCCCGAUGUGUGAUAAAUGAUUCAGAAUGGCGAGAACCGGUAAUGUGUCUCUGUCUAAGCUGUUGCAGCAGCUUUUUAGCCGCCGUAGUCAAUCUUGAUUUGUACCGUAUCUUCUCCGUCUUUGUGCGGCUUGUUUGGUUUUAUUUAUUACAGCUGUUGGAUUUAAUUGCAUGCAUUUCUCAAGGCUUACCAUUUUAAUUUGAGGGUUUGCGCUGGCUACCCAAGGAAUUGACUAUCUUUUUUCUUUGUUGUCAUUGUUUGUUCCCUUUUCCCUUAGUCUGCAGCUCAGCUCAGUGCAAUUAUCUCAGCAACCCCCACAGCGCUGAUUUGGGAGAAAUCAUUAAAUAGCCUCUGGACUAUGCUCAUUAAGCUUUGUCUAUAGUAUGGUUUACCAGACAGGGAGUCAUAUAUUGCCUCUCUCAGACUGGACUGUGCUUGAAAAUUUCCCACCUGGGGAGACAUGUUUGGGCUAAAUGUCAGCUCGCCAGCAACUGAAAUUAUUUUAAGCAGUCUGCCAGUGGCUGGUGUGUUCCUCUCUGUUUGUGUAUGUGUGUGUGCACCUGUGUGUGAGUGUGUUAAUGCUUUUCACAUUGUGUCCAGGCUGUUAGAUUUCCUCUGUGUUAAUUGGUAGAUGAAAGAAGCCUUGGAGGUCACCGACUAAUCUCGUCACGUCGUGGCAUCCUCCCCACGCCUCUUUCUCUCUGAAGCCUUGAUUAGUUGCUAGGAAGGGCUGGAGGUCUUUUAAAACACACUGCUUCAUUAGUACACAUGCAACCUCACACAUGAACAAGAAGUCUGUGUGUAUGUGAGUGGCAGCAGAAGACAAGAAAUCAUCACCCUAACAGUUGGAGUAAAGACUUGAAUAAGAAUGAGCGUUUCUAUCUGCACCUUUGCAGCACAACUCAAUGGUUACCUCCUUUGCAGUCCACACACAUCUAAGGUUGAUAAAUCUAUUUUAUCCUACCUACCCAGUGUCAAAUUUUGCACUUGCUUUGUAUCCUGAUGGAGCAAAUGGUUCUACAUCCUAAUCUAAAAGACUGAAAACAAUUUACUUUUAAUUCAGGCAAUCCCAAACGCGACAAGAAACAGCGAACAGGAUUCUGUUUCUCGUGUCAGAUUUCAUUCCAAAGUUAUUUUUUAAUCUGGCAAGAUAAAUCAUCUCUUGAUUGUUUGUGUUUGGUAGAAAAUUACUUUAAGUAAUUCCACUGCAUCAGAAGUGAUUCAACCCUCGCACUGCCAUUUGUUGUUUUUCACAAAUUCACAUUUCCGGUACAGAUGGAGCUAACCGCCGCCGACGUCCCACGUGUUACUGCGGGCCUGCUGCAGUGAACAGAGUGUCACCGAAGCAGGGGAAUCUAGUUUGGAAAGUUUUUCAGCUGCAGAACAAAGUCCAGAAACCGAUAGUUCUGCUGCAGUACAACACAGAUUUCUUCUAAAGAAUAAACACACUUUUUUCAAACACUCGCUGGUUAUCCUGUUUGGUGAAAAACCCUUUUGUGCCCCAUUAUAUGUAAAAACAUGUUGACUGUUUCAGCGCCUUUUUCCCUUUACCUGUUCAAAUUUGUGUGUAUUGAUAAUCCAUUAAAUUUUGAGUAAUCAUCAAGAAUAUUUUUACCAUACAUCCUAAAAUGGGAUGUAUGAUAAUGAGUGAAUUUUGCGCUCUAUCCAAACUGAAGGUUGACAUUUACCGGCAGACCACAUGAGAUUAUAAGGGUUUGUGUUUUUGAAUAAAAUUUAGCAUUAAUGUUGAUUUUAUAUUGUACUGAAAUCUAUUUUUAAAUACUUGUUUUUUGCAUAUGUAACAUGCAGAGUAAUGCCAACAUUACAUGGAUAUUUCAAAUGGAGAAAGACUGACAGACAGAGUGAUACAUGUAUAAUUGAUCCCAAGGGAUCUAACACCCCAACCCCCUCUCCCAGCCACCACCAGCUCCUUCGCCACAUUCAGAGGUUGGAUGGAGGUAUUAUUACACAUUGAAAUAAGCGAAAUCGCUGUAAACUUUAUGGUCCAAAUUUGCAUAUAUCAUGACAAAGUAAGCGUACAGAAAGAGCUGUUUUUAUUUCAACAUUUAAAUGCAUGAAACUGAAGAAGAAAAAGAUGCUUCUUCUCUUGGAUCUUUUACUGCUUGCGAGGGAUGUGAGUGUUAGUUGACUUAAUGAUGAUUGUUGUCACUCUCUCCAGUCAGAACCAGAGUUACUUGUCUGUUAAAUAAAAUAUCAGUAUCAGGAUGUAAACAAGCACAAACGGUAGAUAGCAUCUUGUAGCAUGGUGUGGAUUGGCAGUAAUUUAAUUUUCAUAAUACAGGUGAAGUUGUACUUCGGCUGUGUCUGGUUCAACUGGUAUAUAGCCUCUCAAAUGAAGCGCGGGCAUGUGGGAGUGACCAAAGGCUGGUGGUGCUAGCUCUGCUAAUGUUAGCCAUGUUUGUUAAUCCACUUUGAGACCCACAGAGUGUCUGGUCAAGAGUUUAGUGGUGUUAAGUAAUGGUGCUUAUAUUUGAUAGUUUUCUUUUUAGUUUUCUAUCUCUUUAUUUUCAAUUUUAGUUUUAGUCAGAGUUUCAAAUUCACGACUGCAUAUUCUCAGAAAAGUUAAAUUUGAUUAUAGGCAGUGAUACAUUACAGGACCAAAGGUUUAGAAAAGGGUUUAUGAUAGGAGAUAUGAACCAUGGCUCGAAAUGGAUCGUAGUUCUAAGGUUCCAUUACCUGAAAAAAAAAAAAAUUGAACAAAAAAAAAAAAAAACUGUUUACAAGUUUGACACAAUCUGUUUUCAUUUCAACAAGAUGUCAUGAAGAAAAAAAACAAAAAACGGCAGAUCGCCCCAGCAGGAUUUUAAAUUUAUGGACAACAAAUUGAAGUGGUAAGACAAUUUAGAAAACAAUUUCUUCUAAGCUGCACCCCUCCUACUUCUGUAAAGGAAAUAAAUGCACUCAAGGAAUGAAAUGGGACAGGUUACCACGGCAACCAAGUAUCUGUGUGCGUAUGUGUGUAAACAUAUGUGUGUGUGUGUGCGUGUGUGUUUUGGGCUUGGCCACAAGAUUAAAGUAGCUAUCAGUCAGAGUUGAAAUGAGUUGAAAUGAGGCUGUAUCUCCAGUUCACGCUCAACAGAGGCAAAAAUAAAUAUUCCACCUUUUUCACUUCAUUCAUCAUCAUUGGUCCAGUGAACUUCCCGACGCUUCUCAGUCAUGUAAUGAUUCAUCUGAGUGACAAUUUAGGGGACAUGUUACCUUACAUUUAACUUCCCCCAUCUCUCACUCCUCAUUAAAAACAACAUUUUCAAUAAUUUUUCAGUUUUACUGUCGUAUCCCGGCCUUCGGUUUUAUGAUUUCAGCGGUCCCUUAACAGCUCUCAGGCAGGGUUGUUUGUUUUGGGUUUGCAUGUUCUGCUUGUGCCUGAUUCCAUGUUAGAUCAUGUGGAAAAUGUACCAUAAGCACACUUACACACCAUUGCUCCUGAGGAUCUACACAUUUAUAUGCUUCCAGUCAUUUCACCCCCUGUCCGUGCCAAUAACGUGGGGCUUUUACUCCUUGAUUUACAAGUUUGGUGUGUUUCUGUUCAUGCAGGGAGUGAUGCAGGAUGUGGAGGUCCUGGUCAUGCCACAGGGUUACAUCUCACAAUGUCCAGAUCUCAACAGAAGUGAGUACAACCUCUGGCGUCACACAUUUAAGAAGCAUGUCAUGGAGUGUUUUGUUAAGAUUACCUCUGGCAUUGGCUUGCUCUGGUUUUGCUGUUUUAUCUAAACUCUAGAAAGACUCUGAAUUCACUGGAGUAAAGCGGCUUUAAAACAGCUUCACAAAUGAGAAACAAUCCGUCUGUAUAGAGCUUUGGUUGAUGAAGUGGUUUGGGUUAAUCAGUAAAGAAGAGAAUUCCCACAGUCUUUCCUCACAUAAUUGAAACAAAUUGCAACUUCACGCUGCUGCUUUUCAUGAAGCACAAGUUUAGGGGCUAAACAAAUUUUGUGAGGCAUUUUCACUCAAAUAUUCAAAGUCACCUUUAAUAUUAUGAGGUUAGCGACCUACAAACUGUUUUUAAUGCUAUCAGGGGGAGACACUCACAAACAGCCAACAGUUAAAAGGAUCUUCACAGAUUUUAUGUCCUCACGCACCUCAACAUUGCCAGAGGACACUGUUUACUGCUGUUUAAGCUGCAUAAGGUCCUUUUUAAAAAAAAAAAGAAACUAAUGGAUAAGCAUCCUUUAAAGGACAGCGAAUACCUUGGAGCUGCAAUGGUUCAACUUUUAAUUUUUUGUAUAUUGUGGCACCCCCUGUAAACUAAGCGGAGUAGGGCUGGGUGAUAUGGUCUCAAAUCAAUAUCACGAUAUAUUGAGCAGUUCACCUCGAUAAUGAUAAAUAGAUGAUAACUUCUCCACAAGCUGCUAAUCCUCUCCCACAUUAACUUUGUCUACUUCAGCCGCUACAACCUUUGAACCGUCCUCCAUCUCCUCACCUGUUUUUCCCUGGUGGGGUUGAGUCACGUCCCUGACAUGAGACCAUAGCCUACCUACACACAUCCAAAACCAACUUUUAUUCAUUUAUUUUUGUGACACCGAAUAUACCGAGAUGGGCAAAAUGACGUUGGUUAUUGUCGUAAAUUUUCGGUUUAUUGCCCAGCCCUUAGCGUUACUUCUUGUUUCAUUGUAGAUUGUAUUCUGUCUAUGUGUAAGUAGUGUGACUCAACAUACUAUACAUUGAAGACAACUGCUAAAUUGUGGUUUAUAAACAAAUUUUGUAUGGAUUUUUAUUGUCAUAAAUAUUCACUAAAACUCACUUUUUUAGACUUGCUUUUACAUGAUGCAUGAUUUAUUUAUUUAUUUAUUUUAUUGCCUCUUGUUUAACCUUGUCAGUUAUUUAUAUUAUUAUUAUUUUUAGUCCUGUUUUUAACAUUUUCUCAUGUUUUAAUACACUCCCUUUUCAUUAUUACUCUUAUUUUACCUUAUCUUAUUUUAUCAUCUUUGUAUAUUUUUCUCUUCCUCAUUUAUUUGUCCUCUAUCCACCCUCUUCCUUUUCACCUUCCUGAUGUGAUGCCGUCAACCACCAACCCCCAAUCUUUAACUGUCCAUUUUUUAACUGUCAAUUUUCUUUUGUCUGUUUCUGCCUUUGUCCGUUUCUUCCGUUAAAACACUUUGUAAACAUCUGUUUUUAAAGGUGCUAUAUAAAUAAAAUAUAUAAAUAAUUAUGAUUAUUACUAUUAAAGGUAUUUGAUUAUGCACUAACCUUCUCUGUAUUACCCCCUUGUGUCCCAGCAUGCCCCACCUGCAACGAUUUCCAUGGAUUAGUGCAGAAAAUCAUGGAACUGCAGGAUAUCCUUGCCAAAACAUCGAGCAAGGUAUAGUUCUAUAACCUUAAUAUGACAUUUAACUCACAAAUUUUCUCAUUUGAAAAAUAGGAACAGCCUUAACAAGAACUCUUUUUGAUUUUAUAUUGUUCAGUCUCAUUAAAUGUCAGCGUGUCACCCUAUUGCUGCCAUUCAUACUCACUGCAACAGGCAGUCAGUGACAGAUUAACACUAAGCGUUUGCUGUUAUGGAAGUCUUUUCUGCAUUGAUGCUGAGACGGUGUGUGGAAGUGGAUGUCAUCAUGUCCAAUUACUGACUUUUGUGACGCUGUUACUGUCCUUUGAAUCUGUUUUUUCUCUGUGUGGAUAAAGACGCAUAACCGCGCUGACUCUCAUCCUCUCUUCUUCUUGCCUUUUGUGUUUCGGUGGGGACGGCGUGAGCAGCUGUCCAGGGCCGAGGAGAAGAUGAAUGGGCUGGAUGGCUGCUAUUGUGAGAGAACCUGCAGCGUCAAGGGGGUCGUCUACAGAGAGGACGAGGGCUGGACAGAUGGCUGCAGGAACUGCACAUGCUCGGUGGGGCUGCGUACAUGGAUGCUCAACAGUGUGUGUGUGUGUGGAUGUGCAUGUGGACAUGGGAGUGUAUGCCAGAGUAAUAAAAGAGCAAGAGAGGGCAUUCAUUUUAAUCAAGGGUGUGGUAUUUUGUGUGUUUGACCUCACUGACUCUGGAUAAUGUGUUUCUGUAUGAGAUUGUGCCAUGCAUACAUACAUGUCUGCACACAUUUAAGUGUGUCAUAAAACGAAUAGAUAUAUUGUGAGGCCAGAUGUAAGAGUAUCAUUGUGUGUGCGUGUGUUUGUGUGUGUCUGCAGAAGAAAGGGAGAGCAUGCAUUUUUCAUUAGGUCUGUGACAUGGUGUGUUGUUCUGUUUUUGUGUGUCUGGGUGUUCGUUUAUUCCCUCAUUGCUGCCAUUGUAGGUCUCUGCUUUUGUUUUCUUCCACUGUUCAUCAAGUGUGUGAAGGCUGGGGUGUGUUUGGGCGCGGUAGAGGUGCAGGGUGCAGAGGCCCCAUUGUCAAUAGCUUGUAUUCUCAUUAUUUCCCUGUGCUAGAGAAAGGUUGCCCCAGUUACCCGAGAAAAGCUACUGUAUUGAAACCCCCCAGAUUAGACACACGAACAACAGCGCUUAGUGAUACUCUACUCUCUCAAGGGUUUAAUUUACCGCUGCAUAAAGUGUGAAUAAUUGCUAAAAACAAAAUUAGAAGUGAUUGGAGAUCUGGGGCUUGUUGCACAUCAGCAAACAGAUUUCACCCCCUGUCAGUCUCCUCAACUUUUAAACAAGAAACUCAUUCGCUGCGACUCAACCCCUCCAACCAGCCAAUAAGAAGCUUUCGUGCAUCACUACCCCAGCAUGGAAAAAAGAAGGGAAAUCACAUAUCUCUCAGUGCACCGAACCUAAUUGCUCUUGACAGAUGAUAAUUAUCAUCAGGGAUUUGUUCUGCCCACUCAUCCAAUCAAAUCGCUCCAUGCGUCAGGAACUGUGUGUUUGCCAUUCCUGGGCUGCAAUUAAGGAAUUAGACGGGAUAUGUUUCUUACCUUAUGUGUGGCAAUUAACUGGGACCUUUAAAAUUCAAAGGUCAUGCAUUAAGAUGUUAUCAAUUAUGUGGAUUAGGUUCAUAGAUGUCGCUGUCACAGAGCUUUCAUCCAUGGAAGCAAUGUUAAUUACAGGCGCAUGAACAGAAAAGCUGCAGAAGAAGAAACUGCAUUUAACUGUUCGGUAUAAUGUGAACCUUUGGGUUAUUGUGAAAAUGUAAAUGAAGUUAUGAGCUCAUUUUCAACACCUGGAAAUGCCCUUGAUUUUUGCUAGCAUCCUGCGUUUUAGCAUGUUUUUAAAAAAUCAAAACAGUGAGAGAGAAGCCGGAGUGAAAAUAUCAGCUGUAUGAAAGAGAUGUGAAAUGCUCUGCGGUUAUUUGUUAAACAGGCGUCGAUAAAAGUGGCAAUACAUGACCUUUUACUUAUUUUCCACUUGGUGAGGUGUCUGAAUAAUAAACUAUGUUGCCAAAUUUAUGUUGUUACCUAUUUCAGGAAGACUUGUGAACAUUUUUAAGAGUGUUCUUGUAGCUCUGUGGGCAGCAUGGAGAGUAAGGUUCAAGGACAGCCGUAUCGUUCAACGACAAAAUAAAAUACUUUUGAUAUUUUUCGAAGUGUAUGGGGUACUUAUCAGCUAUGUACUGCUUUUGACUAUGUUUGUAGAAACAGUUUUUAGACACUUGAAAAGUUCAACGAAAAAGCACUCAAAGAUAAGUGCUAAAACUAUAUUUUAAAUGUUGUUCUUUUUCUCAGCAAACUUGUUAUUCUCAACAAUAUAUUUCUCUUUGCAGACACUUUGCAUCAUCUAAUUAUUAAAAUUGCGUAAUGCCUUGGUUUGAUAAUAUCACAAUUUUGUAAUAUAACAAAUUUAAUGGGUCCUCUUAAAUGUUUGUAUAUUUGUGGAGCGAGCAUAACUAUUAUUAAAUGGAAUUGUUUUCACUGAUAUAGAGAUGGGACAGCAUUUAAAUUAGGAAAUGUAUUAACAGCCUGAUUUUUGCAAAACAACCAAUGGAUCGCUGGCCCAAAAUACUUGUGUGGAAACUGUGCUUUGUAAUUUGUAACGACUUCAUGAUUACUCUAAUAGCACUAAAAGCAAUUAAAGUUCCACUUAACCUUAAUUUGUCAUUAUUUAUUCUUCAGUUAGUCAGAGAUGGAGGUAGAUAAUCAUAUAAUUGUCUCGUUGUUGUAUAUUGAUUAAUCAUAAUAAUGUUUGUAUAUAAGGUCUUAAACCCUGUAUUUCAUUAUAUUGUUAUGUAUUGUAUUUGUUGUAACAUAUAUUACAAUGUAUUGUAUUAUGUCUGAUCACAUCAUACCAUAAAGUUCCAAAUCGUACAGCUCGAUCACUUCACAUCAUCCUACAUCAUAUUGAAUUGAAUCUAAUCUGAAUUGAAUCUAACUUAGUGUAUCCUGUUUAAUUUCUUGAUCCACAUCAAAUCACAUCAUGUAUCAUAUCAUACUGUAUCGUACUGUAUGGCUUUGUAUUAUCUCGUCUUGUGAAUCACUCCUCAGUUCCACCCCCUCCUAAUUUUGAUGUAUGUUUAUCAGCAUGUUUCAUAUCAGUGGUCCUCUAUCAGUGACCUCUUCAAACAAUGUGUUUUUGUUUUCCUCUCCCCCUUCCCCAGAACGGCACAGUGCAGUGCGAGGCCAUCUCCUGCCCUCCUCCUCAGUGCCCGACGGGCACAGCGCCUGCCUACGUGAAGGGAGCCUGCUGCAAGGAGUGCCAGCGUGAGUGGAGCACCCUUAACCCUGUCACCCACCCACACUUAUACAAACACGGACACAAUUGCACACGGUUGCAGAAACAACAACCAACACCACCAGCACAAGAUAUAGAGCGCAUAUCACGCCUCCACAAGGACUGCCUGACAAUUGACCAGGGCUCUGCUGUGUUGCUAAGUUACCUCCUAACAUGCCUCUUGAGAUGCGUCCAACCUUUUGCAUAUACAUGGACUGAUCAAUUAUUCACUAGCUGGCUUCAAAACACAGAUGGCCACCAGUCACACUGACGUGAGCCAGUAAAAGUGGCAGCUCGGCAUGUGAUUUAAAGUAGCUCCUAUAUGUGGCAGACAUGUUUGGACUACGAUGAAAGUGAAGAAGAGAGAAAUCUUAAACGGCUGAAAUUAUGCACUCUCUCACAGGCUAAAGUGUCUCCUUAAAUGUCCAUUUUUUAACUGGUGUGCGCUGAUAUGUUCUUGUUGGAUAAAUAAUUCUGUUUCAUCACGUAUCUACAUUCAAGGUCUGCUUUUUUUUCCUCCCAACAAGUCUCUCAGUUCAGCAAUGAACUCUUAUUAGCCUCCUCAACGCAGCACUCUGCAUCUAAUAUUCUUUCAAUUCCCCUCUCAAUAAAAAUGGAUUUCUGAGGAUAUUAGCUUUUUUUCACCCCAGCUUUCUCCUCAUAUUAACCUAAAUGAAACUCAAGGAGAUGUGGUGUAUUUAGUUAAAAAAUGCGGAAUGAGCUGCCAAUCAAUUUUUGGGAACGAAACCCAGCGUAAAGUCGAGAAAUUCAUUAGACAAGAAUGUUUUUGUUCUCACCUGUGUCUCAUAAAAAGUUGCAGACCACAUGAAUAAGAGAAAAUACUCCUUGUUCUGUGAGCUGGCUACACUUGAGAAGUUUCUCACCUCUCACCCACACACGGCUGCUGACUUAACUCUUUAUCAACUCAAACCAUUAGCCUUGGAUUGUAAUCAGCUUGCGCAGGCAUUGCUACCUUCGUCCUGUGGGGUCGGGCCUGCAACAUGGAAGCUUAGAGCAUUACUCCCAAUCUUGCUCUGGAGAUACACAAAUAUAAACACGCAACAGGUAAUCCCCUUAAACUCGACACCCCCGUGCAUACUUAUCUCAACGAGGUAGACAAACAUACAGCUAAUUACGCAUGCUCCGGCUUUGGAGAGAAGAGAGCGGCAAGUUUCCCCGCAACAAAGACAUGAUUCGCGCUCCAAAUUAAAGCCUUAUCUGGCAGCGCAGAGGCCUUGCAGGGAGGAGUUCUGAGUCUGUUUUUUAAAAGAUGGUCUGUCAAGUAAAUCGUCAAAUAGCUGCUUCUGAAGUCCUCCACUUUCAUGACAUGCUGCUUUGCGAUAGAGCCUAACCUGCAGUGUCAAUCAUUUCGCUUCCUCCUAUCAGUCUAAAUCUGUCCCAUUCUGAGUGCUUCACAAAACACCGAUUUCAUUUCUGGACAUGUGAUUAUUCCUGCCCUGUAAUCAUAUUUACCAGAUUCUCCUUGAGGGUUCAAGUAAAGGAUGAUGUCCCGCUCUGUAUGUUAAUUAUUCCAUCGGUGGCAUUGCUUAAUUGGGUUUGAUAUGCUUGAUUUGGUUUGACUUCAUUGUACCCGGGGUCCUACAAAAGCUGUAAACAGCAACAGACAGAUUUUAUCACAGAUGUUAAACAUUUGUGUUACAUAAGACUCCUGUUAUUCUGCUAUUGUUCAUCAUAACACUGUUAUAUUUGGUAUUAAGACACCUUCUUUUUAACAAGAACAAUCCUCCACUGCAUGUAACAACUUUUAAUUAUAGAUAUAUUUUUUAAUUUUAUUUACAUGUUCUGAUUAGCUGAUUACAGAUAAUUUGACAAAUUUCUGACAUCCCUUGUGACAACAUUUUACUCAAUUUAAUAUUUUUCUUUCUUCAUUUCUUUAAAAACGUUCAUUUAAGAUCAGCUAUCUUGUUACAACAACGUCAUACGUCCUUUUUUUGGCAUUGCUAUCUGCUGCUGAAAAACACACAUUGGUCGACCACUAAUUAAAAUGAACCUAAGAUAAGAUAAACCUUUAUUCAUCACACGGUGGGGAAAUUUGCAGUGUUACAGCAGCAAAGGCUCAGCACAGCAAACAAAAAGAAUAAGUGCACUCAUGGAAAAAAAUGUUAGCAGCAAAAACUAAACUAAAAACGGUCUCACACAGUGACCAAAAAUAGAAUUGGACAUAAUAUUUUUGCACAUUAUUUGUGUCUAUUUACCUGAGAAAAAUGUGGACAUUUGCAAUUGUGAUCAAUAUCUAGUCUGUAAUUCUUAACCACUCUAACAUUGAGCAUCUUGGUUGUCAUUUGAUGGUGAAAUAUGACAUAAGUAAGGCUAAAUGCAUAGUGAAGAGGUGGUCAUGCGAACCCUGACAGAGUGAGCAGGACAAAAGGGAAGGGAUAUGAUAUGUAAUCAGGUUGACCCUGGUCUUAUUUUUGAUAUAGAUCAUCAAUACCUCUUGUUAGGUGGUUGAGACCAACCAGAAUCAGGUUUGUAACUCAGCCAAGGUACUAUUUUUGUCCUUAAAAUUCUCAGUGAAACAACCUUUUCAAGAAGGUAAUCAGCUUGUUCUUUUUAGGGCAUAUUUAAUAUAACAGAAUACCUAAUUUUCCCUCAAGAAUCAAUGAAGGAAUCAAUGAUCCUCAAUCUUUACUAGAUUAAAAGUGAUGGGGAAUUAUGUGCACAACAAAAAAUUAGCUUCUACUAUUGCAAAAAUGAUACGAGAAAUUUAGACUUCCAAAAAGUGGCUUCUUUGUAUUUUGUAAAUUUUCAGAGUAAAUCUGUCAGAUAUUGUGCUGGUGUUUUUUUUUUUUUACUGUCACACUCAAAAAUACAACAUCUAUAUGGAAACACAAGAUGUCAGUUGCCACGUUGAAUAUGAUAAUGAGAAGUAUUUUCAUGGGAACAGUGUUUGUUCAUGUGUUUACCUGCUUUUGUGUGUUUGCGUGUUUAUUUGUGCGUAUGCUGAUGAUGUUUCUGUGUCCUCUGUGGCCAGCUGUCUGCAUGUUUGGUGGGAGAGAGCUGGUGGAUGGAGAUCAGAAGGCUGUGCGAGACUCCUCCGGCAGGUGCCUGCUGUUUGAAUGUAGGGUAAGUUAUGUCAACACACAUACACACACACACAUGCACAACACCCUGAGGGAGAAAAAUCACACUUACUCAUAUUUAUUUAAAAUUUUUUAUCAAGCUUUUUUUAGGAAGAAACUCCAAAUACCUCGUCCAAACAAACAGUUCAAGUAGAUAACUCUUCAUGUAUUUGUGUGCUGUAGCUCUCCAGAUACUCGCUUAGUGGGCCAGUGUAGAGGACUGUCCACUCUGACUGAAUUUCAGUCAUCUGGCUUGUCAUGGUUCUUUUUGUGAUCUGGUGAAAUUAGCCAAAUCUAUCUAAUUAUGUUUACAUUUGGGAGCUAGAUCGUUUUACCUGUCAGUCACAGGAUGCCAAAGCCAUUCUUUCGUCCCCCAUCAUCAGAUACCACCCUGGUCCCAAAUCGUAUUAAUUCCCCAGUUAUUCUGAGUGUUUGCUGUUUUCUGCCGGGUGCACCAGAUGGGUGGGUUGCCCACUUUUGGGACUAAUUCACUUGAUGACAUUAUGCCAGGAAGGCCCAAUCAAUCACAGAAAAGCGAUUUGAAGUUUUUAAUCACUCAUCUCUACCGCAUCAAGCCGCUCCUCUGUGAAUCCUGCACCGCUCCAUUAGAAUGUGCAGCUUCAGACAGCUGUCUGGCUUGCUUGGCCACACCUGGCCCAUCUGUAGUCCCGCUGAACUGACUGGCAGUCCCAGGCAGAUCAAAGAAAUGGGGACGGGGAGUGCUGUCAGUCAGCCCACUGCCGCAGACUCCUGCAGGCUUCCCCUGACAGCUGCUUGUCACACCUCUGAUCUUCUGUCUGCCUGCUGGUUGUGGGAGGGGCAGCAGAGCAAGUUUUUGGUGGUGGGUGGAAGGAAAAGACAGAAGAGUUUGUUUGGAAAGUUGUUGGAGGACAUGAAGGAGAAGUUUUUAUCCUCAGCGUAGUUGGUUUAUAAAUAGCCAGAGGUCCUGACAUCCCGUGGAGAUGUCCUGUGGACAAAGUGGUUUAAAGAGAUGGAAAAGUAGAAACACUGAUUUAAUGGCUUUUUUACUUUAAGAUUCAGUUUUAGCUGCUUAAUCGAGGCUCUGCUGUUUUACUCAUGUUUGUCCUUUGUAGUUUAAGUCUAGUCUUAGAUGAUGAAUAAUUCAAACAUUUUCACUAUGGUCAGUCACAUUUUUGUCUUUACUUUGUUUUGUCUUAAAACUAAUUUGAUUGAUCAGAAAUUGGUAUCAAGGUUGCAGAAGUGUGUCAAUCUAUGUUUCACUCUCCUCAGAGUUUAACUUGUCUGAUAUCUGGAUUCCUUACCUUAGUUGGAUGAUUUAGUUUAGACUCUCCCACAAUGCAAUGCUGCUGUGCUUUUCCAAUUGAUCAACUAAAAUAAUAUCGAGAACUUGUCCUUAUUCCAAGUCAGAUCUUCUUUCUGUUGCCAUUGAGGCUUUUUUUCCUCUCUUUGUCUCCUUCUUCUUUUGAUGGGAUAAAGUGGGGCAUUGGGGCCAAUGCCUCUCUAAAUGGCACGCUGGAUGGACAGACAAUUCACAUCCUCAAUUGUUCCAAGUUUAUCUCUUUACCCACUCUAAUAUGUCCCUGAAAGAAAAAAAAAACAAGGUUUGGACACAAAACAAUUAAUGCUAAAGAGCAGCGAAAAAAGUCAAGUAUUGAAAUGACGUCGCACCGUUAGCUAAAUGUGUUUUUGUCAGCAAGAUGCAUCAGGGAAAGUUUAUGAAUUAAAUGAGAAAGAGGUACAGAGGGAGAGAGGUUUUGUACCAGAUGUACACUUAUUGUAGUGACUGAGUUAAUACCACGCCCCUCUGCUAACUCAUCCUGUCACAGGAAUCCAUCACUCGUAUUUUGGGUGAUGGAUAAGAUCAGCAUUGGAGAAAAUAUGAUGGAUUUUAAAUGCCCUACAGUCCAUGAAAACAAAACCCAUCAUUGUCAUAAUUGAUGUGUUUUGGUUUGUCGUUCUCUUAUCUUUAUCAUGGAAGGAGAAUUGUUGAUGAACAUUUAUCAUCAUAAUUUCUGUUAACGAAAUGAACACUACCCCACAGUUGUGUAAAUUUAGUGUCUCAGGCCAGCGCGCAUUGCAACAUCCUGUUACAGCAUUGUGAAAGUACAAGAGGCACAACUAACAACAGAGGCUCGUCUACACAUGAUGCCGGGCAGGAGGAGAAAUGCUGUUAUUCUGACACUUAGAGCAACUGUUACUGGAAAAAGACAGCUUACUUCUCCCCGUGUCCAUCAUGAAGUUGGAGAUUGUUGCAGUGCUCUUUAUAUGUGGACAGUGUUGACUAUUUUUCUUCCAUUUAUGCCUUUCUGGUUCCCUACUUCCACAUCUUUAGCAUUAUUUAUGUUCUGACUGACAUGCAUGAAAAGCGUUGAAGUGAACACCAAGAAAGAACAUUUCAUCCAGGAAAUGGUCCCCCUGUCGAGGUGCAAAUCAGUUGUAAUGUUUGGAGGGCUGCAGACAAAUACUGUGAGAAAAAUACUGACUUGCCCUCAUGCAUUUCUUCAUGAGAUGCAUUCAAGCAUAAGUGACAGGCCCGUUCAGAGAAUGUAAGCAGUCGAUAUAAAUCUUUAAAUUUAAAAGUGAUGAGUUGACAGAUGAAUUCAGAGAACUAAUAGAAUGGAAAACUUAUCUUUAGGUUAUCUUUAAAUAUAGUGUAAGAUAGAGAUUUGAAUGUCUGUUGGCCAUGUCCAAAUGUGUCUGGUGUUAAUAGGCAUUCAGGCAGACAUGGAUGGUGGUAAUUUAGAAAGACCUGCCAAAGGCAUGCUGGGAAACGGAAUCCUCUAAUCAGGUUUUACACUCUGACUAAACACACAUGCAGGGAUAAUCCAGAAGAUUGAUUCACUGUUUGUUUGAUAAAGAUGCAUCAUGAAUCACUAUGUAAAUCAUUGAGGAUAACAGGAGGAGAAGAAGAAGAAGAAGAAGACUGUUUUUUUCUCUCCUCUCAGAAGUCGUUCAGAAAAAGAAAACUUCUAUUGACCAGUGAGUAAUUGGUUUGUAAUGAGCGCACAGGGAGGAUGGAGAGUGGGAGAGGAAACACAAUAGAUGAAUAAUUACCUUCAUAAUUACAGGCUGGCUAUAAGCAGAUGAGGAGAGAAGGGAGGCAGAGUUAAGAAGUCACUCAUGGGGAUUUUUGUCUCUGCCCAUCACAGGACAGGACCAUGCAUCGAGUGGUCCCCAGUGAGCCCUGUCCUGAGCUCAACUGUGCUGAGUCGGAGCAGAUUGCCCUGAGUGACAGGUGCUGCAAGGUCUGCAGAGGUAUGAAGGAAACAGCGUGUAAAACUACAUUACUACUCAUCUUUAUGACAUAUGGUUUUUAAAACAGGGUAGAAUUAUUUUAUAUAUAUAUUUGUUUUCAUUUUUUUUUAAAUAUUUUUUUCUUUUUUUAUUCUUCUUUUUUAAAAUAUUUUUUCUUUUUUUCUCUUUUUUCCAAUAUUUUUUUCUCAUUUUUUUUCAAUAUAUUUUUUUCUUUUUUUCUCUUUUUUUUUCAAUAUUUUUUUUCGUUUUUUUUUCUCAAUAUUUAAAGUAUUUUUUUCAAUACGGCAUGUUUUUACUAAUGUGUUUAAGCAAACUGAUGCAGUCAGAGAUCUUUAGCAGGACUUCCUCCUCUGGCUUUUGAAGUCGGCAGUCUGUCAGAAAACCUGAAACAUUGGAGCACUGGAGAUAAAUGCUUAUGAAUCGGCCAUUUUUGUGUCUACAGCCUGAAAGAAACAUGAGAAUAAUGUAUUUCCUUAACAUUUUUUUUAAAAAUUGUGAGUCUAGUUUCAUUCUUUGCUCCUAUUGUUUUGAUUAUGGUAUCUUUGUCAGUCUGUCUUUGAAGGGCAUACUGUUUGCAUGUGACACCAUAAUUAAAUCAUAUUUGCAUUAUUUGGAUGAUUAGAUCAAAACAAGUACCUUUUCAUUAUUGGCACUUUACUUUUGUUUCUUUUCAGAUGAUAAAUUCCUACCUAACAAAUCCAAUUAAUGCAAUUUUGCCCCUGUAUGCUUCAGAGGAAGCCACAGUAUGGACACCCAGAGAAAAGGUUGUGAUUCUGUGACCUAACCUUUCCAACGCCCCUGUGAGCCUCCAUCACUCCUCUUCUCAUCUCUCCUUGGGGUCCCAACCUUUCCCUCUGCCUCCCUCCCGCAGGUCAUGACUUCUGCUCAGAGGGCCACAGCUGCGUGGAGCACUCCGACUGUGUGAACCUAGAGGCAGGAGACUGCUGUGUUUGUAAGGAUGGCUUCCGCCCGCUGCGAGACGAUAAUGCAUACUGUGAAGGUACGGCGUGGCUCUGAAUAACAAACCCUGACUUUAAGCUGAAGUUUAUUUGACCUCCAAGGGAGAUUGUGUGCUUGUUUUUGCGAAUGUGCCAAGGCUGCAUCCAAAUAGAGGGAAGGAGAGGAAGCUUUUUUUCGCUAUUUGGGAUGACAUGGUGUUUUGAAGUCAGUGUUAUUUAUAUGCUGUAGAUUUACAGUUGUCAGAGUGCUCUUACUGCCUGAUCUCAGCCUGUCUGAUUCAGUUUUUAGCCUUUAAGAUAACGCGCAUAUCUUCCGUAGACACCCGUCUGCAUCAUAAAAGGUUCUUGAUAACUAGAAAAACAUGCCUGACAUGAAAAUGACAAGGUGGGAAGUGAAUUUUUGAGGUCAGGAGAGUUUACAUAUAUUGAUCAAGAACUUUGGUGUAAUGUCUUGGAGAUUUACAUAAGCACAGUCAGUAGUUUCUUUGUGGUUUUGCAUUAAUGAGGACUUUUUUUUGCUCUAUAGAAAUUCCCAUGUGACCUUGUGUGGUAGCUCACCAAAAACCCAAAGCAAAACAUGAGUUUUACCUUUUGUUUUCAAUACUUCUUUGUUACUUUUAGCCCAGCAUGGGCCAUUACUCAGGGAACGGCUUGUUUUCACCCUUCAAAAGUUUUCUGCUAUUCACCCCGGAACAAUAUAAAAGCGGCUCCCAGACUUGCCUCAGGCGUGAGGUACAUAAUUUAGCAGACUAAAUACAAGCCAUUAGAUCUGUGUUUCACAAUCUCAGUUAUAUUUCUUUGUUCCUGGACUUUUAUUUUAAUGAACUCAUUGCCUUGCCUCAGCUGACCUGAACAAAUCUCAGCAGAAAUGUCAGCUCAUGAGCUUUAUUGUCACUUCAGCGCCAUGCUAUUUGGGCUUUUUAAAACAAAAGAAAAUGAAAUGGAAGUGCUUAUGCAGUGAAUUGCAAACUAAUGUAGACAUUUUUGCUAAAUACCCAUGAAAACACUUUGUUAAAUUCAUGCUUUUAUCGCAUAAUCCUUCAGUGAUAGGACGCUGUAAUCCCCUCAUUAUUCGUGUCCGAAACACGCAAUAACUGCUCCACAGAAAGCAUUUCCAGAGACUAAUGUUUGCCUUCUGAGUCAGUUGAUUAAUUUGCGAUAUAAGAAAGCGCUGAUGGUCUUUAUGUUUGCAUGCAUUUAGCGUCACUCCGUUGGGGGAGCGAUUAGCGUCACACCAUCAAUCAUAAGCGAGGUCAUUCUUCACUGAUUGCACACUGUAGCUCCGAUGCCCUGCAGCCAUGUUGCACUUUAAACACAAUGCCAUUGAUUAUGUCAGCAGCACUGCUCUCUUUUAAAAACAGACAAUGUUUCACUUGAUUGCUUUGUGAAUGUCCAUCACAAGAUUGAAAAAAGGGGCUCCAUACCUCACUGAGUAGGUUGUUUCAUGCUGAUGGUGUAGCUUUAUGAGAACCUGCUUGGAGUUCAAACGUUCACGUACCAAAUUGAAAGCGCUUCAGAUGAAUUCCUCAUCUCACGUCUUGUCUGAAUUUCAUGCGAUGCAUCGUUAAAAAAUGAUGACUUGAUCAUCUCAAACGCGAUCCUUCAGUAAAAUAUGAAGUAAACAUCAUGUCGUAACUGAACUCCAGCGCUUCUCUGCGAUUAAUGAGUAACAUAACAUCAAAGUUAGUCAGAUUCGUCUACGUAUGACCCUGACAGCUGUCCUGUUAAUAUACCGCCUUCUUGAUCUUUCUUUUUCCAUUGUGGUUAUGCCUGCAGGUUGUCAUAGCAUCUGUUGGUGAAUACAAGCCUUGGUCUUUUUUUUUUAUGUACAGACUUCACAUUCCCUGCAAUUUAUUUUCUGUCACCUUCAUAAUGAUGAGGCCUAAGUGUCGAUGGACACUCACAAAAGUGCUAAAUAAGAGGAGUAGCAAUUCACAGCCUCUACAGAUCUGACGUUAAUUUACAGACGUGAGCAUGUGUCCAGGUAAUUAGGCAGUCUGAGAGAAUCUACAUAAUUGAAGAUACUAUCAGUCUUACAUUAAUGAACACUGAGGCUGUUGGUUGUAGGUUUUGAUUGUAUGGCCAGUGCUGGCCUCAUUCACCAUAACAGAGCCUCUUUACAACAUGAUUCACACAGUGGUGGAAACUAAUUAACACUAGCUUAAGUGGAUGCUAAAGUGCAGCCAGGGGGCACUUUAACCUCCACAGCACUGCCGGUUUCCUCUUUACUGUACAUGCUGAUAUACUCUAGUUUGAUGAGAAAUAUUUUGACAUUGAAGAUGUAGAAGAAAAUAUAUAAAGGAGAAUGUAAAACCACUCAGCAGUAUUGAAGAAGUUAAAUCUGGCCCAGUUUGAUUCAAUUCAGUUUAAGGGACAAAUGGGCUUAAGAAGCUUUUACCAAUAAAACAUAUACCUAGUAAUUAAUAGUAGUGGGAGAAAAAAUCGAUUUACAUAAGUAUCUCAAUUUUUUGUCUUACAGUUUUUUUAAUCGAUUUUUUUUGUUCAAAAAUCUUUUUUUUUUUUCAGAUUAAAGAAUAAAUCUUAAAAACUUAUUUAUAUGUAAUAUGUACUUUAUAUGGGGAAAUAUAGUUCCUGGAAUGGUCAGCAGACAAUCAUAAUCAUUCAACUGUUUCACUGAUGUUAAAAAUGCCGACUACAAAUUGAGAAAAUCGACAAUAUCGUAGAAUCGCAAUUUAAUUUGAAUCGGCAUCCAAAAAAUCGUAGAAGAAUCAAAUCAGGAGAAAAGCAUAUUGUUCUAGCCCAAGUAAUUAACUUGAAACACUGGUUAUAAAUGAGGAAAAUAAAUAUCAAAUGGAAAACUGAUAUUAAGCAGAUAGAUGGAAAAAAUUAACUCCAAUCCAAUCCACUUUAAUUUGUAUCGCACAUUUUUAAAAACAACAAGGUUAUCAAAGAGCUGCACAACACAUGAAAUAUAAAAAAGAUUGAAUAAAGUUAAUAAACAGUAAAUUCAGAGCAUAUAAAAGCAAAAGAAAAAAAAGAUAUUAAAUCAGAUCAAACACAAAGAAAACAAUAAAAGAAAAGUCUUCAGAAACAAGAUAAAAGGAUCAGUCUUGGUGAAAAGGAGUCUAUUGAACUUGCUUUAGCUUAACAAACUGAUUUAAAAAAAAAAGUUACCUUAUGAUUAUUAUAUACUUGUGAGUCGGCUCAGGAACUCUAGCAUUGAUCCCACACAUGACAUAAGUCAUUCUCACCAGCUCACUCUUUUAGCUCUUCUUUCACCACCCUUCAUGAGUGCUGCGCUCAGACAUCCAGCCCUACUACCUCCCCAGUAUCCACCUGCAGACUCCAACCAGGCUGUUUCAGAUAUGAUCUCAUCACCCCUCAGUUUCUUUCUGUGAGGAGUGAUGGGGUCAUAGCCAAGACCUCAAACAUAAUCAGUGUUCGGAUGCAGCAAUAAACUUCUCACACCAUCACAUUAUGAGUUGUCUGAUGGAAAUGUAAUCAUAAACUCCAAACAGUUGUUAGUAGAAGCUGUGUCCAAUGGUCCAUACAACUUUUUAUACGAGGUCAUUUGUGUAAUGCUUCAACUUUGUGAAGUGUUUAUAUGUCAGAGUUGUACUUUUGCAUUGCUGCAAGUAGGGCUGGGCGAUAUAUAUAACAAUAUAAAAAAAUCACUUGUCAAUCUCAAAUGUUCCCUGUUACUCUUAAAAUGAAAUUUAACAGUGCUCAUCUGUUUAGCCUUCAUUUGCAUUUCUGUCAUUUCUUUUUUUCUUCAACAGUGCUAUUAGCUCCACGUGUUAAAGUGCUAUGGUUGCGUGUAGCUGCAGCCUGCUACUACACAGUUAUUUGCCACUUUCUUCUUAUUUAGCGCAUGAUUGGUUCAGUGCGAAGCGGACCUGGAGCAACUCCCCUUUUUAUUGACUAUUCAUAUAGUCUACCAAAACAUGGCAGAAUGCUGGCUUUCGAAAAGCAUGUUGACCAUGUUUUACAUCGGUAUCGAGGGAAAUUAAUUUUUGAUAUAUAUCGUCAUUGUUUUAUCGCUCAGCCCUAGCUGCAAGUGGCAUAGAAAUAAUUUUGAGGUGCAUGUUUGACCAGUUUGAAAACUUUGAACAUGGUUUCAAACAUCCACUUAAGACAAGAAUAAAACUGUUAUUAAACAGGAUAGCACUGGAUAAUUGUUUACCUUUCAAAAUACCCUAAAAGCAACCAUGAAAUAGUUUUGUCACUUUCUGCAUCUUGGUUUCCCCUUUUACCCUCAUGUGAUUAUAGUAAUUGUUGUGUUAUACUCAGGCUCUCCGAACAUUUUAGCACUUAAAAUUUGUAGAAAUAAACCCAAAACAAUCCAUCCCACCACCCUUUUAAAUCCAGAACAAGUAGACAGACUCGUGUCUACUUGUACAACAUCAACACUUCAGACCCUCACUGUUCAUCUUAGGAGCAGCCCGACACUCACGGUGAAAUUGGAUGUCGGUGUUUUUAGGCUGCGAGUGUUUGCAUCGGAGACCGCGCAGAAAAACAUGAAAUUGACUCAAUUUGCUGAUAGAGUUUUCUGAAGAGCAAUUGAUUUUGUGUGUCUUUGUGAUUCGCUUGCCAUAUGACUCAGUGCGUUGCUGUGUGGAAAAUAGGAGGACCAUCUUGCUGAUACAUUUAGGAUGGCAGAGAGAGUGUUUUUGUUCAUGUAAUAGGUCCACUAUUUUUGUGGCUGCAAGAAGAUGGAAAGAUGAAGCAAAUUGCCUCCUUUCAAUUUCAGAUGAGUUUCAAUACACUGAGAUGGGAAGUCCAACUUUGAGGCAAUUUUGCGCGCUGAACACAACAGGGGGAUCACAAAACAGAAAGAUAUGGAUACGCACACAAACAUAGCUUUUUUUUUUGCGCACACAACCUCUCAUAGGAAGAAGAUUUUUUGGGUUCUUAUGAAGACAAACAUCACAAAAAGCAGAGACAGAUACUAGCUCUUUAAAACACUCCUAGGUCAGAGAUGGGCUCAAAAUAGCCGAUGAGAUCACUUCUGUGUAAAUUUUUCAUAGAAGCAGCAGUCAGGGAGACUCAGGGGGAUACUAGCCCUGCCUUUGUGCAACUCACUGUGUGUUCUUGUGUGCAAGAGCAUGAGUGUGUGUCUGAGCUUAGUUUUUUCUCCAUUUUCUUCUCAUGCUGCAGUCAGGCUGAGACCCUGUUUUGUUACAUGCAUAUGUGUGUUUAGGACAGAAUUAGAGGGGAGAGCAGGGGAGAGGUGACAGACUGUGUGAUUGUCCCUAAAUUGAACAAUCAGUAUACUGUAGUUCAGUGUGUUGAGAUAAUACUAUUAUUCAUUGCAGCAUUUUGGAGGACUUCAGGCGGAGAGACAUGCCCAUUGUUGUCUGGUUUUGAAAUGCCCUACUUUGGAAAUUCUGUCAGAAUCGCACCAAAAGAAGAGCAGACGAGUGUUUUUGUAACAUUCUUGAGGAAAAAUAAGAAGUACAAAAUGAUGGUCUGAGUGAAUAGAGGAACAGAAAGUGAUUAAAUGUGUGGCAGGACCGUAAUUUGCUGUGUCCUUGAAAGUCUUAUGUUGCUAACUUUAAUUUUAUCGGGGACCCUGCACAUUACUUGAAUAACUUGUUUGAGCCACAUCUAGACAAACUCAAUUAUUGUGUCAAAUAGUUUUAAAAGUUGCUGGAAAAUAGUUAGUUGGUUUGAGGGAAACAGAAUAUUUUGGUGUGAUAUUGGUAUGAGUGGAUACAGGCUUAAAAAGUUCAAUAUCAGUCCAACGUAACCCAACAGUGAGCUUCAAUAUGCAUUAGGGCUGGGUAAUAAACUGAAAAUUUACUGAUACCGAAAUUUACGUCAAUAACCUACAUCAUUUUGCCCCUGUCAAUAUACUCGGUGUCAGAUACUAAAAAAGCAAUUAAGAGUUGGUUUUGGAUGUGUGUAGGUAGGCUAUGGUCUCAUGUCCCUUUAAGAUGCUUUUCUUCGUUGGUGACCCCAUCCAGUCCGUAACAAAGAGGGAGUGACAGGUGAGGAGAUGGAGGACGGUUCAAAAGUUGUAGCAGCUGAAGUAGACGAAGUUAAUGUGGGAGGGGGUGAGCAGCUUGUGGAGUAGUUAUUAUUCAUUUAUCAUUAUUGAGGUGAACUGCUCAAUGAAAUGUGAUAUUGAUUUGAGGCCAUAUCGCCCAGCCCUAAUAUGCAUGCUAUAUUGAAGUAUUUGGAAGUAUUGGGGAGAGAUGGCAUUACAGUCAUUUUUAAUACUUGUGAGGCACAGUUGAUGAGAAGAGGAGCAAAAAAACACUACUCCCAAUUUAUUUGUGUAUCUUCAGAGCAGUCAUCCCAAACAGCGCAAUAAAAUGAUAAUUUAUGGUAGAAUCAGAUGUUGUUUGGCUUUCUGUCUGACGCUAAUACAUAUAGACGGUCACAAUAAAGCUAGCAGGUAAACUGAAAUACACAGUAUUCAUGUAUUGGUAUAGAUAUUAGUGUCACCCUAAAUGAGUCUGAAACACCUGCAGAUGGGAUAUUGACAAAAACAAACAAUACCUUGCAUCCCUAUUCGGUUCACGAGUACAAUGUAUAAACUAGCGACUGAGUUCCUAGUUGUUUUAACAGAAGUUCAACAGAAAAAACAACUAAAGGCAAGAAAACACUCAGAAAUCAAAAAAAUUGAGUAUAAUUAAUUUACUGUGACAGAUAAAUAUAACUAGAUCAAAAUACUUUUUUAUAUCGUUAAAUAAAUUUGCACUCAAAUAGAUUGUUUUGUGUUGGUGUUUUCAUACCUUUUUGCUCGUUGUUAAGUCUUAAUUAAAGCUAUUGUUAAAGCUAUUGGUGUUAAUGAAAUUGACAAAAAAAAUUCAUAUCAAUGCCAUUUUAUUAUGUACAAAAGCAAACAAUUUUUGUAUUGUUAUUUUGCCUGAAAGCAGUAUAAGAAGGUAGGUGAUAUUGGAGUUGUUGAAAAAACAGACCUUUUUCUAUAUUUCCCACAUUAAACAUUUACAACUAAUGAGACUUUUGACUGAGAAAAGUCAGCAGGAUGAGGGUCUUGUCAGAGGACACGACUUCACAACAAGGAAACUGGUCACUUUAAAAAUUUGCUGUACUUCAUUGCUAUUUGUGGCCACUUUUUUAGAGUGCAACGUUAAGUGAGUGCUCGAUUAACUCAACUCUCAUUUCCAUUUACUGCUUUGUGUGUAUACUGUGUGCGUGUGUGUGUGUGUGUAAGAGAGAGAAAGGAGGAGUGAUGAGUUAUGCUCUUUUAGAUCAUAACAGUAUCAAGUACUUAUUUUAAAAAGCAUGCCAGGGUGAUCACAAAUGCAGGUUUCAUGACUUCAAGCUCUUGGCUGUGUGGUUGUGUGUUUGUGUGUUUGUGUAAGCAUGUGUGAACACAAACCGAUCCGAUUGCCACUGCUGUCUUUUGAAUGUCACAAGAUGUCAGCAGGCUAAUUGGCACUGACUGAAGAGCACGGCCUGCUCCAAAACCCAAUCACUUCCUGUGGAUGAAACUCGUGCCUCUGGGCUCCCCACCUGCUGGGGCCCUGACCCCCCCCCCCCCCCAACACACACACACACACACACACACACACACACAGACUCACUCACACACAAAGAUGAAUCUCACACACAUACCCACACAGGCAAACAAACACACAAUCUUACUAGGUCUGUGUGUUUAUACGCGCCUCACCUCUGUGACCCUGCAAAAUGUCACCAAAAACAGACAAUCCCAGCAGCUUCCAGACAGACACCUCCAGUGUAAAUAACAGCUAAACCGAUAGCCUUCAAAUGCCACAUGGGAGAAAUCUUCCCUUCCUUUUCCAGACAGGAUGGUACUUAAUUCAGUGACCCAUUUUAGAAUAAAUCAUGUACAACCCAACAACUCAGCUACCAUGAGUUGUAUCGCUGGCUGCCUAAAGAGCACAUGUCCACGCUUUGUUAUGUUAUGGUGGUUUUAUUGGACUCCUACUAUUUCCUCCCUUAAAUGCUCCGCUGCAGUAACUACGAUACGAUACGAUACGAUACGAUACGAUACGAUACGAUCCACUUUAUUGUCCCCUUAGGGAAAUUUGCCUUGGACUCCGAGAGCUACUCAGAUAAAGCUGCAGUACAACUGAUGACACAAAGUAUUAGACCUAACUAUCCAGUAAAUCAGUUUGUUUCUAAAGGUACCACUAAUUUGCAUUUCUUUUACACUACUGAUUACAAAUUUUACUAUACUUUAAAACCAUUACACUGCUUCUCGCUCGAUAAUACCUCUUCAGUAUUGUACUUAGAGCUAACAUAUCACCAAGAAAAGGUCGUUCAAGAGCAACAUAAUCAGAAAUUUCCCAGAACAGCUAAAUAAAGAUUUAGCUUGUUGCUAGGUUACAGUGAAUCUUUAAUGUCAAACCCAAACUAGAAAGUAUUUCACAACUCACUGCAGUCAAAUGUUAUAAUUGAAUUUAUGGUUUACAACAGGUUAAGCAGAUGGAUCAGUGACCUCUGUGAGCUUUUUUCCUGCACCCUCACAAGUAUUGAUUAGGAAAAUCAAUAUAAAGAUUACUUAAAAGUGCGCCUGUGUUUACAUGAAUGCUUUGUUACAAAUAUGAUCAAAGGUAUUAAUAAUGAUCAGCCUGCCAGAGGGCUCUAAAAGCUGUUUACACUCCAUGUUUCUCACAGUUUAGACCUCUGGCCUGCAGGCUGCGCUCAGUGACAGAAUGACGAGUGAUUGAUGAUGAUGCUGUAUCGAUUUACGCGCGGUGAAAAAAUCUCUCCCAGAUUAAUGAGAGCCAUGAUGGAGAGCAAAACCCCAUUUACGCCGCCGCAUGUAAACAAGGCCGCUUUGUCUACGAGAUGAGGAGCUUCAUUUAAGUCAUGCCAAAUGAAAGUGUUGAGUGCAUGUUUAGAGGGACUUGUAGUCACCCACACACACUUGAUGUAGUCAUUCAAGGCCUGGUUGAUGUUUGCAGGAAAAUCAAUAAAUGUUUUUAGCUUUUAUGAAACUUUAUGUGAAUGCUCUUGGGCGCAGAAAACAAAAGGAAAACAAAAAACAGCAACACCUUUACACACCUACUUGCAAUUCCACACACACACAAACUCCGCCUACACCUUUUGUCUUAUUUGAUGUUCAUUGUUCUACGUCAGCUAGCCGGCUUCUAAGUGUUCACAGUGAUUGAUCACAGUGUGACUGUCUGGUAUUUAGACAAUGCCUGUGCUCUCAGAGUGCAGAUUUUCACUCUUGCUGACUCCUAAUGGGAUUCUUUCCACUCAGUCAUCUUAAUUGGCUCCUGCUUCUGCCAAAAUUGACAGUGACGUUUUGCCUUUUUUUUGUUUGGGGUCUUUAUGUGUCAGUUUGUGCUGGAGUUGUUGUCAAAUUUUAUAAGUCCAAGUGUUUUUCAGUAAAUCUCUAGUUAAUGUUUAGGUGAUAGCUCAGAAAACAAAUGAUGUGCAGCUUCGUUACAUUUCAAAGAGGCUCAUCUUAUUUUCCACGAUAAAGAACGAACUGUUUAGGAAAUAAUCUGCGUAAGAAACACAUUUUCUACGAAGUGAGAGAAUAUAGAGAGGUUUGGGGGCUGCUUUUGCCUUUGUAUCCAACCACGCCCUGCAGGGUUGGUAAAAAGCAUGACAAGUGUACUAAUGCCCUCAAUACUCAGCUCCUCGGCAAAGAGAAGAGUUUGAAAGUCCCUGCCUGAAUUAAUAACUUGAUAUGUUGAUUUUCGAUUAAUAUUCCAGUGUCUUCACUGGGAAUCAAAUGAAUGCAGUGAAAUAAACAGUUUAUUUUGAUUUUGACAUUGAAAUUUAUCAUUGUAUGCAACGCUACACUGCUAGUGUGAUCUAAAACCACAACUUAGAGCAGACCAGGGCAGAUCGGGCCCUUUGGAUGUCCCUGCCCGGCCCUUUGUAAAGUCCAUCAAACAAAUUAUCAACAUGCUAUACAAGUGUGUUGCUUUUAAUGUGAAAAACUAGCUGUUGUUUCAUUUCCGUUUGGACGCACGUGCGUACAUCCUACAUCUGCAUUAGUUAAAGGAGACAAGUUUGAACAUCGGCAAAAUAUGCGUAGGCGCCUUAUAGUUGCCAAGUCUGUUUAUUAUAAACACUCUAGACUUGUUUCUCUCAGAGGUCACUUGUAAAACUUGUGAGUUGUGGGUACGCUCAUUUGGGCUUGUUUUUAACUAGUAGUUGCUUAUCUGGGCUUGCUUUUCUGUAUGUGUUAACCCCCUGAUUUGAAGUUGAAGUUAUUGUUGGUUUGGCCCUCCAACACAGUUCAGGUUUCUCAUGUGGCCCCACGUAAAAAUCAAUUGCCCACCUCCUGAGAGGAAAGAGACAACUUCAGAGAGUUUAAUCUGUGUUUUGUUAUGAAAGGAUAAAACUGUUGCACUUAAUGAAGUGAAGGAGUCCAUGCAUACAUUUCCAAUCAAUGUCAGUAUGGUGUGUAUUUACUCUGAGUUUAUUUUUAUACCCAUAGACAUCCAAUAAUCUCCAGUUAAUGUGACCGCAUUUGCACUUUCAGGAGUUCCAGUUUGGCUGCUUUCUCAUUGUUCAUGUUUCAGUUUCAUCCGUGGGUCAGAGGCGACUAACCCACCCACAAACAGUGCACUGCCUGCUUUUGACAUGUAUGCUUGGCACGUAGGUGGUAGCUCAGACUAGUAGGUUGAACCCAGUGAUGUUUUAUGUCUGUUUGACACAAAGUGCAUUUUGCUCUUGGCUUGUCAGCUCAGAGUAUUUUACACGGAAAUGUGCCGGUCAUAAGGGCAGUGGUUUCCUUAUUUUUUACCUCCUAGUGGUGAAAUUGUGGUAUGCAUGCUUGAAGUUCGGAUCUUGGUAAUAUUAGGAUGUAAUGCAUUCACACUGAUAGCACUAAUGUAAAUUUAGCUUAUUUACAACUGCAAUUGUUUCUUGUUAUAUAUCAAGUUGGUGCAGCUAAAGCUAAAGCAACCUUUAUUUUAUUUUUUUACACCGAAUAUACCGAUAUGGGCAAGAUGACGUUGGUUAUUGUCGUCAAUUUCAGUAUCUGUAAAUUUUUGGUUUAUCGCCUAGCCCUAGACAUACAGUUAGUGAAACUUUUAAACUACAUGAAAAAACCCAAAAAGGGUCACGUUUCCUGACAUAAUAUGAAGUUCCUUGUAUGAGGAUUUAUGUCUAAGAGUUUACUUUUCUUAGAUUUAGAAGUUGCUGUAAAAGAAGUUAAGGUCAUUAUGUUCAGAUUGAUGAAGUAAUAGUGAGGAAAACAGUCAUCACUAAACUUUUAAGGCAGCGAGUGUCUGCUCAAAACCAAGUCAUUAAACUUUUUUAAUGUACUGUAUAUAAUCCAUAUGGAAUUAAAAACACUGACAGAAAAGUGGUAUUUAAAAUGAUGAAGAAUGGGUUUGCUAGUGUCACACAAUUGCACCCAGAUUAUGUCAUUUUACCCAACAAACACCCUCUGGAUCUGAAUAUUUAAAUUAGUUACUCUCACAUAAACCCAAAGAAACAUGCUUUGAUGCUGAUCUCUUCCCUAGUCCCUCUUCACUAUUGGCUUAGAUGGACAUAGUUCGGCCACAGGGACAGCUUUUUGUCUCUCUGCUCUCCUCUUGCUGCUGCAAAACAGUUCCUGAGGGACCUGCCUUCUGAGGAAUAUCAGACAAUGUUUUGGUGAUUCUUGUAUCUAUGCUAUGAAUUGAAAACCGUCUGCCUGAGUAAGUGAGCUGGUUAGGGAAAAGAUGGAGGGAGGGAGGGAUGGAUGGAUGGAUGAGAAAGAAAGAAAAGCCGAGAGAUAAGAGAGAGAGAGACAGACUGAGAGGCUGCUGGUGGAAAGGCACAGAUUCUGAUGUCUAUGCGGGACAUCCAAAGGCAAUACCAGUGUUAUCUGCUUACUCCCAGACCCUGGUGUUCUGCAGUAUGAAACACAGAUAGUGAGGACUCUCUCUAUUACAAAACGACAUGCUUUGCAAGCAGAGAGGGAUAAGCCACUAUUCCCUGUUUACAUAGUUCAAAAUGACUCUGAUGAGCGUUGGAGGGAAUAUUCAAAAUGUCAGAAGAGUUUGGGGCCCCGAAAGGUUUUCAUUCUUGGAUGACUGCAUGCACAACAUUACUGUUUAUCUAAGAGUAGAUAUAAGACGUUUUUCAACAUCAGUAGCAUUGCUUCAUAGAAGUCCAAAGUCAGCUUCUUUGUUGUUAAUCGGUGGCUAAACAGCAAUAAGGCAUCAUUAAUAGAACAAAGGUAGUAAACUAGUACCUCCGGCAUCAUUAACUGUCUCACACCGGCUAAUAUGAGGCAAACACUUCUAAGACAGUAGCAUUUUUCUUUAUUUGCUGAUCUGUUUUUCCGCUGAUGAGGAAGUGUUCAAUCUGAAAUUCAAACACCUGUAAAAUCAGCUCUGGUAUCAACUUGAUUUUUGGGAUAUUAUAGGGUUUCUGUCGUCACGUGUACGGUUGAAAAAAGUUCAGAAAUGAAUACAGUCCUGCAGAAAACCUUUUAAAAAGUUUUCCCCCUUAUUAAACUGCAAGUACUGAUAUUGAUAAAAAUGACUCAAAGUAAUAUAAUCAGUGAACUUGAGAAAAAAGUGCCUGGGUUCUUGCACUUCCAUUUUUAUAAAGAUAUUUUUUGGACCUGCGGUGACUUUCAUGUCAUAGAUAAUAAGGUGUUCCCCAAGGAAGCCAUCUAGGUCCCUUCGUUUUUUCUUCAGAACUACUCAUGCAUUAUAAUUUGACUGCAUGCUUCAAAAUACUUUUAACAAUUCAUGAUAUUCAAGUAUAUUUCUCUGUAAUGCAUAUCUUUUCUGUUCUCAAAAGGUUUGAUUUUGGAUGUUGUUUUGCCAAAUAAGAAGAAAACAUAAAUUCCGCUUUAGGGUAUCAAAAGCUGAAACUAAAGUUAGAAUUUCAAAUGAUUGUCUAGACAACAGAAUGAAAUAUGAUACAGAUACUAAUGAAGCGAAAACUCCUCAGAAAAACUUGCCACCAAGUAUGCAUAAAAAAAGAAAGCUUACAUAAUAUCUUUUCUCACUUUGCCAUGAACCCCAAAGCCUUUUUAUUAAUCUUCAGUGUCUUGCUUAGUUUUGCACUUUCAUAAGCUUGUGACUGUUGCUGUGACACAUUGCUUCCCUGCAUUAAAGGUGCUCCUAGAAACUGUUGGAUUAAGACUUGCAACUUCUGAUUUCACACAUCCCUAAACAUCCAUCAGAACUUGUUUUAAUUUUCCCAACAGCAGGAAACAAAAGCCCUCCCUCUUAAUGCAAGCCAAGGGCUUUUAUCCCCCUUUCUUAAUAAAGCAAAGCUACCCUCCUCCUUUAGACAUGACUAUGAUUGAUUCAGUCGUAAUGCUAGAAUGAUCAAAGGUGAACAGAUAUAAGGCGGACGUUUCUUAGUCAUCUACUGCGGUGGUAAAAAAAGAUUGACCCCGAGCUCACCUUUCAGGGAUAAAAAGCUGCCAGUGAAUCUUGGCCUGGCUGCUUUGCUUGGCGCAUCACGUGUGUCCGUGUGACAGGCCAAUCAAGAAAAUGGAGUGUGUUAAUGGAGAUGGAGAUGCUGGCUCUCAAGCACGCGUUGGUGCCGUGCCCCUCAUCAUCUCACCUUCUAACAUAUUGUUUUAGCAAACGUAACUGCUGUCACCGGGUGCGAGAUGGAUGGUGACUUACAGUUAAUGGGCUCUAAAUCAAAGCUGCAGCACAGACGGCCAAUCACAAAGCAGGAAAUCUGUCACCUAAGACCUCCGCUCAAGGUUACUAUUGUGAUUGUAGUGAAUUUGUUUUCCUAACUUCUGUCUCCUCAGUGGAUGUUUAUACCUCUAGCUGCCUUCUUUCAACUUCUGCUCUUCUACCAUCUAAAUCUCUUUCUCCUUCUAUCUCAAUUGUUCACUCGCACUUUUUCUGAACACCGGUGCUUUCACUUGCCACAUCUUUCUCUGUAUAAUCCGCUACUUGGCCUUCCCUCUUUUCUCUCCACCUCCUUCUUUCCUCCUUCUCUAUCUUUUUCAAUUCACUAUCUCAUUUACCCUCUUCUUGGCUGCCUCAUCCCUCCUUUUCUCUCUGUCUCUACAGCUUGUCGUGACUCUGUCUUUGACUAUUACCCAGUUUUUCCACUUACCUGCUCCGUUGUCGCCUGUUCCUUCUAUGUCCCGUUUUCUCUGCACAUCUCUGUUUCUUUUUUAAAGAUGGUCACAGGGUUUAAUAAGCCUACAUUCAUUUAGUGAAGGACACGUGUACUUUCAUUGCGGAGCAGCAAUUGUCUGCGUGCCUCAUUUUUCCGUGAAGCUUUUGAAUAGCUGUAGGCAGCGAGAAUUGAUGGAACUGUGAAAGGAAAGAGGACCAAGGAAAUGUGAAUGCCACUGUUGCAGGCAGAUGCUGAGCUCUUAGUUAGCGGCUGGGUGGGCGUUGCUCCACCCAAGGACACACGAGCAGAGUGAAUGCCAACCAUUGAAAUUCAAUUUCAAGCACUCUUCUCAAAAGCACCUGGCAUAGAAUAUAUCCAAGGGUGAAUGUCCUCCUGCACUCUUAAAGACAAUGAAAACAGUGAAUGAAUAAUAAAUUGGUUAUGUCAAGGACUGUGAAGCUCAUCUUUCAAAAAAGUGCCUACGUUUGACCCUUACUAUCAACAGGAGCAAGGCCGCUCAGCACAUUACGAAGUUCGUUCGCCUCAGCUCGUAUUUGCAUCGUAUUGCACCCGGUUUCAUCACAUUAUCAAGAUUAUUUUGUUUACCCUGGCAGUGUUGUGCAUCUUCUGUCUGACAGUUUGGCAUGCAGUUUGGGAAACCAGGAAUAGCUGUUGCCAGGGCAACUGCUAAUAUAGAUCUAAAUAUGGAAUCAUGAGAGUGAGAAGGAAAUACAAAAGACAAUCUAAUAGAUCAGAUUCUUAAAGCUACAGUGAGCAAGUUUUAAUGACACAAAAGAAAGCCUCCAAAACCAUCUCAUAGAAACACAGCCCAGAUAUAAAGUUUGGGAUAUUAAGUUUUAAUGCUAGCAUGGUGGAAAACAGAGAACUAUUAGCUAGCAUUAGCAUUAGCAUGGUCUAGAUUUUUGAAUUACGAUUACUGACAAUUUGGUUAUCAAUUUCAACGUACUUGUCUACUCCCUGCUUUGCAUUGGCUUAAUGAAUACAACAGUUAGCUAGAGUGGAUGAAGACAGAGUUGCAGAGUUGGGUUUUCACUCCAACCCUUUAAUGCCUUUUGUAUCAUAUUUGAUACACACUUUUAUGUUCUUUUUUCGAGUCAGUGUGAUCAACAAAAUACUAAAAAAAAACACCAAAAUACAGUCCAAUAAAUGAUAAAAAUGUCCUCUUGUAGUUUGUCAGUUUCCAAAAACAUCUAACAUAUCAAACGAGAUAAAUAAAUAUAUUUGUUAAAUUUUAAGGACAUUUUAAUUUUUUGGUUUUCAGUAGUAAGUGAAAUAAACAUUUCAGCUCCAAAAGAAAUUGAAUUUUCUAGCCAUAAUUUGUGGUUUCAGGCAUUUAAGGGCUAAGUGUUUUAGAAAUCAGUGUCUGUUGUUUGUCUAAAACCUACUGAGGCGAAUGAGACCUUUUCCAAACAGUUCGCAGCAGUGAGAGGGUACAUGCAGGGUUCAGUCUUUCAACAUUAAAAGACAUAAAAUGCAUUUUGUCCUGCAAGCUAAGCACAUGCUUGAGACAGGCUAUAACUGGUAAAAAACAGGAUUAGUAUACAGUGUGUUGGAUUAUUAAGGGAUUUAAGAUAACACAUUCAGCAUACAGACACUGUCAGUCUUGAUAAACAGUGAGUUUUUACAGUCGACAUGAUAUUUUCACACUUGCAUUUUAACUUGUGAUGCCUGUUGAGAGAUAUUUAUCAGAUGUUAUCAGACUAAAAUCUCCUUCUCUUGCCUGUUCUCCCUGUUAGCACAUACACACACAUUAUAAUUUGCACAAUAAGCUUGGUGACCACAUGUAACUCAGAGUAAACCUCCACUCAAGAGCAGAAUCAACCUAAUUAAUUGACAAUACCAGGGUUGUUUUGAUGAAAACUUUCUUGAAUGAGCUCUUCUAAGCAGCAAAUUAUAACUCCAUAGUUGAAGUGUACAUUACAAAACCUAAAGUACACUCAGCACACAGCUGAACUGAAUGACCAGUCGUAGAAGUAGUGUGAAGAAAAGCAGCCAGUCUUCUUCUUGGAGUACUUCACUUUGAAUAGACCGAGAAUCGAGUGGUGCAACCUUAAGUGCUGAAGCGCCCACUUCUUGAAGACCCUCUGCAUUUCGACCUCUGUCUACCUCUGAUGAAGACAAAUGACCCUUUACCAACAGCUGCAGAGGAACUCUUUGCUGCUGGUGCCAUGGGGGGAGACUGUAAAGCCCAAAACCCACUGGAUUCACGUUGAGCGUGUUCCAUCAGCAUUGCGUAUUUUCAGCAAAUACGUUCCCAUUCUAAUCAAUGCAGCACUGCACACAGGAUGCAUCAGAAGUUUCUUAACGUUCUGCUCUGCUAUAGUCUAUCUUUGAUGCUCUACGCUUUCAACAUGCAUCAAUUUCAACAGAGCUGAUAGCAUCAGACAGGAAGGGAUGUCAAGCACGGGCAGGAUAUAGGGAAUCCAGUAGAUUUAGUCAACUCUCGACUGUUUACCAGUUCGUGUAGAUAAGAAACACUUCCAGGUUAUGGAUUUAUCAUUAACACAUAACAGCCAAGUGGCCUAUACUUGAUCCAUGUGAGCCACAACAGGACUUACAGCUGCUAUCUCUGUCUGAAGGUAACAGCAAAGUGAAACGUAGUUUAACAAGAGUAAACCUGCAAAAAUCAAAACUUUAAAAUCACGUUGGUUGUUCACAUACAGUAGGAGCUCAACAGUCAGAUAAUAGUAUCCAAAUAAGCAGGAAAAGAGGCAAAAACCUGUUGUGAAUAUGUUGUUUUCUGGAUACUGAGCCCAGUGCCCAACACGGAUCCUGUGGGUUGUUCGGCUUAACAGGGCCGUGAAUAAACCUCCUACCUCUGAGACUACCCUCCUGAAAUACAACCAAACAUCAAUGAGUUCAUUGUUGAAACCAUGCCAGUAAAACUCCCCUAGCAUCAACAAAGUAUAUUUUUCUAACUAAAUCAUAAACUUUUCCUUAUCUGCGCUUCCUUAUCAAGUUAUUUUUAGUCGAAAUCAUAUCCCACUUUAAUCAAAACAGAUUUAAAUACCAAUUACGGUUUGUGGUUCCAUUAAAGAUUGUGUUAUAUGAGAAGAAUCACGUACACAUCACUCUAAGCAGUAUGGAAAAAAUCAUUUUUGUUCCAUUUGCACAAAUUGUUUUCAAAUGGAAAAAGUCAUUUUGAAGAAAUCAUCAUCGGCAAACGACAUCUCCAUCUGCCGCCUCACGGAGAUCAGAAUAUGUAUGCAGCAUCAUAAUAUUGUCAACAAAUUAAAGCUGUUAAAUAAUCUACCUCAGCUUCUACUCUCCUCUCAUCUUUCUCUACUGUUGGACUCGUCAGAUAUUUUGAUCUGCUGCAUUUUUACAGCUAGAAGCGGAUUUUUUUGCAGUUAUUCAACACAAACAGUUGUCGUCUCCCACGUGCAUUCAGGCCUACACGACGCUUACAGUCAAGAGGAAACUUUUCUUCCAUAACAAUAAUUCUUGCCUCCUACUCCACUUCCCAUGGAUAAAGAAGUGUUAUGUAAUAAAUCAAGCGGAGAUCGACUUUUCAAUAAAUUUGCUAGAUAGUGUAAAAAACACUGUUCACUGAGGAUGCACUGAGAAAUUGCAGUCUGAGUCAAGUCCAAGUAUAAAUUUUGUGUAAAAGUACAGAUAUCAUAUCAGAGAAUGUCCAUGCAAGAAUUUAAGUCACCUGUUCUUAUAUUAAUCAUAUACAGGUUUUUAAAUACUUUAAAUUUUCUGUACUUAAGUAUUGAAAAAUAUUACUUAUAUACAAUGUACUUAAACCUUCUAUGAGGAAUUGUACUGCUGGUUAUAGAGGAGACUGAUAUGAAUACAGAUCUCGGUAACACAUUACAAUAACCAUAACUUAUAAAUGGUAAAUAGACCAUUUAUAAGUAGUAAACAGAUAGUUAAUUAAUGUUUAGGAAACCAGUUCAAGGGGGAGGGUGACAUGUUUGUACAACUUCCACAGAAGAUAUUCACAAUAAAUGAUACAAGUGACCGCCAAAAGGCAUUUUUUUGUCAAGAAACAAUGUUGACACAUGUAAAAAACAAGAUAAGCAAGGACUGCUUUGGCCAGAAGGGGGCGCUGAAAUUGUCACUAAAAGUUCCUCACAGGAGCUUUAAAGAAAGUGCAAAAAAUACACAAAAACUUUAGUAAUGUUAGGAAGUCCUUUUACUUUACUGCAUUAUGCCGCUGGUUAAAAUGGAGUAAGGGUUUGAGUGAGCCAAGCAACCUCUGUCGGACAUCCCAAAUGUUUUACAGUAGCAGCACCAGAAAUUAUCACAGCAUUACAACAGAGAAGAAACUUGACAACAAACUUCCUCACACACAGUUCAGGCACAUAAAGUUAGUGACUUUGUGAUAAAGAGACUGUCCACUGUUUGUUUCUACAUCAGAUAAAGCCGCCAAAUGUUACUUAUCUUGAACGAUUUAAUUUUAUUGAUCGAUCUGUGUACAAUCAGGAGGCUUCUACUUGAUGAAAUAUCAAUACAGAGCACUGUUAAGUAUUGUCCCUAGAGGCGCUUGUUUGGCCUCGAGGUUAAGUUGUGUUCCCCAUGUGGAGAAGCUGGUUCAAUCCCAACCUGCAAACCAUCUCUUUUUCUAUCCUAGUUCCCUGCCCUAUCCACUCUCCUAUCUCCUCUAAAUAGGUUCAGAAAUAUAGAUUCUUCCACUAAUAAAUAUUGUAGAUCUUUAAAGCAAGGUCUAAUAGUAUCAUUGACAUUUCCCCCUAUAGUGACCUUUGAAUGUAAAGAAACCAAGGUGACGAGAAUUUGCAUGAAUGUAUGUACUAAUUGAAAUGUGGGUAUAAUCCAUAUUUAACGUAGCUUUCUAACCCACCUCCUGUCUCUUCGUAUCCCCUGUCUCCUUAGAUAUUGAUGAGUGCGCUGAAGGGAAGCACUACUGCAGGGAGAACACCAUGUGCGUAAACACCCCCGGUUCUUUCAUGUGCAUCUGCCAUACGGGCUACAUCAGGAUCGAUGACUACUCCUGCACAGGUGAGUUCCUCUGUUGGCCCUCUUGACAGGCAGGAGGAGAAGAGGCUGUUUUUCCAUUCCAGUUAUAUGAGCUUCAGCUACCUGAGCUUUAGCAGGCUUGAAGUCGAGCAAAAAGGCAAGAUAUAUUUCCGUUUUCUGGGUGUGGAGAAACAACAAGGAGAGGACAUGGAGGUAUGAAGAGAUUGAGUAGAAUUGUUUCCGCUGUAGAUUUCUAUACUAAGAGUUUUCAAGGGGAAGCAUUUAUUAUACACCUCUAGUGGGUUGGAAAGUAUUUAAUUUGUAUCUUAGGCACAUUUCGCUUUAUUAUAAUAAAUUCUGCAGCCAAGAGCAGUCAGUGUGAUUAAACUCCUGCAUCUCUUCUCCUUAGAGUUAGCUUUUAUUCCUAUUUAGGUCAUUUUGCGGAUGUAGUAUGUCUCUAUUACCUUGAACAAGUCUUUCGGGACUGGUUUUUAACUAAUUUACUGACAGACUUCUUCUUCCCUUCCUUACUUAUUUUGUAUUUCUGUGUGAAACAAAAGAACUAAAUAAAAGCAAGAUGUGCUCAGAAUUCGAGUGACAGGAAAAGACAGAAACAGCCAGAUACAAACACAGAGAAUUAUUUAUGUCAAAGAGCAGAAUAAGGAAGCGUUAUAUCAGAAAAUCAUGCAUGUGCGGUGAACUUCUAUUACCCAAAACCUGGAAAACACUCUGUAGAUUGAAGUUACACCUCCAUCCCUGUCUCUGUUAAUUCCAGACAGCGCCUGGUAAGUUAUAAAUGUCUGUGAAUCUGUCGCCUGCAAUUAUGCCAGGUCUGCUUAUUUAAUAUGCAUCAGAAUUAAUGCCUGGGUUUGAUUUGCUUCCAUCGGUUUUGCUCUGAUUGCCAGCAUUACAUUAAAAUAAAACACACACAUACAGAAAUCGAUAGCAGCCUUUUACUGCUUUAUGAUUCAGCAAAAGCGAGCACUAGAGAAAAGAUUGAAGACUCAAGAAAAGUGUUGAAUCAAUUUUUGGAUUGCAUUUGCUUUGUGUAGAUUACAGAAUGCAUUUGUUAAAAGUUUAGAUAUUUCAAAGUUAGAAACAACACAGAUUUAUUUAAUGCCGGAGUGUUACUUUAAAUCCCUGAGCUCGUCUAUUAUGUAGGCUGAGCCUGCUGUUUAUGUUAGCAACCUAAAAAGAGAUUGCGAUAGUUGGUAUCAUGUUGUGAACUUCACUUUGAAAAACAAAAUAGAUUAACUUCAGGCCUCUUUGGAGAUGUCAAAGUGUCUGUGGACUUUUCGGCUUUGUUUUUAAGUGCGUGUGUUUUCAGCCUUCAUCUGAUGUGUGAUGUACUCUGUGUAUGUGUGUAUGUGAGGAGGAGAGAGAACAUGCCUGAGAACCUGAGAAAUAGAGAGACUGUGAGACUGUGAGUGCAGGCGGCAGACCCAUUUGUUUCUGAUCAAAGUUGAAACCUGAGUCAAUUUCAAAAGCAAACCAAAUCAAUCUGUAAAAGAUUGCCAGGAUGGCUCUUGGUCUUUGUUCUCUGUCUGUGUUGUGUGUGAUUGUGGUCGUGGCCUCUCUGCUUCAUAAUAGCUUUUUUUUGUAGGUUACAGUUGACUGGACCAAAUGUAUGCUUGUAAGAAAAGAUCAGUGUUACAUUAUCCUAGAUAAACACACAUCUGGGAAAAGAUCAGAGUCAAAUGUAGAAUCAAAUUUAGGCGUAACUACUCACAGAUGCAUUUCAGAAUUAGCUGUGUUUGUGUUCAGACACUUAAAAGCAACAAGAGGUUGAUUGUUUGAGCUACUGAAACAAAUACACAGUCUUGUUUUAGUCAGGAGAAGCAGGGGGAUAGUUAAGAGCUGCUGUGGAUAUUAUCUGAUCCUAAUCAGCUUUUCUCCAAAAUAAACUCAAAGAUAUUCUGGUGUAAAAUUCCAACGAGUUGAUCAAAGAGUGCAGCCGAGUUUUGACAUUUAUGAUCAUUACUUUGUGGAAAUCCAAUCAGACCGAGUGCAAAAUGGUUAUUAUGAUGAUCAUUACUUCAAGGAAAUGAUCCGCUGCACUUGAUGAACGGCUUGUCAGGGCUUUCCCCACAAACAAGCAGCUGCUGGAAGAGAGUAGGUGAGUUGUGUUUAGUCUCUUUGCUAAACAGAUUAGGCAAAGCUAAAAUGAUGUUUGAUAGCUAGUGCUAUAGCUGGGACCCUUUAUGUUCUGUUGAUGAAGUUACCCACUGCGCAAUGCGACGUCGAACUGACAUCUAUUUAAUUAAUGUAUAUUUUCGACAAUGAGGUACAAAUCUGGACAUCAUUUCAACGUCUAAAAGAGGUCCAAUAAUGACAUCUAAAUCUUGGAUCCAUUUUGCACAUUUUGCCGACGUCUAGAUUUGGUCCUCAGAUGACGUCCAAAUUCUAAACAUCAGAGUGACGUCUAAAAAAAGGUCCAAUUUGGACGUUGAAAUUUCUAACCUAUUUUGCACGUCACACUGACGUCUAGAUGUGGUCUUUGACGGACCGACCCAAUACUGACCUGAUCUGCACGUCUCUUCGACGUCCGAUGUUUGGUGGGUAGGUGCUGUUCUGAGCAUGAUUUGUGGCUUUAGAGUGGCGUUUUGGUUGAGGGUUGCACGUGGAGACGUUGACAGCUGUGUAUUGCUAUUGUGCGGUCGUCACUAAAGUUGGUUUAACUAGAGAAACAAACCGUCAACAACAUUCAUCUCUCGACGGGGUGUCUAACUCGGUGUUACGGUGUGUUUGACCCUAACUUAAUUUUACGCCGGAAUAUCCCUUUAAUUGAAACAUUUCACUUCAUGGUCGAGUUAAACAUUAAUUAAACCCUAGUUCACAUUAAACUGAAAAUUUAUAUUUUCUUGAAGGUAACAUGACACAAUGUGUGCAGGACCCCGCAGUGAUAUCUGUAUGGGGACAUUUCUGCUCUUGUACGGAUUUUCUUUGUCACAGUUACACAUUUUUACACAUAAUGAGACAAUUAUCACAACUUUUAGCACAGUUGUUAAACACAGGAUCACAGUCUGCAGGCAAGAGGUGUCAAAUGGUCUGCUUGGUGCGGCUAACUUUAGCAGAGCUAUCACCUCCUUAAUUACUACAUGCCUGUGCUAACGAGGCAGUCUGUAGAGUGAAAGACACUACGAGUAAAGAGAAUAUUAAUCCUAUCCUCAUCUAAAAAGUAACUCUCUUUUGAUUACUUUGUCCAGUAAAUGUGCACAUACCUUAUAAUGCUAUCUUUGGAUUUGACAGAUUAUGAAGUGCAAUGUGUUCAUGAUAUCGGAGCUAAAAAGAAUGAGCAUCUGACCACAGAGUUUAUGUAAAAUCAAAUGUUAGGUUAGACUCGAUUGAAGAAGUGAUCUGAGUCAUUUAGAUAUCUAUUUUUAUGUGGUGAGUAACAAAUUGGACGGAAACACUGACUGACUUUGUAAAGAAGUAAAGACACAUUUGAAAGUUAUUUUGAGUUACAAUGACAAACGUAGGCCUGUACAGUGAGUAAAUCUGAUUCAGUAAUCCCCACCAUAAUGUAAUGUUUCCCUGUCCUUCAUCUAGAAUAACACAAUGUCAUCCUCUGUGGUGAGUGGCAGAUCCGCCUCAUCAUUCCUCAGCAGUUGUUGCAGCUUGUUAAACACGAUGCUAAGUAGCUCCCUGUGUGCGUCAUCUCCACAGAGAAAGCAACAUGCUGCAGUUCCUCAGAGUGGGUAAUUAAAAAAAAAAAGCAAUUUGCAUCAAUGCAAACUGACUCAGCGGCAGCGGAGUGAAGGGCCCGACUGCCGCCUGCGCUUCACGCUGGAGGAUUUAGCCUCGCAGCCUUCCUGCCAUGCAAUUGGCGUUUGAAUUGGAGCCGUAAGAAUCAGCAACACUGCAAACACGGCGUGAAAACUCACAUUUCCUGCUCCAUCACGCCCCCCUGUUGAGUUCCUCUCUUUCCCAGUCAAUAGAAAUCAGCAAAUAAUAGAGCAAAGCUAAAGAUUUGUGACUCUGUGUCUUUUUAUGAAUACACUUCUGCGAGGCUUAAACAAGUCACAAGAGAGAUCGAGUAAGAGUUUCUUAAGGGAGUAACAAAUGUGCAUUUAUCUUUCUUUCUGUGCAUUUGUGAUUUAUUUAAAGACUUGCACGCUUACCCAGUCUGUUUCCAUAUUAUCUAUAGACAGCCAGCGCACCUUAUAUGACUCCACUCUGUUUUCUCCAUUUCCCCCGAUCAUCUCAGCUGCAGGCAACUUUUAUUGUUUUGCUCAUUUGUCUUUCUUCCACUGUGCGCUCCUUCUCCCAGAUUCACAAUGAUGAUUAAUACCCCCCAAACCCAGUGGAUUAAACUGUGUCACUAUAAUUUAUGUAGUUUCCUAUUAAAAUGCCUUCAAGUCACAGGAGUGGAAUACACGGCAAUGCAUCGCCUUAUAAAAGUCAAUUUGUGUGAUUAAACCCAGGCUUAUGCAGAGGCCCGAUGUAAUGACUUUUUCCCCAGCAUCAACUCUCCUAACCUCCCCACUGAGUUAUGGACUAUCAGCUCCCACACAUCCACCAUCACAAUUACACAAAGUAGAAUCACUUCUGUUGAAAAAUCUUUCCUUUUUAUAAGAAAGAUGGAUUACAGCUGAAUUAAGUGUCUGCACUUCCCCGUCAGGGUCUUUAAAAUGAAGAAAAUGAAUGCAUGCAGGAAAAACUCACCAGGGUGCGUUUACUAACACGUGUUAAUACGCUGAGUUUAGUGUCACCUCUUAUGUCCUAGUGGUAGUAAUUGAUAAUGAAAGUAGCAGGAUGCUAGGCUAGUAGCUGCAGGAAUCUACAGCUUAUUAAUAGCAGUCGAACAUCUGCUCCUGUUUGAGAAGAGUCCAGAGGGAGCGCUGAUUCCUCUACGAAGAAAUAUUACAGCUGUGAAAGGAUACAUUAACCCCCCCCCAUACACACACACACACCUCCACACCCUUCACUACCUAUUGACAUUGUACAUUUGCAUGAUAUAUUAGCAUCUUUAUCAUCCUCAAUGGCUUUCCCCAAUUAACGUAACAGCUAGCUCAGCAGAAACAAUGCCCCGCUAUUGAUAGCCAUAUUUCCACAUGCUUUACAGCGACGAAUGAGAGACAGCCUGCCUGGUGAAGAGGAUUAAGUUGACUGUAGUUCAUUUCAUGGCUCAGUGUUUAUGUGCAGAAUAGUGGAUUAAAGGACUGAUCCGCAGAUUUAAGCCUUGAAGAAACCAGCAUGGAGCCUUGGUUGUAUUUCUUCUCAGCUUGUCGGGAGGCCGGUGAGCUCAGACAAAAGUCUGUAUUGUACACUGGGACCAUCUGCAGCGAGGAAGGUCACAGGAUCAGAUCUCAGCUGGUGGUAGACUGGAACAUGCUGCCUUUUGUGUACUUGUUUAAGUGAAAUACGGACAACCAAAUGUCCACUCACUGCCGAGGCUCUAAAUCUAGUAGAGCCUUUACCUAAAGAAACAUCCCUAACUUUCUUUAGCGCUUUUUAUUUGACUUGAACUUUAUCCUUGAUCUUGAAGGUCAAGUUUCCUCCUCUUUCUUCCCCCCUGCUCUUCAUCUUUUCCCCAAAGUGCCCGAGGUGCUUCUCGCUCUGUGAGAUUAGCAGCUAAUCCAUGAAAGGUAGCGGAUUGGUUGUGCUCUCCCUUUGAAUGUUAUUAAAGAAGGCUGUCCUGAGGUGUGUGUGUGUGUGUGUGCUUCAGGUGUAGAUGUGCAUGCUUGUGCCUGAGGUGUGUGUAUGCAGGGUGUGUGUCCUUGUUCUAAUCCUGCGAUAACCAGACCUGGGCCCCUGAGGCAGAGAAAGCGGAAGGAGGGCCAGGCGGGGAAGGGUAUGAAAGGAUGGACAGGGGCAAGAGGUGGAGCAGGGGGUUUGACAACAACAGAGAUCAGAAAAGAUGCCUUUUAGUCUGAAGACUCAAAGGGUCUGGCAGCUGGGGGUCGGGGAUAAACAGAGUUUCUUGCUCUUUUUGUGACUUCCAAGUGUUGUGACUGAAUAACAGAGUGUCAUGGAAAGUUUUAGACUCACAGGCUUUUCAUAGAAAUACUCUCUAAACUCAAACAGUGUCUUUAAAAAUCUCAUUUUAAAUCUUUAUUUUGUCCUGACCUGCAACAACAACAAUUUUCAUAGUUGUAGACCCAAAAUGCAGCUCAUGUUUUGUCUAAGAUAUCACAACUACCUGCCCCUAGCUGGGGCUGGGCGAAAUGGCGAAUAAAUCAGUAUCACGAUAUAUUGAGCAGUUCACCUCGAUAACGAUAAAUGGACGAUAACUACUCCACAAGCUGCUCAACCCCUCCCACAUAAAAUUUGUCUACUUCAGCCGCUACAACUUUUGAACCGUCCUCCAUCUCCUCACCUGUCUUUCCCUCUUUGUUACCAACUGGAUGGGGUGGAGUCACGACUCUGGCGCAGGACAGCGUCUUAAAGGGACAUGAGACCAUAGCCUACCGACACACAUCCAAAACCAACCUUUAUUUAUUUGACACAGAAUUUAUUGACAUGGCAAAAUGACGUAGGUUAUUGUCGUAAAGUUCUGUAUCUGUAAAUUUCUAGUUUAUCGCCCAGCCCUAAUGCAUAUUGAAGCUCACUGUUGGGUUAUGUUGGACUAAUAUUGUACUUUUUAAGCCUGUAUCCACUCAUACCAAUAUUGUACCAAAAUAUACUGUGUACUCAGAACCAACUGGCUAUUUUCCAGCAACUUUUAAAACUAUUUGACACAAUAAUUGAGUUUGUCUAGAUGUGGCUCAAACAAGUUAUUCGAGUGAUGUGCAGGGUCCCCGAUGACAUUAAAAGGUUAGCAACAGAAGACUUUCAAGGACACAGCAAAUUACUGCCUGCCACACAUUUAAUCACUUUCUGUUCCUCUAUUCACUCAGUCCAUCAUUUUGUACUUCUUAUUUUUCCUCAAGAAUGUUACAAAAACACUUGUCUGCUCUUCCUUUGGAGCGAUUUUGACAGAAUUUCUAAAUUAGUAAAGAAUAUAUUGACACAGGCAAAAUGACGUUGGCUAUUGUCGUAAAUUUCGGUAUCGGUAAUUUUUUAGGUUUAUCGCCCAGCCCUACUUUUUGCAAUAAUCCUCCACCAGGAUGUAAACAAGUACAGAUGACAGAUGGCACCUUAUAAUGCUGUGCAGUAUUUUGAUCAAAAUACAAAAGUAUUAACCAGGAGAUUAGCCACUUUUUGGAUGAAGCACACUGAUUAUUUUCCUGCGCAAAUUAGACAAAUCCACCGCACAUCACAGAGACCAAAUAGACCAAUCCAGUAAGGAGCAACUGAUGAGCAUCGUGAAGAAAUCCAGCACCAGAGGAGACAGAAUUUUUUUUUCCAACAAGUUAAUAAAAGAGCAAAAACCACCUUUAGCCCUCUCCAGACAAGAUAAGAAGAACUUUAUUUACAGACAUGCACCGAGGGAAAUUUCAGGAGAAUUUCAGGACUCUCAGGCUGACUUUCCUACUCACAUAUACUCCCUCACAUCGGGAAGUCUCCCCUGUCGGCAAUAAUAGAUUAAAACCACUGAUCUAUUAUUGCCUCUACUUUUGUCUAUUUCUGAAAAAGAACACAAAAAUGCAUCUAUCCAUUUAGCUUAUCUAAAGAUUGAUUCUUCUAUUUCAGCUUCUAUCAAACACAAGAAAUCACUUCUCCAAAUAUUUUUAACUUCAGAUUUACAACAGGUCAGGAUUCGUCUUCUGUUUGUACCCCCGCCUUCUUUGACAAAUGCAGAGUCACGGUGGAUGCAGAGGGAAGUUUUCUCCCUGCGUAUGUAUCAUAAGAUCUAAAAUGUUUUUGGGGAAAACAGUCUGAGGUCAGACCUGGCUGAGGCCGGUGUUGUUUUGGCAGCAGUUGGAGAGAACCGAGCAGGAGGAGAAACGGCCAACUCGAGAGAGAAAGAUCCCCGGUGACAGGCUCUACAUAAUUGAUUAUUUAUCUGUCUGCAGCCUGAGCAGUAGCAGUCAGCAAGGAAAUACCAGCCUUACACAAACACACACACGCGCACAAACACACAGUUUAGGGAUGUAGCUGGUGAUUGAAUUUAGGCUUGCUUGCUCUGAGUGCAGAUUGACAAGCGGUAAUUCCUAAAUAACCCAAAUUACAAGUGAACUCAGGGGUCAUUGAGAUGACACACUCGCAUACACAGGGGGCACCUGGCGGCUGCGCUGUCCUGUCUGCUCAGACUGACAACUGGCUGCUCUGACAGAUGUGACCUUGUUAAAAAAGAAAAAAAACAUUCUCUUUCAUGACGGCUAUUACUGUUUUAUAUGCCGAUGAGCCGGCUUUAAUUCUGCCCAACAGCAGGUGUGUGUUUAUGCACGUGUGUGUGAGUGAUAAAAAAGCAACAAGAGCAAAGCAGAGCCCUCCUGAGUGCCCUUCAAUCCAUCUAACCCAUACACAUGCACUCUCACACACUCAUGCACACAUACAUCAAACCCUCGAUGGAGGAGCUCAUCACAAUGUCACUUUCAAUUUGGAUGAGCCCACGGUCUGUUCAGGAGAUGUAAUGGAUUGGAUGAUGGCAGAGAAAUGGAUGAUGCGGCUCAGGUCUUCUGCAACAAGCAUUCACAUUUCUGACGCUCUCUCUCUCUCUCCUCAGGUGCCGACGUUCAGGUCUCAAACUUUGCAUAUUUCACAAGUCACUGCGUUUAAGUUUGAGGAAAAAUACCUGUGGGGAGGCACUUAAAAUAAAACAAAGUAUCUCGGUGGCUCAAAAGGCUCCUAAGAUCUACAAAAAUAAGAUCCAAGUAAAUGAGAAAUUUGUUUUUAACUUGGGAUAGGAACGGACUAGAUUAUUGUUUUGAUCUGCAACAUAAACCUGUUUACAACUUUAAAUUGGACUAUAACAAGGCAAACAAAUGUGUUAAUAAUAUUACAGUAAUAACAAUAUUUGUUUGGGCUUUCUGACAUAAUCUUAGCAUUGAAAACUUUAAGAAAUUUGAUUUUCCUUAUCGGUAAUUACUUGUUAAAGCACCUUGGUCAAUCUCCAUUGUUUUUAAAUGUGCUUUACAAAUAAAGUUGCUUUAAAGCACCACUUAAAGGGAUAUUCUGGCAUAAAAUUAAGUUAGGGUGAAACACACCGGAACACCGAGUUAGACACCCCUUUGAGAGAUGAACGUUGCCAACCGCUUGCUACUCGAGUUAUACCAACUUUAGUAACGACUGCAGGAUAGCAAUACACAGCAGUCUGAGGAGCCAUAAACAAACCUCAACCAAAACGCCACUCUAUAGCCACAAAUAAUGCUCAGAACAGCACCUAACUUCAUCAACAGUACAUAUAGGGUCCUAGCCACAGCACUAGCCACCAAACAUCUUUUUAACUUUGCCUAAUUUCUAAAGCAAAGAGACUAAACACAAUUCACCCACUCUCUUCCAGCAGCCACUUGUUUGUAGCGAGACCUCAGGCCAGUCCAUUACGGACUGCUGCGGGGUGACGCAGCUCAAGAGUAACAUUUAUGAUCAUUACUUUAUCAUUACCUUGAAGUAAUAAUCACCAUAUUAAUCAUUUUGCACUGCAGACGCGGUAGUUCUUCUGCCUUAGUGUCUCGGUCUGAUUGCAUUUCCACAAAGUCGUUACUCAAGUUGGUAUAACUAGAGAAGCAAGCGGUCGUCAACAUUCAUCUCUGGAGGGGGUGUCUUACUCGGUGUGACAGUGUGUUUGACCCAAAAUUAUUUUUACGCCGACCAGACCAUCACCUACAACCAAAGAUACAUUUAAUUGUCAAAAGUCAGCUAGAUGCAACCUAAUCAUGACAAGGACUCAUUUGUCCACAGGGGGCGCCAAAAUUGAUAGAAUCCAAAAGUUGCUCACAGGAGCUUUAGAGUCGCUCAAAAGACUAGAAAUGAUCCAUAUGAAUCUGCUGUUAAAAAUCAGCUGUAAAACACUAAUAAUAUUCAUCUUUUUAACUAUAGAUCAAUUCUCUAAUUUCAGACGUCCUUUGUUUUUCCAUAAAGUAACAUUUGCACCAUUAUAUCUACAGAGAACUGAGGUGACAGUUUCAUUUUAUGAGAUGCUUCACUCCUUCAUAUUUAAAUUCACUGAUUUACUAUCUUCAAUUUUUCAUGAGAGUAUUUAGAAACUUUUCUCCGGUUCUCGAGUAAUUUCUCAAAAGGCAACAUGGAUAUUGGUUUUAUUAUGACAAAAGGAACUCUUUAAUAAUGUUCUAUCCAUCAUGAGUAAGCUGCAGCCCUAAUGGUUUGCUCUCUAUUAUUUCCCAGCAUUAUCUAACCACAAAGAGUCUAUUACAGGAGCAUAAUAAAGACAUUAAUACAUUACACUUGAGUCUGUGUGUUAGGGACACAAAUGACUCUGUGGAGAAUCGUUAUCAUUUACUGUUUGGUUAAAACACAACUUUAUUACUGCUUCAUUGUUCCACACUCAGUGUUUAAGUCUUUAAAUGUGCCUGCAGGGAAUAACAGCAGAUAAUAUCGGAUUUUAUGGUUCCAUUAACAACUUUUGAAUUAUCUGUGUACAUGAACAUCCCCACAAAAUUAUACUUUGAUUGGAUUUUGGUCAUGUUUCUUUGUCAACUAAUGGUGAUUUUACUGUUUGAUCAUAUUUUCCCAUCAUUCUUACAAUUAAACAACUGCUUAAAGUUGCUUUACUCAACACGGACUUUAUUGUUUUUUUGUUUUUUUAAUGUGGUGUACUUAAAAUAUUUGUCCUUGAGUUGUUUGUCCUGUUUAUGCUAGAUAAUUCUGCACGCCUUUAUUACAUUUUUAUUCCGCAACCCCAUUCUCUUCUCCAAAUAGAGGGGAGGAGAUUUGUUUGUCGGUUGGAUCCAGCAUGUCGUCACGGGCUGUAGCCAUUAGUCAAGCUUGUCUGUGGGAUAUUCAGAACGAACCGUAUCACUUACUCCACAGCAGCAGCGAUUACAGCUUGGGAGUCCGGGUUCUGAGGGGACGCUCUGUUAAUACCCUUUUAAAACUCACAGAAAACAUUUCUCUUGGUAGUUAAUGGACAAUUGUGCCAGUUUUACAACAUCAAAACGGAAAGCAAGCGGCUUAAAAAUGCAAAGUGAAACACAAAUUUCUAGAAGCCCAAUUCAGUAUCAAGAUUUUCCCCAAGAAAGAAAGAAAGAAAGAAAAGGGACAAUAUCAGAUUAAAGCAGAAAACCUCAGAAACAAGUUCUCCUGACAGAUGAAAUGUUGUGAAAUGGAGAAAUGAGUCGUCCUGCAGCCGGCUGUUUGUCACUGAUGUCUUGUUACCAGGCUCACAGCUGUCUAACUAUCAAAGAAUUUAAUCCAACACUGAUGCCUCAAAUCCCUUUUUUUCCCCGAACAAAGCCUAACAAAUCACCAGCUGGAUGGCAUUAGUCCUCAUAUUUACAAAAAAAAAUGAACAUUUGUUAUUUUCUUUAGCGUAGUAGUGAUUUGCAGAUGUGAGGGCAUUAUCUCUACUCUUGCUGCUGCUGUUAUUCCUCAGUUUAAAGAAAUGAUAAAGCAGAAAGAUUAAUGUCUACUCUGUCUUCUUGUCUUCAGAACAUGAUGAGUGUCUCAGUGGACUCCACAACUGUGAUGAGAACGCCUUGUGCUUUAACAUGGUUGGAGGCCACAGCUGCUCCUGUAAGCCAGGCUACACCGGUAACGGGACUGUCUGCAAAGGUAAGACCUUUCUGUGAUUUAUUGUGUCUGCACAUACAGGUCAGCAGUCCAUCAGGCCACAGUAGACUUGCAAGCAGAGAUAGUCGAGUAGCUGAAAUUUAGCUAUCGGAAGAAAUUCUUUAUCUUCCUUCAUACAAACAAGGAAAUGUAAUAAAUGAGGGGCUGCUGUGGAUCAGUGGUUCAAUGCUGUGGCUUUCAACCAAAGACUGUACAAAGGAUGGACGUCAUCUGCCUCCUUGCUGGGUGAAGCCUCCAUGAGAAGUUCAAGUUCUCAUUUUUCCGUGCAGCUCCAUUUUUAAAAGUUAUUAGGGGGUUCAUGUAUUAUAUGAUUGACACUUGAUACAGUCUAUGGGCGUACGAAGACUGCGUAGAUUAUCCGGGGGGAUACGCUGUUUGAGCAGAGCGUCAUCACAGAAACUCUCACACCAAAUGUGUUCAACGCUAGUGCACAAGUGAUGGUUCACAGAAGUGGAAAUAUUCCUGAAAAUACUGAGAGCAAUUUGGCUUCAAAUUCGUAUAAUGACAGAAGGCGGAGCCAAGUUGUCCAUAGUUUAUACAGUCUAUGGUUUCAACUGUAAAGUCAGGGUUUUUUUCCCAGGUCCUGCUGUCCACAUGCUCAGGUGUUCUUUGUCAAGACACUUGAAGUUAUUUGAAGUUACUUCAAAUAACCAGAUAAAAAGGACUUAGAAAGUAUGCCAAAAAGUAAAAUUCUCCUAUUAUUAUCCAGUGAUCAAAAAUGAGCUUGUACCUCUUCAGGGGAUGUUGAUAGACUAAACAUUUAUACUUUCCAACCACCUCUUUUAAGCUUUUUAGCUCUUUUAAGUCAGUUCUUUGAAGAAUGGUGUAUCAGGGGCAACACGUACUUAAAACAAAAGCCUACAGGAGAUAAAGAAACCUGAAUGGAAAAUGUAAUAUCCUGAUAGGCGGCAAUGAAUUAUGAAUAAAAGACCAAAUGUAUGAUAAAUAAAGACUUUACCUCCAAGUUCCUCCAAAGGUAAAUCACCUCACCCUGCAUUGCUGACAAACAGCCCCGUGCCUCAAAAGUAAAUGUAUAUUAUUGUCAAAAUCGUAAAGACAUCAGCUUGAAAGCUUUCUGCAAACCAGGUUUAUUGAGCUGGUCUACCUGUGUUGUGUGUUCUUCCUGCAAAAUUGAUUCGACAUUAGUUGGGUAAUCAAUGUGUUGAUUAAAAAAUCUAUUGAAAGAGAGAACUGUACUUACUUCACACAUAUGAAUUGGUUGACUAGCCAUGUUGAGAACUAUGCUUGCGGUUUAAAAACUCAAGUUCUAAGAAUAAGAAUAACUUUAUUUUAUCCCUGAAGGGAAAUUAAAUUGUCUGUAGUCUCAGUUGACAUGUGUCAAAAAGUCAUGUACUAUUUACGGAAGAGUUGUUGAGUUAUGUUCUCUGUGUCUCAAAAAGAGUUUAUUUGGAGGGGUAUUGUAUUCAUUGCUUUGGUGUAACGUCUUAUACAAAUCUAGUCCUUUCAAUUGUUUGUUUAGUUUAGUGCUUAAUUUAAAUGAUUUUUAAAUAUAUAUAAUCUGUAUAAAUCAAGGAGGGUUGGGACUGACAACUAACCCAAUGAUGUUAUCAGGGUAAAUCUAAGACGGGGAGGGAUUUCAUUAAAAAAAAUACUGGGAUUGGGUUUUCUGCUGAGGUAGCAUCAGACAUUACUGGAGCCUGACCCAAACCAGUGGGGAAAGUCAUUCUUUUUUCGGUUUAAUUUGAGAUUUAAUAUUUUAUGAGCGCCUCAUAUAAAAUAAUAAAUCAUCUGAAAUGAAAUCUGCUCCGUAUUCUUGUUGUUGUUGUUUAGUUUGAGUGGGUUUCUUAUGUCGUCCUGACUUCUUCCUCUGUAGAAAGCAGGUGUAGGUACUUUCAUUUACUUUUGCGGCAUUCUGUCACCUUGAAUGAGUUCUCUGGGUCUCGGGGACACAUUAACGAACAGCCUACUCCUGGAUAAUGAACAUUUCUGAAUUAACCUUGGUGAGACGCAUUAAUCACUUGAAAUAAUUUCGUGAGAGCGCCAUAAUGAAUCACAUCACCAAAUUAGCUCUUAUUCUGUAUGCAAAUACAUAUGCUGCUGCUGCUGGUCUAAUUACAUAGUUAAUGCUCGUUAAUCUCAGUGAGUAAUAGCUCUUCUCUUGUCAUCUACCUCUAGCUAUGUGUGACGGAUUGUGCCAGAAUGGAGGAACCUGCGUUUCACCUAACAACUGCGUUUGCCAGCAAGGGUUUACCGGAAAGAGCUGCGAGACAGGUAAGAGUUCAUUUCCAUUCCACGCUUUUGUUUUUCUCCACCGGAGUGGCUGAAAGAGGAGGUUUGACAGCAAAUCGGGGAAGAAACAGAGACGUAGAGGUAAAGUGAGGGGGUGUUUUACUUUCUAUGAAUCUAUCAGAAGAGGGACAACAGAAAGAGGAGGGAGAUUGGUGUAGAAAAGUACUUCACAUAAAGGUAUUUUGCUUGAGUUGUCUUGUCAUAUCUUUCCUUUUUUCUGAGAACACUGAUAAUUCUUCUUUUGUGGAGUUGCCUUCACUCUGACCCUGACAAAAAAAUCCAAUCUGUAAAUGCAGAAAUGUUUAAAGCACUUGUACUCUCCUAUCUGCACGUGUGUUUGUGGCCGUGUGUGUGUGUGUGUGUCCGCCACUGCGUCCGACUGUGUGGGUCCGCGCUGCACGGUGACUAAUGAGCUUGUACCUCUUCCAAUGGCUGGAUGGAGAAUUUGAACUGCAGAAGCAGCAGUAUGGGAAUUACCUCAUAUCACAGCUCAUAUUAAUCAGUGUGGCAUUCCCUCCACAUCGGCUCUGUGCAACAUUGAAAUUACACCUGCAAAAACUCCCCAUGCAUGCUAUCAGAUAGGGCGUGAUAGCUUAGGCGAAUGUUAAGUCAGCUCUGUUUAUAGCAGAGACCAUAUCGCUGCUCGCUCUCAUGCAUGGAAAUUCGUCUUGACACACUGUGCCGAUCAGGCGCCAGACUUUGGAUUGUAUUCAGCGUGUUUCCCCCCCUGCAGUGUCGGUGCUUUAAGGUAACCAAGAGAGACUGUAAUCCUUGUAGCUGUGUGGGAUUCUCUGUGUGUCUAAUCUAAAGCAGCAACACCUCUUUCAUAACCCGUUUCAACCUUUUCCUGGAGUGUCCUUCACAAGACAAGCGGCCAAGCUAAUAGAAAGUCAAGUCAUGACGCCUCUCUCAGUGUGUGCGCUCCUGUUUGAAUGAAGCAAACUGAGCCUCUCUGCUUGCUCAUUGGUUCAGAUAUUGAUUGCACAUAAAGGGCCUUUUUUACGAGGCGUCCUUUUACUGCCCGUCUUAAAGUAAAUGAAUUUCCCCAUGGUGUGGCUCCAAGAUGCUGAGGAUAGAGAGUGUGUGCAUCCGCCUAUGUGUGUGUGUUAAAGCCAUAGGGAAUGUGUUAACACACCUACCCAUAAUGACUUAUCCUCCUCCCCAUUUUGCAGCAGAGGAGGUUCUGAGGACCUCGUCCUUUACUAAUGGCACGGUCGCGGCAAUCACACAUUUCAUUACCUUCUAUAGUGUUUUAGAUCCCUGCCUUUCUCUUUCUGCCCCUCGCUCUCCCACAUUACUCUCUUUUGUGUGUCCUGCUCCUCAGAAAACAUCUGCAGAGCAGUCGAUCAAAAGAGAAAUAUUAGAGAGAGUGCGGCAGCUUUGUUCAAGGUGAUUCCAUUCAUCACCACAUUACCCAUAAAGACAUCUCGCAAUAAAAGUUUUGCAGAAACAUUUCUGCUGUGUAAAGUAGGUUUUAUGCGCUCAGUGUCUCAAUCAAAUCAAGGUUAGGAAUGGAGUUAGUUUUAGUUUUUAGAUAGUAGAAAUCUCCACAGGUGAAAAAGGGACUGAAAGGGACUCAAAAAUCAAAGCACACUGACUCGUUAAAGUUCAAACAUGCAAAAAAAAAAUCGUUUUCUGUGGUUUCAUGAUAGAAAAAAAGACGAUCAGAUACCAACCACACGCUGGUCUUCUCACGUGGAUAAGACUUCACUCGUACUUGUGAAAAUUUUCUCUCUACAGUAGCAUUCAAUACAGAGUAGAUCACACAUUUAAUCACAUGUAGGUUUAGAUUCCCUUGACCUUAAUGAAACAUUGUGCUUUGACACUUUUUCCCCCUUUUUUUGUGGUUGUUGAUUGCCUCCCUGUACUUUAGGACCUCCUGCUCUGUAUGACACCCCGAUCUAAUCGCAGACAUGCUUCAUCAUUACUUUUAUCUAUUUGAUAUCUCCAUUUAAAUUCACAAAACCUUUAAAGACUGAAAAUAGAUGUGGUAUCAGGCUGUGCAAAUGUAGUUUGUUUGAUUUGUCCAGGUUUCAGAUUCCUGUCUUCACCCCAAUUUCCGCCAAUUUCAGACAGGCAGAUUGAAAUUUAUUUCGAAAUUGAAUUGCAGACGAUAUGAGCUCCAUUUAACCUUGCAUCGCCCACAUGAAUCUAUACACUGUGUUUUUUUCCUUAUUCACGCUGGAUCAGUCACAGUCGAAGAAAUAAUGAAAAUUACUGGUCAAUAAAGUGCUAUAAUGACAUAAAAUUGCCAAAUUGAUUUGGUUCAGUUGAGUGUCUGUGUUCAUGUUUCUUUGUAAUCCAGCCUAGGGAGAUGUUUCCUUGAUAGUUUGGAGGCAGAAAUCCUUCAGUCUGUGCAAAAAGAUCUUUCUCUAACAGGAGAUACCACCAGAAGUAAAUCCAAAAAUAUGUUUUCGCUGUAAUCUGUGAAUACCAGAAUUUAAAGAUGAUCCGCUGAACAAUUUUUCUCUGCAACUACAGUUAUCUAUUUCUUAAUCAAAUCCUGACAGGGUUGUGGGGAUUAAAUGAUUGGUGGCUCACGACUCAGUCUGUUUUUAAGGCUCCUCUCUGCUCAUCAUUCACGCUGAUUAGAAUUUCACUUUAGUGACUCAAAAACAAACAGGCGCUCACAUGCACCAACAAUCCCUCGCGCUCUCUUUGUUCCUCUGGCGACAAGAUGUUGUCACCACAGCUGCUGCAUCUGUGUGCACGUCUAUCUCUCUCUCUCUCCUCCCUUCUACAAUCUGACUCCUUCACAACCUUGUCAAAGUCAGCUCAGUCCUCGCGUAUUUGUGUUUUUAUAGUCCACAACCACGUCAGGGCCCCCCUGCUACAAGGCUCAAGCCUCUGGCACUGUUUAGAGACUUCAGCUGUCUUUCAGUGAGGAAAGGAAGAGUCUCCUCAUAGCAUGACAGGAGCUCCCAGUGAGGGAAGUGUCUACUGGAGGAGCUCACAGAGAUGUAUGGAGGUUAAUGUACUGUUGGAUAUGCAGCUCUACUGAUGGGCAGGAGGGAGAGAAAAAGGAGGAGGGGUGGGUUUGUGGGAGCAAUAGUUUAGGGAGAAAGAGAUGGAGAUGUACAGGGGAGAGUGACAGAUGCAAAAUUCUCAGAGGGAGAGGAAGAAGAGGUAACGACUAGGAGGAGGAGGUGGGAGGAGGUGAAGUGGAAAGGCAGAUACAGAGAUGUUGGGAAUAACUGACAGAUGCAGUGACGGGAUGGGAAACGUACGGCGAGGAUGGGUGGUUAGAGGGUCGGGGUUAGCAAGUUUCUCUCCGCAUUUGGAUGCGGGAUCGGGCUGCCGGAGGUGGAAGAGGAGGAGGAGGAGGAGAGACGGAGCUGGGUGGAUGAACAUGGAAAAGCUUUCACUAAGUCUGGGUCCCCCUCCCUUUUCCCUCCCUUCCACCUCCAGAACCCUGUGAGCUUUUAGAGGCCUCCCCGGGGACUCCUCCUCUUCUGCUGCUGCUGCGGCAGACUGACGGCCUGUCAUGAGACACCGAAAAGAGCUUUUCAAGGGAGCCGGGAUACACACACUUACACACACACACCUACGGAGCAUGCAUACACAGUCACAAAUGAAAAAACACCAACAGCCUGCUGAUUGCCUACCUACCUAACUCUGUUUUUUGUUGCUCUUGGGCACACAUGAGGGUGAUAUUUCUUGUAUGUUUUUGCGUUACCGCACCAGUUGUGUAUUGAUGACUUUUCUGCUUGUGUUGUGUUCUUUUGGCGGCUGCUCUCAGUGGCCUGUCAUUACCAUUCGGGGGGGAACGGAUGGUAAGGGACACGGGACGUGCGACGCUGACAGACAGACACCAGCCAGUGGAGAACUCUGACACAUCAUGAAUUAUGCAGGAUACAGCUGCACUAGGGCACAUUCUCUUCAGUCAUGGAUAUAAAUGUACGCAGGGCCGGCCAUGUAAUGUGUGCCCCGAACAUGCGGCACAGUCAACUUGGGAGCCCCAGGCUAGCACUCUCCCUUAAAUGGGUUGAGAGAGAGAUGGCCAAAUGUUGGAAUAUUAGGAUUAUUUUUCAGCAGAAUGGGCGCCCAUUUUCCUCUCUGUCUGGGAGAAAUGUAGAAUAAAAACAUGUUACCAAAGCUAUUAAGUUGUGUCACAUUUUGACCUGUUACGUCCGUGAAAGUCGUGUAUUUUUUUACCCAACAAUCCUUGUAUGCCUCACAGUCCGAUUGAGGUCAUUGCUUUGUGUGAUUGAUCCCUAAAUUUCUCUGAUGCGGGUAAAUCAACACACAUUGUGUCUUGUUGAAAUUGCAGCCGCUGUCCAAUUUGAUCCAGAGUGCAUUUUGGUUUGAGCUGACAGUGGAGGAGAAAGGUUGCCCCCGCUGUAGCGCCCCAGGCCUUGUUUCCCGAUAUAGAUUUUUUUAGAGGCUGUUUUUCUAAGAGCAUUUCUGCGGGCAUCUGUUAAAAUUUUACAUGCAUUUCUGAGAAGAGCACUUAAGAGCAAAUACAGAUGCACAGCGUAAGAACUUCUUGUCCGUGGUGUAUGAGACAAUUUAAUAAAACUUUACACAAACCAUUAUUGAUAUGAAAGAUACAUCAGAGCACGACUUAAUGAAACAUAAAUGCAAUAAGAGUUUGUAAUAUUGAGUGCUUUUUGAAAAUGUUGCCUUACUUAUAGUCAAUAUAAAAGCUUCCAGCCUGCUGUAUUAUUUUAUGAUAAAUAUUACUGUGAAGGUAAACCUGGCGUGCAAACAAAUAAGCAGCCAGACGUUGCACUUAAGCCCCGAUUGAGCUUCAAAUUAUAGCGAUAAAUAAAAAACAACAUGCAGGUGGCUAAAAGCACUUGAACAAAAAGAGAGGAGUUAUUGAAAGAGAAAACAAAAGAUUAAGAAAAAGUGGAACUUUAGCGAGAUGAGAUUACUCUAAUAUUGAAAGCUUAGGCUGAGGCAUAUGCAAAAUCCCCAUUGCUUAAAGGGUGCACUGCAAACGAAGGACAAGACACAAAAAGUGGUUGCCUGCGUCUCCUUCCAUCAAAGUGUGGUUGGCAGUGUGAAGGUUGUUCUAGAUGUCAUUGCUGGGAGAGUCUUUGCCGAGCCAGAAGAGGAGUAACUGCACUGAAAACUGACAGAUCAUGCACAAUUCAUGGUUAAUGGCAAAUCAUUGAUUUUAGAACAUUUCCUUGAAAAGUGGAUUACAGAAACUCUUCCUACCCUUGGUCAUUUCCAUUUCUGCAGUCGUUGCCCAUGGGCUUUAUUCAUUUAUUCACAUUUUGAAUUCAGAGAUCCUUCCUCAUUGCAUGUGAUAUUACUUUCUACCAUGGACUGUAUAAAACAUAGAUGCGGUCUCAGUGAUAUCAUGCACUGGUUUCUGAGAAUCUCGAUGGGGCUUAAAGAUGGUGGUUACCAAAUUAGAAAUGCAGACUGACGCUAUCUGCUUGUUGAAAAACGGUUAAUAAAGUGGAGCUGAGGCUACGUCAUUUAUACCGCUGUUCCACCUAGUCAACAGUUAAAAUGCACUGAUCAGCUAUGCCAAAUAAAAAAUUGAGAUGGAGAGAAGAAGAGAUGAGAUGGAGUUUUUAGAAAUGGUGUGGCCCAUGGAAUUCAUUUUCUUAUAAAUAUAACACAUUAUGAUGUUACUGACUGAGUCAUGGAGCUACGUUUGCUAACUGGGAAAAUGAGCAUCUUCAAGAUCCUAUGAGGAGUUCUUGAUGUGUUGUGAAACAGGCUGAAAUGAACAGUGUUGCAUCUCUAUGAUGCACGAAAGUUAAUGAGAGUAUUGACAACUAAAUAAACUUUCUUUAGUUCGUCAUUUUUAAUGUUGUGAGGGGGGAGGUGUGCUGACAAAACAGCCUUACUGUCUCCACACCCCAAGCAUGAGUAAAAUAAUUCGCAUGACUGAAUUACAUGUUAAGUCAACGCAAAGACAUGAUUAGACACUCCUUCGACUCUGGCGGUGCAAAUGCCGCGAAUUGGGCGGAAGCUGAAAAUGUCUCAGAUAUUUGCGUCGUGGUAACCAAUCAGCAGUAAGGUUGCCGGGUGAUGUAUGAAAACGAACAGUUGUUCACUGGCAUCAAAAAUGGAGGACAAACUGAUCGUGUCGGUGUGCUGGUGCCCCAGAUUGUAUGAUACCUCUUACUUCAAUUACCGAAACCUGGUAAAUUGUAAAAAUCCUUUGUCUAUCAUUUGAUUUCUCUGGUUGAAUUGGCAGGGAUUACCGUUGAAAUUGCCGUUGACUUGCGAAUGAAGCGAAUAAAUACUAUUCAUUCACGCGUCUAGAUUUGUGCAAAUUAAGCAAGUAGAUGAUUUUACUUGCAUUUGGUGUAAGUUCCCCAUCAGUUUCCUUUACUGCAACAUGCCAACAGAGGGAGAUUCUUCUGUCAAUAACUACCAAUUACUGAAUUGGCAACAAUGUAGGGGUUACCAUUUUGUACAAAGGGGGCGCCAAAAUCAGCACACAUAGACAGUUCCUCACAGGAGCUUUAUUAUAAGUGUUGAUGGGGCUUCCUGAGCUUUAUCUUUAUAUUGGAAGAUGGCUGGUAGAGGGAAACACAUUGAAAUAAAAGGAGUAAAACCACUGAGACUUGAAGUCAUGCUGCAGUUACAUCAAAGAUAAGUUUCUGUAGUUUAAAUACUUUUGAAAAGCAGACCCUCACUCAGAAGGAAAUGUAUAACUUUAGGAUGAUUUCAAGUUUAAAGUGCUCUGAGGAAACCGAGCCCUGAUCUUUAAAGAUUUUUUAGAAGAGUAUCGCCACUUUAUGAAAUAAUUGGUUACACCAUCUGCGAACGUCCCCUCCUGUUUAGCCUCAGACACAUGUUUAUUGACUGAAUAGCUGGACUGCUCUUAUGAGAUGAAUAGGGAGGAAGUCUUUGUAUUUUCCUUUAUUUUCAGCUCAUUAUCUCCUCCUUUCAAGCCCCUCUAAGCUUGUUAGGGUGCCGGGCCACCAGUUAAAAAUUUCUGCCACUAAGCUGUCACUUCAGUAACUAAGAGCUGUCUCUGCUGUCCUUGGCCAGCCUCUUGCUCUCUCCUCAAAGGACGCUGUGGGGGAAGAGCAUUUGAUCAGAUGCUGUGGACGGACACCUCUUUCUUUCAUCUUAAAUUUCAUCUGCUGCCCAGUGUCCUUGAGAGCACUUUUAAUCCGUGGUGCUGAAUCACACUGUGGCUAUUUUAGCAUCAGCAUCCUCACAUCUAUGAGGACAAGGGAAGAGAUAAAAGAUUUUUUUGCGUUUGGUGUUAAUGAUGCUAUUUAGAUUCGUGACUCCUACACACUCCUGGAGGGUUAUGUUCAAGAGCCCUGGUGUAUUACACCUACACUGUAAAUUACAGAUUUAUUCGAAGGAAAAACUCUAAUUUUCUCAAAUGAUGAUCAUUUAACCAGCGCAUUACUUUUUCUAAAUUGACACUCGUAUAAGGAAAGGGGAGUCUUCUGUUUAUGUGUCAGACUGAACCUUUUCAUCACUGUACAUAUACUGUGAUUCAGGAAUGAAAUAUUCAGUGUGUUUCUUUAUAACCUUUUACAAGAGAGGAGUAAAACGAGAAAGGCAAGGAAGAGAGAAAAAAAGACGUUUUCGGGAUAGACAGCUUAGAGGUGAAGAAAAUGGAGAAUAUUUUACUUUUCAGUGAAAGCAAAUGAGAUGUGACGGAAAAGGAGGAUAAAGGUAGAGGAGCUUAAAGGAGGUGAUUUAUUAUGAGAUGUGAAAAUGGAAGAAUAAAAAUAUCAUUGAAGAGGAAGAGGUGAGGGAGGAUGGCCGCUGAGUUCAUGAAGAAGCUAAGACAUCAGUCAGAGGAGGAGCCCUGAGGUCAGCCUGGUGUAUCGACGAGAACUGAGUCGAAGAGGGCCAGACAAACAAUUUGUUCCCUCAGACAUCAUUUACAUUGAUCGUAAGCUUUUCAGAGUUCUACACACAAAGACGGCGAAGACUAAACAGGCAGAUAAAUAAGAGAGAGGAACAUAAGGAACACACAGCCGAGCAGGAAAAUAAAGAGAAAUGGUUCAAUAAAAUGAAAAGGUACUAAAUGUGCUACAUGUGCAUAAAAAACAGGACCGUCCUGAUGAAAAAGCGCAAAGACGAGCUCGCUGUUGUUGAUCUCUGCUGUCUUGUAAUUUUCAUCAGCACAGCCCACAGUGUGCGUUACAUCCAUAACAAUGCUUGGCAAGAAAAAACAUCACAAUCCCAUCACAGCUGAAGCCUCCCCAGGGCGCCUCCCACCCGACACUCAGGCACAGGUAGUGAAUAUUUAAAACCAUAUUAAUUUUUCCAGCCCCUUUUGACAGCUCCCAUGAUGCCUUGCUGCAGCUCUCCCUCUCUCUCUCCCUCCUUUGCUGCAUGAUCUGCCCACAAAGCUCCGGGGCCUGUGACUGUUUAAGCUCAAGCGGCUUGUUUAAGCACAGUGAUUAUGUAUUCAUUAUUUAUUUAGAGACGGCCUUACAAAGCACUCACUCCAUCACCCGUAAUUAGUGUGUCUUAAUUAGGCCCUGCUAAUGGCCAGAGCCGACGUUUAGCUGAGCGCAACCUGCUGCUUCUACCUAAAUGACACAUCUCCCAGGGAUAGCUCGCUGCUGCGGCUGCACGGCUGCACGGCUGGAAAGGCCAAUGGAAAUGAAAUGGCGUGUUUUCUCCUCUGCUGCAGCAUACAGAUAUGCUGUCUGAAUCGAGUCCUCUGCUCUCUUUUGAGAAAAUAAUGAGCAUCCAAAAGAGGAAAUGCAUGUUUUAUAUUGUUUUGGUUUGCAAGAGGGAACCACAUGUCAGUGCUUGUACCAGUCAGAGAACCAUUGUUUCGGCUGUUUGUGGGUAAAUUCUCUGGACUUUGAGACUACAAAACACUAUUUUUACAAACUGGCCCAGUCCCAGUUGUAUUAUUGACUGGCAGUGACACAACUACUCAGCAACUUGAUAUGCAACCCAAAGAGGUCCACUGAGACUUGGAGUUGUACCCACAUCAGUUUUCCAGCUAUUACAGUCGUGAACACGUCAUCUUGUGCUGAAAUUUAAUUUACUUUGUGAGCACAAGGUUUAUUACGUAACACCUUUAUGGUGUCAGGUCAGAAUUGGGAUACGCUAUCAGGGUGUUGUACAUUACCUUUAGAAAAAAAACAUUAAAUAACUAAAAGAGAAAAGCUGUGUCCCCUUUUUAAAUGUUUAUUUUAGUAAACUAUCAAAAGCCAUUUUGUUAGUAAAGUUUUGUUGAGAAAGUUAAACUUUAAACAACUCUGGUCUGGACUCAACUAGGGCUGGGCGAUAAGGCCCCAAAUCAGUAUCACAAUAUAUUGAGCAGUUCACCUUCAUAACGAUAAAUGGACAAGAUCUACUCCAUAAACCGCUCACCCCCUCCCAUGUUACCUUUGUCUACUCCAGUCGCUACAACUUUUGAACCGUCCUCCAUCUCCUCACCUGUUUUUCCCUCUUUUUUACGGACUGGAUGUGGUGGAGUCACGUCUCUGACGUAGGACGGCGUCUUAAAGGGACAUGAGACCAUAGCCUACCUACACACAUCCAAAACCAACUUUUCUUUAUUUAUUAUUUUGACGCCGAAUAUACCAAUAUGAGCAAAAUGAAGUUGGUUAUUGUCGUAACUUUCGGUAUCGGUAAAUUUUUAGUUUAUCGCCCAGCCCUAGACUCAACAAACUUGCUAUAGAUAACCACAAUGGUUAGUUACUACAGAGAUAAAUGCAUUUGUUCAUAUAAUAUCCACGUGGUUUUGCUUACUUUUAGGUUUAGUGAUGAAAAUAUACCAACUAGACAUGAAAAAAGCAUUAUAUAGAGACAGAGUCUUUCAGGAGUAAAAAUGGAAGAGGUUCACCAAUCAGUGUGAGACUGAGUUAGGAAAUACUUAAGUAUCUUGAACUGGGCAUAACAUUUACAAAAUACAGGGGAUUUCAUUAUCCACGGUAUGUGAUAUCAUUUUUUAAAAAUCCAGAUAUUCUGGAGAAAUCUCUGUAUGAAGGAGACGAAGCCAAAAAAAAAGAUAGCCGUGAUCUCAGGGGCCCUCAGGCGGGGUUGCAUUAAAAACAGACACAACCCGCCAUAGAAAUCACUGCAUGGGCUCAGAAUCACAUCUUACAACCAUUGUCUGACCCAGAUGAGGGCUACAAGCUGAAACACUUCAGUCUGUCAGUAAAGCUGUUCUUUCACCUCCAAGAGCUGCUGGAGUUUUGACUCUUUGGACCUCCUUUCCUUCUACAUGCACCUUAGAACUAGGUGGAGUUACACCAGAUUGGUCAUCUCUACUAAAACCAUUGUCUGUGAACACUGUUUAUUGUGAAGCUUACAAUUAUACCAUGCAAAGACAAAGAGGAUUCUAUAUUUCAACAUAAUCCAGAAAUGCUGCCGACUUCUCUAGUCCCAAGCCUAUUUGAGAUGGACUAAGACAAAGUCGAAAACUGUCCUAUGGUGUGACAAAUCAAAAUCUGACACUCUUUUUGUAUAUCAUGGGUGCUGCACCCUCAAUUCAGAAAAGAAGAUGGACUCACUGGCUUUCUCUUAGCUCACACCUUCAGAGCCACAUCCAUGGUUGUAUGAGGAAGCACAACCGUCCAUGGCACGGGCAAGAAGAUGCCAAACUAUAUUUUCUGUAGAAGAAAUGUCUGGGUGCUAAACUGGCCUGACUGCAGCACUGAUUUGUCUGUUGAAGACAUUUGAUAAAUGGGGAUAACAUUUCACUUCAAAAGCUCCAAAAACUAGUGUCCGUAAGCUUGUCCUUGUAUCUGAGGUGAAGGCAUUAAAAGCGUAACUAUAGUUUGUUUAACUGUUGGUCCUCCCUCUCAUAUAGUGAUGAAAAAGUCUUGUUCAUCUCAAAAAUAAACCACUUACAUCAACAUUUAGUAACUGUUUGCAUGCAAUAGUAGCAUUUGGUGAUAUGGCUUUGUUUUGCCUUUCCACGUGUGUAUGUGGAGCAUCAAAGCCUUUGGCGGGGAGAGCAGCAGCAAAGACCCCUGGGUAACAGUACAGACACAGCAUACAAAAGAGGGGCUGGGAAGCACUUUGCAGAGGAAGAAGCAAUAGCAGUGCAGACAGACUAAAGAAGUUGAAGAAGACGGAUGUGUAGAAGAAAAUCCGCUCUGUUGCAUAUACAAUAAAAUUAACAUCACGGUUGUUAGUUUCACUUUCCUUCUCACGUACUUGUAGAUAUGGAUUUGUGUUUAGGUGUUGGUUUGUCUUCAGGGAACCCAGCGUAUGUCUCAAUUUGAGCUUUCAUGCUGAUUGAUUAUUUGAACUGGCUCUUGGACUUAAUGGAGACUGAGGACCAGUGACAACCAUCCAAUUACACUUCGCUGUACAUAAAGGAGCAGCAACAUGGAACCUUAUCACUACAUGUCAAUGAAAGCUUUGUACACAUUAUUAGUGACUCAAAGGUUGAGCAGCCUUUUCUGAGCCGUCACUGUAAAUGUGAUCUGACAUGACAAAUGUAAAAUCCACUCAGCCUUUAAAUAGCAACAGACUAUACAGGAAGAAAGGUGCAGUUUGGAUCCAUCAGGUAGACCUCUAUGGAAAUGGAAAUCAGAUUGAAUUAGGUUACUGUGCAGGAGACGUACACGUGGCAGCAGUAACUGGGUUUCUGUGCUGAGUGAUGCAACGGAGAAGAGCUGAAUCCCGACCCCCGGGGCUUUCUGUCAGUCAGGAAAGAGGGGAAAGACUUUAGGAGGGAGUGACAGGGGUAGAAGAAAGCAAAGAGCUGCACCUGUCCAGGAUCAGACUCUGGGAAGCGAGGACAAUGUGAAGAGGUUGGCAGGAGCCAGGACAAUCAAAGAGACGAGGGCAGGCUGGGAUAAACUUUAAACUCUGCCUUUUUCCACUCAAAGAGAAGACAAACUGCAGGGAUGAGGAGAGGUGACACCUCAGCUUUGAGAUGGAGAUACAGAACACUGGAGAAAAAGGGGGGUAAAAAAAUGGCAUAGGGAGGUGGAGGCAGAGGAUGAAAGACAGAGGAGGGAAUGUAAUAGCAGACCGGCAUAACAAGCCCAGAAGGGUGCGGAGGAAAGUCCGACGGUUUCUUCCUCACUUUGCCCUCCAAGAGCCGCCUUAAUAGAGCGCUUCUUUCCAGUCUGCCACUCAAGAUAACAAGUAGGAUAACUGCAGUCCUUCCACAUCCCUCCGCCCUCUUUGUCUCUUUCUUAUCCCUGUUCUUCCUUCUCAUCUAGCUCCUCCUCAUCUUCCUUUUAUUGCAUCAGUUUCUCUCUGUCACCUACCAGUCAGCAGUGUGACUUCAAAAUAACUCUUCUUCUACGACCUUUGGCCUCUGCAGGGGCUUUUACUUUGUCGGCGCAGUCAUAACCAGAUUAAACGGGUGAAAACAGUGCAUCAUCCACUUCUGUGAUUCAACAAAAGCUUCGUGAUUCAGCCGAGACGGAGGCUCCCAGGCAGCGCCCUUGUCUGAGUGUCAUUGUUGAUGAUUUAAUUACUAAGAUCCUCUAUUAUCAUUCUCACAAGAUGACAAAAGAGAAGGCAAGACUUUUUGAUCGCACAUCAUAUCCUCGCAGAACCUCACGCGUUCAAUCCUGUUGAGCCCAAAGGUGUGACAGCUGUGAGCCCCACUGUCCUAAAACACGGCUACAUUUUAAAAAGUUGAUCUGACGGCAGGCGGAGAGGCGUCUUGCUGUAAUUGUACCUGACAGGUUUGGCUCACAUGAAAGCGAAAUUUUUUUGUUCAGGGUGUAACCCUCUGUUGUUGUAGCCAGACAGUCAAGCUUUUUAAAGAGAAACGGCUGAAUGAAACUGUCUGAAAAUAACCCAUUUGCAUAUUUUUAGACUGAGCUCACCGUCAGUGUCUGUUAUAAAUAGUGUCUGACUGCUCGGUUGUACUUUGAACAAUUUCAUGCAGGGAAGUGGAGGAUGAUUUGAACAAAUUCAUCCGAUUAAAAAAAAAAAAAUGGCGAUACACCUCGUCUCGCUCUUUCUUUUAAAAGCUCGCCGUUCUUUUAUCAUGCUGAGAUCCACAGGCAACAAAGAGCAUUGGAUAUUUCUUUUUCUCAGGAGUGGGGAGAAUUCUUAUUAAUUUUCAAAGGGAGACUAGUUGUACCGUUUUCUAUAGACUCAUGAUUUCUAAACCAUGUCUUUUUAACCUAGCAUCGCUGUCCUCGGGGGUUAAAUGAGGUGCUCUGCUCCCAGAAAAAUGAUGAAAUCAAUCAAAUAUGAAUUCCUGCUUUCAAGUCUGCCAUGCUCCAAAAUGAUAGACACCUUUAUUACCUAGCUGUUAUAGAGAAACAGAGAAGAAGAGCAUGCUGGGGGGGUUUGUCCUUUCAGCUGACAUGCCUCCUGAACAAAUGUUAGGAAUUUUUAAAUAGAUAAAUCCCUAAUCUACAGGACAUUUGAUCAACGGUUAAUCUGCUGCAGAAAUUCUAUUAAAAGGCUGAGGGCUCAUUAGCCAAUAGAUCUUAAUCCCAUUACCGGCUGGGCGGUGGGGGACCAUGAGCCCGGCUGUCUGUCGCUCUAUGGCAGAUACUGUUUCAGGCAGUGGUGGGGAGAAGGUCACACACAGCACACAUUGCCAUUUUCAUAAUGAGUGCAGAGCAUCAUGCAUCAUGCACAAUCAUAAAAAAGCCAUCAGUGGCCAUGCAGGCACAUUUAAUCACGGUGUAUGUCUGGCCCUAACGUAUUUAGCCCUACUGUGUAAUAACAGGCUUUAUUUCCUCUCUCGUGUGGGCCUGGCCCUUAGUUUAAUUAAAUGCUAGCAGAAAUAUCAGAGAGGUCUGCCUCUCUUUGUGUGUUUAUUAUUAUUGGAAAUUAUAUUGGAUUUGUUCAAGGCUCAUAUUUGUUUGAAAAAAAAGUUUCUUUAUUAGAAUAAUAAGGUCGAAUGUUGGCCCUGUUGUGAACAGAAAAAGAGAAGCUGGAGAAAAAUUUGAUGGAAAAAAAAAAACCAUAAUGGAGAAUGGCAGCGAGAAAAACAAAAAAAACAGGGCGGAAGAAAGUCAAAGCGUGUAAUCGGAGUCCUUUGUCAGAGAAAAAGAGCUGAAGGAGGAGACCGAGUCAAGGAUAUUUCUAAGUGGAGCUCUGUGAGAACACACAUCAGCACCAUCUAUUGACAAAUCCCCACAGUCUGCUAUAGGAAAUGCAUCAAGGCCUUUUGCAGAGCUCCCUUGUAGAAAUUUCACAUGUCCGGGCAAGGUUCACUAUUCAUCAAUUUGAUUAUAUGUUGUAGGAUUAGACUGUGUCAGAUAUUUACUGGUAUUUGAGGGGAAAAGCUUGAUAAACCUCUAGCUUUUAAGAAACAGCUUUUUUUUUCUUUUUUUUUUUGCAUCCAUUCAUUUCCUUCUAUUUCUUAUUGAUACCGAUGUCCUUUUCUGGAUAUGCAACAAUGUCUGAUCAAUAAAGCCUUCGGACCAGAUCCAUUCUUAGACUAGACAUGAUGUUGUAUCUAUUAUAAACCAGUCAAUUCUGAAAAUGCCUACUGGGCGAGGAUGACGCUCCACAGACCGUUCACUACAAAGAGUUUAUUUGGAAACCAACAUGAUAGUGAUCCGACAUAGAUGUUUAAUCACUCCUCUCUUCUUCUUUUCUGUUUUCAUCCUUCUUUUCUCUGCAGAUAUCGAUGAGUGUGCGGAUGGCUUUGUCGAGUGUGAUAGUAAAUCCACUUGUGUCAACUUGCCCGGCUGGUACCACUGUGAGUGCCGUGACGGCUACCAUGACAACGGCUUGUUUUCUGCCAACGGGGAGUCGUGUGUAGGUGAGAGGGCCACCUUUGCUGUAUGUACACAAAUGUAAAAAAACAAGUGGGACAAGCGCUUUUUUAUUCUAGGGUGUGAACUUGGAUGAGUCUGGGGGAUCACAGUUUCUGUAAAAUGUGUAACACAACAAUAGGUGUCGAUUAAAAAAAAGGGACAAUCCAUUUUUGAUUUGUGGUUUAAAAUUCAGCUCUAAAUAUAAAACUUGAUUUAUAAGAAAUAUUAUUUUACUUUAUUACUUUUUUCAGAGGAAGUCUUUUAUGAGUGUAAAAGGGGCAUACUAAUGCUGUGUUCCAGUAAACAAGUCGGAAAACCAAGAUGGACGCCUACUGUUUGCCAUUGUUAGCUGUUGUUUACAAUUGUUAGCUGUCGUUAGCCAUUGUCAGUUGUUGUCAGUUGUAAACAACGUAUAACACAGUAUUUUACUCUUACAAACACCAUAGCACCGUGUUCACAGUUAGACGUUGGGCAGUGCAACAUAUACCAUUUAUUUAAUUUCACCAAAACAAAAGUGCUAAUAAAUAAUACAUCACGAGCGCUUUCACUGUUACUCUUUACUGUUGAUGGAUUGCACUGCCAUCUUGGAAUAUGAUGUCGUCGUCAAGUCGGGGUUGGUGAGGAUCGUCCGAAAUUCCGACUUCCGAGUACAACUGAAACACAGCAUAAGAAAAACUCACGAGCUUUCACUUCAUGACGACAAAUCAUUCAUCAAGUAAAGAACUGAGGUGCGAACGGUAAAGUUACACGGUUAUGAACAAAGUAACUUGGCCUGCACAAAAUGGCCUCUGAAAGCACCACAGCAGCACACCGUGUGAGGUUAAAAACAGUGAAAACACAUGAUAUACACCAAUCAAUCAGUCAAUAUAUCAAAUGAGGAGAAAUGUCAGCUGUCAAAAUAGAAUCCCUCAAUCUGCAGGAACAUGGAAGCGUCAUCGGUAACAAUAAUGCGAGCAUCGCUCCUCUCGUUGAACCCAUCCUCGCUGACAGUUAGAGCUGAGAGGUAGAAAAAAAAAACACAUUAGAGGCACUUUCAGAGAGUUGAACCUGUCUGGGCCUCACGAAGCAAAGUUAUGAUUUGACCAAAAGUAGGUUUCCAGGUUACAUUACAGUUGUUUACUGCGUGUGUUUUCUUCCUCAAUAGGACAAAAAAAAAUGUGGAUUCAUAAUUUUAAUCUGUUGAACUUUGAACUUCUCUCUUAUGAGACAUGCUCCUUUCCUGUCACCAUGUCCCAGAAAGCAAACAUUUUGGGCUUGUACUGCAGUAAAAUCCAGAUUUCACAGAGCCAUGCAGAAGCUGUGUUACCUGCUCCGAGCAUAUGCGUGAUGUCAUCUUUUCUGUACUCCCCGCAGAUAUUAAUGAAUGCAAGACGGGGAGGAACACCUGUGCCAACGACACAGUAUGCUUCAACCUGGACGGAGGCUACGACUGCCGGUGCCCCCAUGGGCACAACUGCACGGGCGACUGUAUCCAUGACAACAAGGUCAAGCACAGCGGGCAGAUCUGGGUGCUGGACAGUGAUAGGUGCUCGGUGUGCUCCUGUCAGGUGAGAAACAGAGGCAGAUGGACAUAGAGGGCACGGAGACAAAGAGAGGAGAGAUAAUCAGAGAAAUGCAGAGCUGAGGUAGACGGAUACGAUGACGAAGAUAGAGGCGGACGUGCAGAAAGAUCAAUAUGAUCAAAAAAGACAAAGAGGCGGAAAAAAACAAAGGAAAUGUGCCCAUCCCCAAGGAUAUUAAGUAGUGACGCCAUUACUGCCAAUUUCUACGGUAGCACAAGCGUCUCCAGAAUGCAGAUAUUUGAAGAAAAUCACCACAAUCAGUCGAUUACUUGACUUCAGAUUGAGCUAUGAAGCCAAAGUUGUAUACAAAAUAAAUUAAAGUGCCGUAUUUCAGCUCAGUGUCAGGGGCUAUUCUCGCAAAGCAGAUAGACUGGACAGAUUUAAUGUCUGUUAUCAGGCAGAUCCAUCUCGCAAAGCUUCAAGCUGAUACUUGUCCCCUGUCAGAGAACAAGCAUGACCAACCAGGUGAAAGAGGCGGUAGUUAUGAGUUGUUAAGUUGCUGCUCCAAGCCUGUAAACAAUAUUUUCUCUCUGUAAACAAAGGUGCGCGCUGUGAGUCAUUCAUGCACCAUUCUCCAAGUCUCGACCUUUUCUUUUUGGUUAAUGAGCGAGCUUUGCCGCUGUUUCCCUGGCUUCUGGUGCCGUCUGCGAUUGCGGUGAAACAGUAAGAAAUUUGACUCUGCUUCUCUUGAUGUGACAAGACUCAGUGACUCCUUAGGGCCAAGUAAUUUUCAGAAAUAUUAGAGCGCAGUGGUGUGCUUCAUUUCCACAAGACUAAUCAAAUUCUGCUCAGAAUGAAACGCUGCCCUGAUCCAUCACCUCUUUCCUAUAAACCGAAAGGGCUGAAGUCUGUAGGAAAGCGUCUAGAGACAAAAAGUGAGCACAGAUGAAAAUACUGACAUGACAAACCCUGAUGUGACAGCGCUGUUAAAAGUGACAGUUAUGCCUCUGUGAUGAGCAAUUUAAUUAAAGUGUGUGGGUGUUAUUUAGUGAUUUUUAAAGGUCCACCAAAGUGACUCAAGCUUUUGAUGCUGUUGUUUUGAUAGAUUUCUGACACCAAAGUGAUGAGGCAUCCGGGAAUACUUGAUCCGGAAAACUCACUCCACCAUCCCAAUCGCUUUCCCUCCUCAUGAUCACGAGGUCACAGACCAGUCAUACUUAGCAAUUCGGUGUUUCACUCAACCUAAUGCCAAGUGUCUGGCAAUAGUGGAAGGUGAUUAUAGUGGAUUAGUGUCGGUAGAGAAUGAUCAAGCAGCAAAUUAUUCAUUUGAUUACAAAGGACCAGGGCAGAAAUGGCUCCCUAAUGAAAUGACUCGUAUUAAUUGAUUUGAGAGAUUGAGGAGCUGCCUGUCAAAAUUAGUCAUAUCGUGCUCCGGUGAAAGCAGAGGAGUAAACAUGUUAUUGUUUUGGAGGUGGGUGGGCACAGCUGGAUGUGAGAUGGAGAGCUGAGACUGACUGAUGGAGGGAACCAAGGUCAAACAGCACAGGGGAGGCAGGGACUGGGAUGUGUCCAGACUGAGGUCACACGAUAUGCAAAUCGUUUAUUGUCAUAGUCUGCAGGGAGCGGCAGAUGGGUGGGGUUUACUGCAUCGGUGCAUCUGUCAGCGGGGUCACUCGUCUCUAAAACAUUAAAGAAAUUAAAGUGCUUUGAUUGAAUUGGCAGGAGAAAAAAUCAAAUUAUAGAAACUCUAAAGUGUGGCAGCAGUUUCCAGGCAUUAGAAUGGUGCAGCAGGAUCCUUAAUGUGGCAGCCAUUAAGAAAAUAUACAUAACUUAGUUAAUAUUAAACACUGAAGAAUCUGCAGGAGGAGUUUGAACUUUUAAUUCGAGCAUCUUUUUUUCAUUCAUACUCAUUUUACGUAUAUGUAUUAUAUUUAUGUAGCUUGCUCUAAUAACAACAUAAUAUGUUUUCAUUGUGAACCUACAUUGAACCAGGAAAACCUUACAGAGGUGACUUACCUCUUUUUGUACUUAAAUAGGAAACUAAUCUUUAAUACACUUACAGUAUUUCAUCAUUUGAAAAAUCCUUCCACAAAGUUAGUUUAUAUAUAAAAAGGAUAAAAUAACAAUUUUGAAAAUUACAAUAACAUUACUGAUUUUACCAACAAAGAACAGGCAUUAUACCAAACCCAGAAUCAUCAUAAGUAACUUCAGCAAAAACUUAAGUGCCCACAUUGUGUAUAUCUAUACAGUUAAACAAAACAGCAUAUGACAAAGCUAAAAUUAUACCGUUUCAUUAGAAGACAGUAAAGAAGAGGAUUAAUGCGCGCCACUAGAAAAAAAGUUCAGAGUUCUGAUUUGUUUCUCAGAAUUGUGAGAUUUAAGCGGGACUUCUGACUUUAUUCUUCGAAGUUUGUUUCAAGUGAAAAUUCUCACUUUUUACAUUAAAGCAGAAAUUCUAUGUUUUCUCAGAAUUAUAGACUUUGAGAAGUUUCAUCUCAGAAUCUGGACUUUUUCCUUACAAUUCAUGGAUUAUUAAAUAGUCAGUAUUCUCAGAAUUCAACCUCAUAAACUGACAUUUCUUAGGAAAAUAGUCCAAAUUCCAAGAUUAAAUGUGGUAUUCUGAGAAUAAAGACAGAAUUCUGGUAUUUUAAUACAGAAUUUUGAGAAAGAAUUCAGAAAUCUUACCAGAAACUCAGGGGCUUUCUAGGGAAAAGUAAAAAAUAAAUAAAUAAAUCUAUCCCCAAUCUUAUUUAGGGGCUCUCUUCUUCCUUAACAGAGAAUACGUUGACUAAAAAAUGUUUAAAAAAGUCAAAAAGUGGAUGGUUCUGAUAAUAUUAUGCAACACAUAAUCUGUUUAAGUAGGUGACACCCUGAAAAAGUUCUCCUUGUUAAAUUUGUAAUACCUUCUGGUACUAUAUACUUUUUAAGACCCCAGAUUAUCAUAGCCUGAGAACUUUUUUGUCUCUGCAGAGGAUUUUUGUUUUAGAAUCACUGCAAAAACUGCAAAGAUCCAUUUCUUACAGAGACUUUUUACAGUUUUGUUCAAGCAGAUUUAAUUAAAACUCUAAAUCAGUGCUCAAACAGCUCAUCUCUUGUUGGUUAUUGAUAAAGUGAUUAAUUCCUUUUAUUUCACUCUCGGGUGUUGUAUCUGGAUUAAAAACGACAAAAUUAGCCCCCCUCUUUGUCUGAGGUGAUAAUGAAUUAUAGUGGCAGCACUAGGUGAGAGUGAGAGAAAAGUUUUUGCCAGAAAUUAAGAACAUUUUUCAAACUCACAGCACUUCUUGUAUGAAUAAGGAACCAAAAAUUACUGCCACAAAGAGAAAGGCAGUAGCCAUUAUUCAGACAUCAGUCUGUUGAAUAGGAACUCCUGAAAAACUGCUGUGCAUCAUGAUUUAUGAAAUAUGAAUGAGUCUGGAGUCGGAGCUAACAUGGACAAACCUCGAGCUGCAGAAUCUAAACAGUUGCCGAGGUUGUUCUGUGCAGUCUAUAACAUAUUUAUUAUGAGCAUACAUCUUUAAUGAUCCUAUCCGGCAAAUGGCCUUGUCCGUGCAUGCAUGUAUAGAUGCACUUGUGACCGUGUUGAAUGUUUUAUUGUGCUAAUGUGAGCCAUGUGUUUCUGCCCCGCCACUCAGGCCGGACAGGUGAUGUGCCGCAGGAUGGUUUGCGACUGCGACAACCCCAACGCCGACCUCUUCUGCUGCCCCGAGUGCGACCCUCGUCUGAGCAGCCAGUGUCUGCAUCAGAACGGCCUGCUCACCUACGGCAGCGGGGACACGUGGGUGGAGAAUUGCCAGCAGUGUCAGUGCCUGGUGAGUAUAGAAGGCUGACAUUUAACCUUCGAGAACAGCGCGCUGUCUCACACACACUGUGCGGUUUAGUGAAUGUUUUUAUCCGGAGCUGCUUACGGUAAAAAGAGGUAAAACAACGUGCAUUCAUCACUGCGCUACAGCGCCCACACAAGAAAUUUAACAAAUACUCCAGUCUCCAUGGAAAUGCUCAUGAAUGAGAGAUGUGCUCUGCAGAGAAAGUCAAGGAGAGAAGUUUUGUGACUAGAGAGGAGGAGUGAUUAAGAGCUGAAUAGGAAGGUUGUAGAGAGGAGAAAAUGAAGAUUGCUUUUCAUGCCCCAGCAGAAAGAAGGGAGGGAGCAAUUAGUGAGAUUUUAAAGGAUUCAAGGGACCCUCUGCACUGUUGUCUGCUGUGAUGGAAUUAUACAUUUUAUUGAAGGAUACUUUCAAGGUUGGAGCAGGAGGAAAUAUGUGUGGCUUGAAUGUUGGAGGGUGUACGCUUGGUUAUGGUCUUUGUGUGCUGUUGAAGUCGAGCGGAGUGUACUCUUCUGUUGAUUGAUGAGUUUUUGCAGCAUGUUUGUCAAGUGUCCUCUGCAUGCAAUCCUGUUUCUCCCACAAUACAAUGCAGCAUUGUGUUCCCCCCCCUGCAUGAAUCUUUCACACUGAGACAUUUGCACUGUUUUAUUUGUGUUCUACCGUGCCGUGCCGACCUUUUCGGUGAGGUUUACACUCUCUCCUCUUCGUUUAACAACAGGGGAGCCUUCUCACGAGUGUUUUCUCCAUAAACUUGCGAAAACAAUAAAUUCUACCCGCGAUGCCACUCUCCCCCCGCAUAACCGCAUGCAUAUUAAAUGUAAAUGUCAGGCUUUACAUUCCACCCCACUGUCUUGUCUUGUCUCACCCACACUCAGCUGUGCUACACACCCACACCAGUGUCACUCCGUCUGUUCAGUGACUCACAAAUCAUCGUCACUGUGUAUCCCAGAUGAGCACUUUGCAACUCAUUUUUUUUUGUCUCUCUUUUUUUUGUUGUUGCUUUUAAAGAUAAGCCAUACUUGUAGUCGAUGUAAGUUGGUUCCAGCUUGACAGAUUUAUGGCCUGAGUGGGAACAGCAAUGCCAUUUCCUCCUCCCUCCCCUUCCCUCCUUCCAUUGUAAUGCUGUCCGGACUUGAGGGCUGCUUUUUGGAUUUCUUACAGCGAGUCGUUACAGAGGAGCCUGAAAAUCAGUUCUCAGCCGAGAGGCAGCGGGGAGGCACAGUUGGCUGAAAAUGGGUUUUCUCGGCUUCACUCUCUCCGAGGCUGUCGGCACUUAUAGAUGUUGACACAAACAGACACAAACACAUUUGAGAUUUCAAAGCACACAAACGCACACACAAAUAUAGAGGAGGGGGGGUAAACACUUGUAUGUACAUAUAUACGCAUGUAAACACACUCGUUCUGGUGUUUGAGGAAGCGGGCACACCUGUCACAGCAGCGAGACACACUCAUGCUUUCGUUCGACGUAAACACACAGAAAAAGAUAUAAAACACUGCAGAUUAAAGAGACACGGAGGAAGGGACCACCAGCCUCAUGGUACAAAGAGUAGUACUUGAAGGAGCGAAAAGAAAGGUGGGGUACAGCUGCUGAGCGAUACUGUACAGAGGCUCCAGUAGCGUGACAGGGACGUGAAAUGAACCUUGAAUGCUGCUACACUUAGCAGAGCCAUGGCUGUCCAGGCUCAGCGGGGGCCUUCAAAUAGACAGUGACAGCAGCCAGAUGGGCGCAACAUUCUCCCAAGACCUGAGAUGUGAAUCCUCCUCUCCCCCUGUACCCUGCACUUGUGCAAUCAUUUGAAAUCAAGAGUGUGGCCUUUGUGGAAUGUGCACACACAUACGGGCCACUUGUGAUUCGCCAUCUCAUCGGACUGCAGAGGAUCAAAGAAGCAUGGAUUUUUCUCAGCCAUAGGUUGUGCUGCAGGUCAUGGCGCAUAAAAGAGAGAGCGUGAUUGCUGCGGGCUAAUUCCUGGGCUAAGAUAAAUGUCACUAGUUUUAAUCUCCUGGAGGUAUUAUAUGACAUGCAGUCUAGUUUGUGGUGAGUCCUUACAUCCAUCUGCUAGGAGAUUAAAUUGUGGUGAGAUAGCAUGAAAUCUGAAUACAAAGCCAGAUUAAAAUAAUAAUCUUGUGAAGUAUCGCAAAAGAGAAACGAAAGACCGAUUUCCUUUUUGAGGUUGAGCUAGUCCCACACCAGGCCGCUGACGGCAAAUAAAAGCUGAUUGUGCAGCAAAUCUCUUCCUCCUUUGUGAUCAUAGGCCACAUCUGCAUAAGCAGACAAAGAUGACAGCGUCCCUUAUCGCAGCGUGGGACGGAUACCUGAGGCUAUGUUCAAUCCCUCUCUCUGGCUGCAGGCACUGAGGCCCACUCGGGGGGAUUUACCACUCCAAAUGUUUACACUCUGCAUGGAGGCAUGGAGUGGGCAUUAGCCGGCGUGAGCCUGUGCUUUAUAGCCAGACUAAUUUACUACAACGCAUCCUGGAAAUGCUGAGUAAGACCAUUCUCAGUGAUAUUAAAUAUGCCCUCUGGGACUCUUACACUGAGUCGCUGGUAGUUCUAUAUACAGUAUAUGUGUGUGUGUUUGAACAUACAGUCUGAGCUCUGAUUUAAUUUUCAAGUAGAUGUGAAGCAGACAUUGUGAGCACAAGUGGGUCAGUGUCAGAUAGAUACAGCAAACAGAAGGUAGGAUGUGAAGAGAAUAUAUGUGUGAGCUGUUUUCUUAGGCCAGCAGAAAAUGGCAGCAGGAGGAAUCCAAUAAGGCUUUGUGUGCUGAAAGUUUGAGAUUAAUACGAGAACAACAAUGGAGAAAAAGAGAGACUAGAACAAGUCAAUUAAAAAGCUGGAGCACCGUUUACCUCCACGGUUGAGAAUAAAAAUCGCUGACUACACGAGAAGAUUGCUCUGCUCAUCUGUAUUUUCCAGGUUCCUUAACGGCUUUUUUUGUCAUCAAGUUAAGACGCUCCCUGUAGCAUGCAAAUACACGGCGUCAGGUGAAUAUUUGCUUGGAUAACUUAUUUAGUCUAAGAAAUGUGAAAAUGCGUUUGCAGAAUGGAUUUCUUCUUUUUUUAUUCUAUUUUUUUCUCCUCUUAAAUUGUUUCUUUCUGCAUCCUUAGCAAGGGCAGGUGGACUGCUGGCCCCUGCCGUGUCCCCCCGUGGACUGCGAGUUUACCGUGGUGCCCGAGGGCGAGUGCUGUCCCCGCUGUGUCACCGAUCCCUGCCAAGCCGACACCAUCCGAAACGACAUCACCAAGACGUGCACGGACGAGCACAACAUCUCACGCUUCAGCGGCUCCUCCUGGAUUAAACAUGGCACCGAGUGCACCCUGUGCCAGUGCAAGGUAAGGGCGCCAGAACCCACCGGCAGCCUCCAAACAGCAAAUUACUGUUUGUUGAGUGCAGAGGCUGACAAGACACCAAAGAAAAAUGGUUUGGAAAUUGCAAAGCCUUUGUGCUCUGCAAGAGAAAAACAUGCAGACUUUAGUCCAGACAUCGUACAGUGGAGGCUUUUUGCUUUUUGUGCAUCUUUAACACCUCGUGGAUGCAUUUCUCACAUGUGAUAGUGUGUCUGCAGGUAUUAAUGUGAGCUGUUUUUGUCAACAAACACAUUUUUUAAAUGGAAAAUAUAAAAACCUCCUAAGUUGUCAAAAGUGGCAAAAGGAAGAGGGUGAAAUUAGAAUAAGUGAAUCUCUAUUUUUAUUUUGUAAUGAAAAACAUAGUUGAUUGUAGACAUAAAUUAAACAGAAAUAUCUCUGAUUUUAACUAGAGAUGGGUCAGUCAUACUCUGCUUAAAGUGCAAGACUGGGAUGCAUUUAUGUAAUAAUAUUUUCUGCCAGAAAUCAUGUAAAAUAAGUGAAAUAAUGCACACAUUUCAAUCACAUCAAUUAUAGGUAAAAAUAUUAAGACAGUGUCUUAGCUUCAUGACUGAAAAUACUGACAAAACAGCCAACCUGACUCUGGCUAACGUGUUAUCUACUUCAUUAGCUGCCAUGAAAACUGGAUUUUAACAUUGAUGAGCUCCUUAAUUAGAACAAUAAUCUGGAGUUUCUCUUUGUAACCUUACAGUAAAACUAUCCCUGUUUCCAGUCUUAAAGCUAAGGGAAAAAUAGCUAUACAGCAAGCUAUAAUGUAUGAAGAUUUGACCACUUCUUAGGGAUAAACCGGAAAUUUACAGAUACAGAAAUUUACGACAAUAACCAAGGUCAUUUUGCCCAUAUCUUUAUAUUCAGUGUCAAAAAAAUAAAUAAAAGUUGGUUUUGGAUGUGUGUAGGUAGGCUAUGGUCUCAUGUUCCUUUAAGAAGUUGUCCUAUGUCAGAGACGUGACUCCACCCCAUCCAGUCUGUAACAACGAGAGAAAGACCAGUGAGGAGAUUGAGGACGGUUCAAAAGUUGUAGCGGCUGAAGUAGACGAAGUUAUUGUGAAAGGGGGUGAGCAAUUUGUGGAGUAGUUAUCAUCUUUAUUUGUUGUUAUUGAGGUGAACUGCUCAAUAUAUCGUGAUAUUGAUUUGAGGCCAUAUCGCCCAGCCCUACUUCUUCUCACCAAACUCCUCCGACUAUUCUACUAAGCCUGGUUCAUACUUCUUUGCUGACUCUGUGCCGUAGCUUCUCCGUGUUGUCUUACGCUAUUGUGAGCACUACACACUUGUGCAGUGGAGUGUCCACACUGCUCUGCAAUACUUCCAUCUCAAUACUAGUUGAAGAUGGUACCCAGAAAACCAAACACAGGGCUUUCUCUCUGCAUUAUUUGUUACAAGUACAUUAAUUAAUCUUUUUUAGGAGGUGCACAAAAGGCGAUAUACUUGGGCUUCUGUGUGGAUACAAGCAGGGGUUUCCUGUUUCAAGCACUGACUGCCAGUCCAGUCACUUAAUUUCAGCAAAGUACUUUUCAGCAGAAAACAAAUUCCAGCGUUCAAUAGAAAUGAGCAAAAUUGUUUAAGAUAUGAAUAAGAUGGUCUCAAAGCCCUUACCUAGCUACCUUCUUUUCACAGGCUGAUUCCUCUAUGUGUCUGUGGUAAGCCCCGGUACUGGGCGUUGCAAACCUAUAGCAUAAACUACACCAUAGGUUUGACACAGAGGUUUAAAUCAGGCAUAAAAAUGAGAGAAACCCACGCAAGAAAACACCCCUCAUUCCCUCAUCUCCAGAGCUGCAGCUCAGCGAAAGCUAAGAAUGAGGGUCUGCUCUGCACUGUUUUAACAAGCAGACAUGUUUUCACACACAGUAUUAGAGUCGAAUAAAACCACAGAUACUCUAUCCUGAAAAAAAAAUAAGCUGCAGUUGUGUAAUUGGUUCCGGUUAAUCAGGUAGAAUAAAGCUGCUCUCCACAAGUUUUUGUUUUAAUACUCAUACCACAGAAAAUUCACUGAGAAACUAAACUAUUCGGGCAAAUAUCCACUUCAUUACCAAUUGUGAGUAUAAAUUGUUGCUCCAGCUUUUGUGCUAAUCUACCAAGACUGACUCUCUUCCCUGAGUUUCUGAAAUGGAACAUUUUCUUUCAGCCGUCCUGACAGGAAAUUAUGGGAGCUAUUCUCUGAGAACAAACUUAUAAAUAUUCCUCUUGCUAACUUCCAGAGAUUGAAAGCGUCCAAACACAUUUUGGGGUUUAUCUUUUCUUAAACAGUUUGCUGUGUUAAGAAACGUUUCUGAGGUGAUUUAGCUCAGACAAUGCAAACCUUCAGAAUUUAUCAGUCCCUUUAGUUCAAAUCCAAAUGACUCAGAGAGCACCCACAUUUGUAUUCCCAGUAGACCGCCACCACCGUGGAUCAGUUGGUGCUGAAAUGACACCCAGAGGAGUUUUAAAUGCCAAACUAAGCAGCACGGCAGCCACAUAAAAAAAAUCAUUAUCAGCUGAGCUUCAAAAAGAGAUUCCUCGAGGUCUUAAUGUGAUGAUAAUCCACUCUCUGCCUUCUCUUUUUCCAGAAUGGACACAUCUGUUGCUCAGUGGACCCCAUGUGCCUUUAGUCCUGGCAGACCUGAAGGCACCUGUACAGUGUUCUCCAUGUAAAAAAAAAAAAAGUAACACCACCCCUUUGUCUCCUCACUGUCCUCCUCACAGGUGCGGGUCAUAAAGUGUUUGCAUUGUUAAGGUUUAGCCCGCUGAUCCAAAUAGAUGGGGGUCGCAAAUCAGGAAAAUUAAUUUAAUAAAAUUCAGAAAACUGUAUAACUGUAAACUUCAGGUACUUUCUGCUGAUUUUUAGCUCUUAUUAUUAUUAUUAUAUGUUGUAAGUAAAGUUUCUCCCCAUCUGGUACCUCAUUAAGCAUUACAAGUGUUUUCUGCGAACGCUCCGUGACCUGCGCCUGCCUCAACUCCUCAACUCCUCUUUAUACCAAAUGCCAAACCUGUGUCAUACCAAACAGACGAGGGAACUGCAGCUUCCUCGAACCCACUCUCUCUUUACUCUGUCUCACCUCUUCAAGUGACCCUCUGAGGAUCACUGCUCCCCCACUCCGAAACAUUGCUACAUGAAUCUGUAAGAUAUUACUAUUACUGGCAUGACUGUGCUUGAUGUCCAAACAUUUUUGCUGAUUUCUAACUUUUCAGUGAUGAUGAUGAUAAUAAUGAUGAUGAUGAUGAUGAUGAUGAUGAUGAUGAUGAUGAUGAUGACGAUGAUACUUUAGAUAGAGUAAAGGCAGUUAGCAUAAGGUUCAGUUGCCACAUUUAUGAGUCGUCUAUAUUAUGUGGUGCUUUGUAGAAUUUUGUUCCAUUUCUCUUUUUUGUAUUUUUCCUUUCCGAGCUUGUUAUUGUGUAAUAGUGAAAUAAAGUAUUUCCAUUUACAUUUAAA